UGGCGCUCUGCGGCUGGGGAGUAAAUUUCUCCCUGUCAUCAGGUCGCGGGGAGAGGAGGAGGAGGAGGAGUUUGUUAAUGUUCAGUUUGUUCAGCGGGAUCGAUGUUUGCUGGCAUCGCCUCGCCCUGUCUUGUGUGUGCGAGGGUGUGUGUGUGUGUUUGUGUGUGUGUGCCUAUGUGGGGGGUGUGAGUGUGUGUGUGUGCGAGGAAGCGGGGGUGCGUGCGCGUGUGAGUGCGUGUGUGAGUGUGUGUGUGUGUGUGUGUGUGUGUGGAUUCCAGAUUUUCUGUCUUUCCAAAACCCGCUCCUGUCCUCUCGCAUAUCACUCACAGACGGGGAUCUGACAGCAGCCACAAACCUACAGUGAGUGAUCGCUCUCCCCCCCCACCCCCGGCACGAAUCCGCCAUAGAGAUCAGCGAGGAGGAGGAGGAGGAGGAAGAGAAGAAGGAGGAGGUGGAGGAGGUGGUGGAGGAGGAGGAGGAGGGAAAGAGGAGAAAGAAGAAGAAGAAAAAGAAGAAGAAACCCACUACCUUCCCAGGAUUGCCUUUUUUUCCUUAUCUUUACGCGCGAGUGUGCGUGAGGCGCGUGUGCGCCCCUCGUCCCUUCCAUCCGAACCUGGUCUUGGAUGUUUAAUAAAGAAAUCAAGUGUCUCAACAGUCACCCAAAAAAAAAAAACGCAAAAACAAAAAAAAAUUCCAAAAGCAAAAACAAAAAGAGAAAGAGAGAGGAAAAAAAAAAAUCCAAAACAAACAAACAAACAAGGCAGAACCAACCUCUACUUCAAAGCAGCCAGCACAAGCCACCCGUGUCUGCCACCCAGAGAGGGGGGUCUCUGGCCCGUGCUGGAGGAGUUGCAGGGGGGAUCGUCAGGGGGACAGAGGCCGAGUGACGUCCUAGGAGCCACCGGGCAAGAGGCGGAGGAGACCCAGAGAGGCCAGAGAGACAGCGGGCCCCGGCGCGCGGCUCGGGGCUGGGGCGCCAGAAGUGGGACUGGAGCGAAGUAGAGGAUGCCGAGGAGAAAACAGCAGGCACCCAAGCGGGCGGCAGGCUACGCCCAGGAGGAACAGCUGAAAGAAGAGGAGGAAAUAAAAGAAGAGGAAGAAGAGGACAGUGGUUCAGUAGCUCAACUGCAGGGUGGCAAUGACACAGGGACAGACGAGGACCUAGAAACCGGCCCGGAGCAGAAAGGCUGCUUCAGCUACCAGAACUCUCCAGGAAGUCAUUUGUCCAAUCAGGAUGCCGAGAACGAGUCUCUGCUGAGCGACGCCAGCGAUCAGGUGUCGGACAUCAAGAGCGUCUGCGGCCGAGAUGCCUCGGACAAGAAAAGCAACACUCACGUCAAGCUUCCAAACGAAACACACAACUGCAUGGACAAAAUGACUGCGGUCUACGCCAACAUCCUGUCUGAUUCCUAUUGGUCGGGCCUGGGCCUCGGCUUCAAGCUGUCCAAUAGUGAGAGGCGGCACUGUGACACCCGGAAUGGCAGCAACAAGAGCGAUUUUGAUUGGCACCAAGACGCUCUGUCCAAAAGCCUGCAGCAGAACUUGCCGGCCAGGUCCAUCUCGAAACCCAGCCUGUUCAGCUCAGUGCAGCUGUAUCGGCAGAGCAGCAAGAUGUGCGGGACUGUGUUCACCGGGGCCAGCCGAUUCCGAUGCCGGCAGUGCAGCGCUGCCUACGACACCCUUGUGGAGCUGACCGUGCACAUGAACGAAACGGGCCACUAUCAAGAUGACAACCGCAAGAAGGACAAGCUCAGACCUGCGAGCUAUUCAAAGCCCCGGAAGAGGGCUUUCCAGGAUAUGGACAAGGAGGAUGCUCAGAAGGUUCUGAAAUGUAUGUUUUGUGGCGACUCCUUCGAUUCCCUCCAAGAUUUGAGUGUCCACAUGAUUAAAACAAAACAUUACCAAAAAGUGCCUUUGAAGGAGCCAGUCCCAACCAUUUCCUCGAAGAUAGUCACCCCUGCGAAGAAGCGCGUUUUCGAUGUCAAUCGGCCGUGUUCCCCCGAUUCAACCACAGGAUCUUUUGCAGAUUCUUUUUCUUCCCAGAAGAACGCCAACUUGCAGUUGUCCUCCAACAACCGCUAUGGCUACCAGAAUGGAGCCAGCUACACCUGGCAGUUUGAGGCCUGCAAGUCCCAGAUCUUAAAGUGCAUGGAGUGUGGGAGCUCCCAUGACACCUUGCAGCAGCUCACCACCCACAUGAUGGUCACAGGUCACUUUCUCAAGGUCACCAGCUCUGCCUCCAAGAAAGGGAAGCAGCUGGUGUUAGACCCGCUGGCUGUAGAGAAAAUGCAGUCGUUGUCCGAGGCCCCAAACAGUGAUUCUCUGGCUCCCAAGCCAUCCAGUAACUCAGCAGCAGACUGUACAGCCUCUACCACUGAGUUAAAGAAAGAGAGUAAAAAAGAAAGGCCAGAGGAAACCAGCAAGGAUGAGAAAGUCGUGAAAAGCGAGGACUAUGAAGAUCCUCUACAAAAACCUUUAGACCCUACAAUCAAAUAUCAAUAUCUAAGGGAGGAGGACUUGGAAGAUGGCUCAAAGGGUGGUGGGGACAUUUUGAAAUCUUUGGAAAAUACUGUCACCACAGCCAUCAACAAAGCCCAAAAUGGGGCCCCCAGCUGGAGUGCCUACCCCAGCAUCCACGCAGCCUAUCAGCUGUCCGAGGGCACUAAGCCACCUUUGCCUAUGGGAUCCCAGGUACUGCAGAUCCGGCCUAAUCUCACCAACAAGCUGAGGCCCAUUGCACCAAAGUGGAAAGUGAUGCCACUCAUUUCUGUGCCCACAAACCUGGCCCCUUACACUCAAGUCAAGAGGGAGUCAGAAGACAAAGAUGAAGUCGUGAAGGAGUGUGGGAAAGAAAGUCCCCAUGAAGAGGCCUCAUCUUUCAGCCACAGUGAGGGCGAUUCUUUCCGUAAAAGCGAAACGCCCCCAGAAGCCAGAAAGACUGAGCUGGGUCCCCUGAAGGAGGAGGACAAGCUGAUGAAAGAGGGCAGCGAAAAGGAGAAACCCCAGCCGCUGGAGCCCACUUCUGCUCUGAGCAACGGGUGCGCCCUUGCCAACCACACCCCGGCCCUGCCAUGUAUCAACCCGCUCAGCGCCCUGCAGUCCGUCCUGAACAAUCACCUGGGCAAAGCCACAGAGCCCUUACGCUCACCUUCCUGCUCCAGCCCAAGUUCAAGCACAAUUUCCAUGUUCCACAAGUCGAAUCUCAGUGUCAUGGACAAACCAGUCUUGAGUCCCGCCUCCUCAAGGCCAGCUAGCGUAUCCAGACGCUACCUGUUUGAGAACAACGAUCAGCCCAUUGACCUGACCAAGUCCAAAAGCAAGAAAGCCGAGUCCUCGCAAGCACAAUCCUGUACGUCCCCACCUCAGAAGCAUGCUCUGUCUGACAUCGCAGACAUGGUCAAAGUCCUCCCCAAAGCCACCACCCCAAAGCCCGCUGCUUCCUCCAGGGUCCCUCCCAUGAAGCUGGAAAUGGACGUUAGGCGCUUUGAGGAUGUCUCCAGUGAAGUCUCGACUUUGCAUAAAAGAAAAGGCCGGCAGUCCAACUGGAAUCCUCAGCAUCUUCUGAUUUUACAAGCUCAGUUUGCCUCGAGCCUCUUCCAGACAUCAGAGGGCAAAUACCUGCUGUCCGAUCUGGGCCCUCAAGAGCGUAUGCAAAUCUCGAAGUUUACGGGACUUUCAAUGACCACUAUCAGUCACUGGCUGGCUAACGUCAAGUACCAGCUUAGGAAAACAGGCGGGACAAAAUUUCUAAAAAACAUGGACAAAGGCCACCCCAUCUUUUAUUGCAGUGACUGUGCCUCCCAGUUCAGAACCCCUUCUACCUACAUCAGUCACUUAGAAUCUCACCUGGGUUUCCAAAUGAAGGACAUGACCCGCUUGUCAGUGGACCAGCAAAGCAAGGUGGAGCAAGAGAUCUCCCGGGUAUCGUCGGCUCAGAGGUCUCCGGAAACAAUAGCUGGUGAAGAGGACACAGACUCUAAAUUCAAGUGUAAGUUGUGCUGUCGGACAUUUGUGAGCAAACAUGCAGUAAAACUCCACCUAAGCAAAACGCACAGCAAGUCACCUGAACACCAUUCACAGUUUGUAACAGACGUGGAUGAAGAAUAGCUCUGCAGUUGUUUUUAGAAAAACUUGAACACUGAUGAAUUUGGGCUGCUAUCAAAUCCUUAAGAAGCAUUUUUGCCAAAUAAGAUGGGCAAAUGUCCUACAUCUGCUAACUAUGACAUGAGAGGCCAUGCACUUUUGAAAAAUGAAUAAAUAACUAUUUCCAACCAAGCAAAGAACUACUAAUGACCUUUUUAAAUGCUGAAAACACAUCCUUGAUAUUAUUCUUUUAUGCCCCCAUCCAUCUGGGCAAGAAAAAAUGGAAUGGAUGGAGCUACAUGAGUUAUGCUGUAGCCCAGUAGAAGGCCACAGUCAGCUCCGGUUUUGGAUAACCAAGUUUUUUCUUUCUUUUCUUUUUUAUUUUCUGGUACAAUGGUCAUUCAGCCUGCUGAGCAGAAAAGUGCCUGCACUGGGACACGUCAAGCUAUCCCCGACAAGAGAAUGACUGGACUCAUAAAAACACGCGCCUUCUACAAAUGUCCGAUGAUCACAGGGUCUCUUCAUUUCCUGCUCCCAUGAGUCUGGCUCUAGUUUUAAGUUGACUACAAGGGGGUGCCUUGAAGAUCUCAUCUUGAACGUGCUUAUUUUCAGUGUCUGGCUCUUUCUGGGCAUCACAGGUGUACAAUAUAAAGAUGUGUUUGGCUGGCUGGGCACGGUGGCUCACACCUGUAAUCCCAGCACUUUGGGGGGCCGAGGCGGGCAGUGGGCAGAUCACGAGGUCAGGAGAUCGAGACCAUCCUGGCCAACAUGGUAAAACUCCAUCUCUGCUAAAAAUACCAAACUUAGCUGGGCAUAGCAACAGGAGCCUGAAGUCCCAGCUACCUGGGAGGCUGAAGCAGGAAAAUUGCUUGAACCCAGAAGGCAGAGGCUGCAGUGAGCCGAGAUCAGAUCAUGCCACUGCACUCCAGCCUGGGCAAAAGAGCAAGACUUCAUCUCAAAAGAAAAAAUAUUUGUUUGGCUGCAAGUAACAGAGAGCUCAGCCUUCACUGGUCUCAGACAAUGGAAACUGGCUUUUCUCACCGAAUAUGAGGCAUCUGCUCUGGUGGUUCUGCUCACCCAUCUUGGGGUCUCCAUGGCUCUUUUGGCCUCAUCCCUCGUGCUUGCAUCAUGGUCUUAGCCUCAUCUGUCUCUGUGAGCAUCACAACUAUGUGCAAGGCAAGGGGACCGGGUAGAGGCAUCACCCAGCUCAUCUGCUCUUCUUGCCAAAAGAGCAAACACUUUCUUGGACGACCCCUCCCUCUUGGCAGAAUUCCACUAGCAUCUUAUUCACCAAAACUGUGUACUCAGCAACACCUAGAUGAACGUGAGGCUGUGAAAAAUCUGUGUAUUUUGCUUCUCCAGCCCCUCCAGUAGAGGAAGCAUAGCAGAGGGGGUAGGAGUGCUGGAGGUGGUGUUUGCUGUAGAGUUUAUAGCCACCCAAGAGGAAGGAACGUCUGAGAUGUACAGAUUUGAAGUGGUUGGGAUUUUGCUGCUGGGUCUCACUGCUUAUCAGCUGCACAAUGCAUGAAACCUUGGAGAGAAAAAAAAAGUUAGUUAAAUAUUUAGAUGAUUUGCCAACACAGGGAACUUGCCAUUGGUAGCAAAGAUUUAUUAAGCAGGCUACGAAAUAUGAUGUCAUUAAGCAGUUGGAAGGCAUGACCUCGUAAUUAAGACAGGAGAAGGUUUCUAUAUGGGUAAUAAAAUCUGGGCUCCAAUUGAGCAUUUAUUUCAUUAAUAUUUAUCGCGUACCUACUGUGUGCCAGGUACCUCAUGAACUAAUCCCAUUAAACAACAAAAAAGUUUCCCUAGUGCCAAAUCUACUGGUAAUAAUAGCUCCCAUUAACUGGACACCGACAUGCUACCAAGCUUGUGCUAAGCAUUUUACAUAACAGCCUAUCCUCACAAGAACUCUAAGAAGUAGGUACAAUUGCUCUCAAUGUAUACAUUACAGUGAGGAACCAUCCCAAGUGUGUCCGAACUGAGGGUUUUCCAGGACACAGGACUUUGAGUGUUAAGGCAGAGAGGUCUCAGGCAAAGUGCUGGGAAAUGAAGAAAGUGAGGCUGAGUGUGGGUAAAUGACCCUUCCAGGGUCACAGAAUCAGCAGGUGGUGCCCCCGGAAUCCAACCCAAUGCCACCUGUUGCCUGCUGCUUCCAGGCUGCAACCUCCCCUUGAACCCAGAAUACUAACCACUUCCCUUCCCUGCCACUUCCAAACACAAAAGAGGUGACCCUCUUCCUAAGCUGUAGAGCUGUCAAGAAAAAAACCCAGUCCACAGGGGAUGGGCUUGGGUGGCCCUUCAGGGGCAACACCACUGCAUAGUAACGGCUGUUUUGAUUCUUCAACACAAUGGCCCGCAUGCUCCCUUCAGUCCUUUCUCCAGCCCAUUCGAACUUAAUUGCCUGCAGACUGUUUCUCAGCCCUGGUCUCACAUUAGUGUCGCCUGGGGAGUUUGCAACACACUGAAGCCAGCACCAUCCAUGGUAGAAUCUGUAGGAGUGGGCCUGGAUGUAGAGCUUCUUUUUAACUUUUUUAAAAAUUGAGGUUAUCUUUUCUGCAGCCGAGUUAAUAAAUAUUAUUAUAAAGUUCAAUGGAUUUUACAUAAGUUCACACCCAUAUAGCCACCCACCAGAUCAAAAUACGAACUAUUUCCAGCCCUUGGGAAAUUCCAUUAUGGGCCUGGAUAUAGUUUUAAACCCCCAGAGGUGAUUCUAAUAUGACCUUGGCUCUAACCCAGUAGUAUGCCCCUAAAUAGGUCAUUUACCCGCACUCAGAUUCAAUCAGAUUGGAAAGCUACUGGUUUAGAGCCCAGAUCCUCUGCGGCCAGAGACGAUUCGUUUUCCAAAGAUGACAGUGGCUACAAGUUCCUCUCUCACAGGACAGAGAAGGGAGAAAAAAAUAAUCCUCAGUAGUUCCUCCCGCUGUGUUUAUUUGCAUAUAUUCUUCUCCACGAUAUAGUGAGCAUCUUGAAGGCAGAAACUGCAUCUUUCUGAGAGCCUAGCAAAGGGCCUUUGCAUAGUAAAUAUUUAUCAAAUGGAGAAAAAAAAAGAAGAAAUAGACAUGUACUGCAGAGUCACGUCUGGUGUCCAUUUAGGUUCAUCAAGUUUCUCUGGGAAGGCAGACAGAGCAGCAUUCAGUCCUUUUUGCAGUCUCUGCUUUCUUUCUUUGACCUAGAAAGGGCGAGUUCAGGAAAAUGUUGAUUCUGGGUCUUGUUCUCUUGCAGAGUUCACAUUCGGUCUGUGCAUAGGUGACACCAAUGACUUGUAGUGUAAUCCUGCCGUGUUGAAAGCUGAUGUCAACUGCUAAAUGGGGGAAAGCAGUGUGUCUCGAUGGUGAUGUGUAUGUAUGUACACGUGCAGCCAGAAAAUAAGCAGAGGACUCAGGAAAUUGAUGUUGUACUUGCAAGAGGCCACUGACAUUUAGGAAUGAUCCAUGUCGAAUGCACAUUGAGCUGCCCUGGGUCAACGGGGGAGGCAUUUUUUUUUAAUGUAUAAAACUUACAAGUUUGAAAAAUAUGUAUUUAGCCUGGAGGGCAGUUAAAAAGACUUUACUGUGUCAGCAUCCCCAGAUCAUUUAUACAUUUUUCUGCUCACAUAUUUUAUUCAUAAUGUCUAUUUUAUUCUCCUUUAUUUUGUAAACUUGGUGUUCAACAUUACUGUUUCUCUUAGAAAACAACCCCAUUAUCUGAACGAGGCCACAUGACUGUGGAUCAGCGACUCGGGCAAGGUUUAAAAUCAGCACGAUGUUAAGCACCUAGGAGGGCUUCAGGGUUCUGGCUUGAGUUUAUUGUUGUAUGGUUCCUGAAGUCAAGUCUUGCAUCAGGGCAAGAGGUGGGGAAGAGGGCUGCGGUUUUAACAAUGACAGAACACUCAGGGGCAAAAGACUGAAGGCCAUUCAGGUUCUUCACAUGAAGGGAGGACCAAGGUUUGCUCACCAACAGGCAAGACCAGGCAGAGUGCUCACAUCACACCACCCCCUAAAAUGGCAAAUAGAGCAAGAUACAAAUCAUUUGCUUUUCACGAAUUCUCUGGGCAGCCCAAGAGCUCUUGGGAAAUGACUGCCAUGAGUGGAGGGCUCAAACCUUGUAUUUAUUCAAAGAAUGACUGCUCUGUUGCUGUUAGGUCACAGAUUGCUAGGCUGCUUCCAGAAGUGUUUCUACGGAAAUCGGGUUCUGGGCUAAAGAUGUGACAAUUUCAGGAUAUUAGCUCUUCUUUCUGCCCUCCCACCCUACUUCCAUCCCAAAGCAUGCAAAGCCCUUGAUUGAAUGCAAUGAAAAAAAUGAAUUUAUCAAAGAGGAAGAGAAGGGAGGGAAAAAAAAAGGAAGAAAAAAGGAAGAAAGGGAAGAAACCACUGUACAUUAGACAAGUGCUAAUGGGAGAGUUCAGGAGAAGGAAUUUGACAAAGAAGAAGAAAACAUUUUAUUCUCCAGGGCAACAAGCAUGGUCUGUAUUUCCAGUAUAUUUCAUACACAUCUCCCGAAUUCACAUGCUACCAGUGGAGUGAGAUCGCCAUAUUAAUAUUGCUUCUUCCUCAACUGUGUCUGUCUGGCCUUUGCAACACACAUGUGUCAGCCAGAAGAUGUUGGAUCUCAGUGCAUCUAACCUUCCUGUCAUUCAAAGUCAUCUGAGAGUGGAAAGAGUAGGAACCCUCCUGACUUGUAAGGAAGGGCAUUUGCAAACCUUCAUUUAGUGUGCUCUGUGCAACACAAAUCACAAAACCCAGGACACAAAAGCAGGGAGGGCUCAUGAUCAAAUGAGUAUAGAUAAUGCUUUUAACUCCAUCUCAUUAUUGGUCAUUCCCAGUGGAUGUGAGAAAAUGAAUAGCUCUGAAAGGCCCUGAAAUAAAGAAAAACUGUUAAGCAUCUAACAUAGUAACUCCCAACUCUAUCUGACCAUGGAACAUUUUUUUCUCCACCUGGAAUUCUUUUAAAUGAGUAUUCUAAAGAACAUACUUUGAAACAAAAGGCAAGAGCCCAGGAGUCAGGAGACUUGAUUAAAGACUAAAUUGCCCUUGUGGGUCAGCUAGUCCAACUUUUCAUUUUAUAGAUAAGAAAAUGAAGAAACAGAAGUUGUAUGGUAAGUGGAGGGUCACAGAGGCAGAAUUAGAACCAAAUGACCCAGGAUAAAUGCAUUUACCUCUGUGAGCUUCAGUUUCCUUGUCCCUGUUGGACUAGAUCAGAGGAUAUCAACUGUUAGCCCUGAAACAGUCUCAGAUGUGUCACCAAAUUCUGAAUAAUGCAUGUAUUUGUUGCCUGUUGCUGUAUAACUAAUUACCCUAAACUUAAUGGCUUAAAACAAUCCUGUUUAUUAUAUCACAGUUUCUGUGCAUUGAGAGCUCAGGCGCCAGUUAGGUGGACCUUCUGCAUCAGGAUUUCACAAGCCUGAAAUCCAGGCAUUGGCCAGGGCUGCAGUCUAAUCUGAGGUUUGACUGGGGAAAGAUCCACUUCCAAGCUCUCACACAUUGUUGGUAAAAUUCAUUACCUUUCAGCUCCAGGAUUGGGGAUUCUGGUUUCUUGCUGACCGUUGACUGAUGACUACCUUCGGCUCCUAGAGGCCAUCUAGUAUUAGACCUCCACCAUAUCAUGUUCCCCAACCUGACCACUUACCUCAUCAAAGCCAGCAAGGGAGAAAGAGUCUCCUUCAAAAUGGAGGUCACCAUCCUGUGCAUUAUAGUCAUGAAACUGACAUCUCAUCUCCUUGCCAUAUUGUAUUGGUUAAAAGCAAGUUACAAGUUCCACACACACUCAAGGACAGGGAACUACACAAAAACAUGCACAUUAAGAGAUGGGGAUUAUGGGACCAUUGUGAGCUUCUGGCUGCCACAAUGUGCAAAAUUUAUUUUUACUGAAAAUGAGUAUACCAUUACAGAGAUAUUUGGUGGGGUAGUCCAUAAUGCUGAGAUGAUCAUCUGAUAUGCUGUAAACCAAGGUAUACCUUUCAAUAAGCUAAAAGUAAGAAUUAUAGCACAGAGCACAAUUGCCUCUCACAAGGUGUAAACUUCUAAAAGCAGCUCGUAAGAGGAAUAUUGCCGAUAGUCAAAAUUACCAUUAAAAAUCUUUUAAGCCAUUCAUAAAGCACAGUACACUUAUGUUGUGUAUUACUAUAUCGUACAUUAACUUGAACUGUAAUUCUUAUGCAGCUGAAGUUUAACAAUUAUUCAGCCAGAUUGAAGGAAUGUCUAUUCCAGAAUCAGGGCAUUCAAACCAUCCUGCCUUAAUACAAAUUUCUAACAGUAAAGCAAAUAUGGAUGAAGAUAUUAAAGCAUCUAGCCUCUAGAGAUUAUUUCAUUCUGUUUUAAAAGCAUGCUUCAGAAACCUUAGGACAUGCUAAUAGGUUUGUUUGAUUGGUGAGAGUUAAAUGAGAUGGAACACAAGAAACAAAUCAGCCCACAAGAAAAAAUUCACAGCCCGGCACACAGUAGGCAGUGAAUUUUUGCAGACUGUGAAUGUGCACCUUGAUCAGACACUCACACACACGCACACUGCCUUUUGAAGAGCUGCAGAAAACAACUUGGCCACAUGUAUCCUGCUUGUCCAAGUUGGCAUUUUCUCCUGUAGUUUCCAAGCAAUUCCCACUCUCAUGAGCAUUGUGCCCAUCUUCAUGAGGAGAAGAUUCUAUAGUCAAUGCCUUAUUUGAAUCAGCAAACAAGACAGCUUACCUGUAGUCAGGUGUGGUGGCUCACGCCAGUAAUCCCAACACUUUGGGAGGCAGAGGUGAGACCAGCCUGGGAAACAUAGGGAGAUCUUGUCUCUACAAAAAAUUAGCUGGGUGUGGUGGCACAUUCCUGUGGUCCUAGCUACUCAUGAGGCUGAGGCAUGAGGAUCGUUAGAGCCCAGGGAGUUGAGGCUGCAGUGAACUAUGAUCCUGCCACUGGACUUCCAGACAAAGGAAGACCCUAUCUCAAAAAAUAAUUAAAAAAUUUUUAAAAGACAGCUUACCUGUAAUGAUGCAAUUUCACUCAUAGGACCAGCCUACAGUAAGGGCAGAUAGUAUGUUCUGGGGGAAGUAAGUAUGUCUCAUAAGUAUGUAAGCACAUAAGGACCGGGCAGCAGAGCAUCCUACUUAGCAACGUAGCACAAUCACCCUGAACACUUUUACAAAUACCUGGAGACGUGGAGAUGUUGUAAUGGAGGCUGCCUGGUAACUAAUCGCUAACUUGUUCAGUUUGGGUGAAAUCUGCCACCAGCAUGUCUGUCUUUUGACGAUAUGUCACACACACCAAAAUGGUGCAAAACCCUGAAUGGCAGUGAUUGUUCCCUUAUCCUUCCUGCCCUAAAAAGAACUAGGGUUCUAAGUCUGGUGUCAAAAAUUCAAAAGCGACAGGAGCCAGGCAGGUAACAUAUAUGAGAAGAGAAGACAGUAGAGAGGGAAAUGGAGUGGGGUGAAACGGCAACAAUUGCUCUAUCACUCUAAAAGAGUUCAGAUUCGGAAACUUCUCCAAGCACUGCGUGGGUGAGACAGACAGGUUUACAGCUGGAUUCAGCCAAUGAGCACAUUGUUCCAAGUUCUUAAUUAAAGGCCCGCAGGUGGCAAGGUCUGUUUAUAUUGUCCCCCAUAUCCUAGAUUUGAAAAAAGGAAAACAUGAUUACCCUGUGUGGAAACAAAAUAGUAGGUUUUUUGUUGGCCUGACCACACUUAAUUAUUAGAGAUUUGGGGUGAUACCACAUUCAUUCAGACACCUCUGGGCAAGGUUAGGAGGAGAUAAGAUUUUUAUUUUCAUUUUAUUUCCAUGAAGGACUGUCUCUCAGUAAUUCUCACUACUGUUAUCCCAUCUGGUUAUAAGUGAAAUACAGAUUUGGGAUAUCAUUUUUAUCUGCACAUAUUUAAAAUGUAAUGUCCAAAUAUUAUGCUGUUUGAAAAGAGACACCUGUCCAAAAAAUUCCCGGGAAGGUUUCAGAGAGUGCACUUAAGCUCAGAUUUAGACACAAGUAAAGCUCAUUUUUCAUUUUGCAGAAACCUUCAGACUAGCCAAGACUUGGAAUACAUGCUGAACAUUUUGCAAAUACAGCAAUGCCUCAUUUGUUUGACGUGGACUGUUCCAUGUAAAUGCAUUUUCCACAUAACUGAAGCCUAUCCCAAUGCACAUCAAAUCAUACAUUUAUUUUAGCCAUUUUGCAUGGGAAUGUUUCUGAGAGUGCAUUACACACUUCCCUACCUCCUUAAAUAGAAUAUGAGAAACAUAAUUUAAUCUUUGCUAUCUGACUCAGGGUCAUAGUCAUGAAUAUCAAGUAUUGGGCUGUUCUGGGCUGAAAUAAAGGGAUGCCUUGGGGUCCCUACAGCAUAAAAGGAGUUGUUUGACUUCACUUUGCAGGAGCUGAGGUUUCCACAUUUUUUUAGAGUGUGCCUACCAGCUCUCCAUCUCAUCCUUCAGAGCUCUCAUUAUACCUAAAAGUCCUUUUGUUCCUACCUCUUUAAAUUUGUCUCAUCUAUAGAAUAGGAAGGUAAAGUGCCUUACUUGGUUGACCAGAAACCCUGGGUUAUUUCCCCAUUUUUAAUACAUUCUUGUACUUUGUUAACCUGCACAAGCUACUUGACCCUCUUGGCCUCUGUUCCACCAUCGAAAAAUGAGAGAAUUAAACACAUUCUCUAAAAUCCACCAAAUCUGCUUCCAUUUGCAUAAUUUCAUGUGAUCUUUGGCUCUGAGAUGAACAGACUUGUUAAAAUUGUGCUUAAACAUGGAGACUCUGGGUCCCAAGUGAGCACUUUAACAUCCCCGUUAGAAGCAGAAGUCAUUGGCUGUGUAUUACCUUAUUUGUUUAUUGGUUCCAUUAUAUUCUACAUUGUUGAAGCUGUCAAAGGUGUGACCACUCAAUAAAUUGAACUACUAUGCUGGCCAGUUGCAGUGGCUCACGCAUGUAAUCCUAGCACUUUGGGAGGCUGAGGCAGGCAGAUCACUUGAGGUCAGGAGUUCGAGACCAGCCUGCCCAACAUGGUGAAAUCCCAUCUCUACUAAAAAUACAAAAAUUACUCAGAUGUGGUGGUGGGCGCCUGUAGUCCCAACUACUUGGGAGGCUGAAACAAGAGAAUCACUUGAAUCUGAGAGGUGGAGGCUACAGUGAGCCAAGAUCACACCACUGCACUCCAGCCUAGGCAAGACACUGGUGAAGGAAAGAAAGAAGGGAGGGAGGGAGGGAGGGAGGGAGGGAGGGAGGGAGGGAGGGAGGGAGGGAGGGAGAAAUGUGGGGGAGGAAGAGAGGGAGGGAGGCAUGGAAGGAGAGAGGGUGGGAGAGAGAAUGAGAAAGAAAGAAAGAGAAAGAAAGAAAGAAAGAAAGAAAGAAAGAAAGAAAGAAAGAAAGAAAGAAAGAAAGAAAGAAAGAAAGAAAGAAGAAAGAAAGAGGAAAGAAAGAAAAUGAAAGAAAGAAAAGAAAGAAAGAAAAAAGAAAGAAAGGAAAAGAAAAGAAAGAGAGAGAUGCAGUUUCAGUUAUCUAUUGCUGCAUAACAAAUCAACCCCAAACCUAGCAGCUUAAAGCCACAGUGGUUUGUUAUUUCUUUAUUUCUUUGAUUCUGUGAGUCAGGUUCUGAGACAGCUGUGCUUGGUGGGGCAUGACCUGGAGAAGCUUCCUUGACUCAUCCACCUGCAAAUGGGCUGAACCGAGAGGUCAAAGAAGUCCUCAGCCACAUGCCUGGUGCUCCAUGCUCCUCCACCUGAUUGCUCUCCUUCCAAUCUUUUUAUAAACAGCCUCAUUUCAUAAUAUAAUCCUAGCUUUUAUUUAUUUAUUUAUUUAUUUUUGAGAUAAAGUCUCACUGUCUCCCAGGCUGGAGUCAGUGGCACGAUCUCAGCUCCUUGCAACCUUCCCCUCCUGGGUUCAAGUGAUUCUCCUGCCUCAGCUUCUCAAGUAGUAGGGAUUGCAGGCUCCAGCCACCACACCUGGCUAAUUUUUGUAGUUUUAGUAGAGACAGGGUCUCACCAUGUUGGCCAGGCUAGUCUCAACUCCUGACCUCAAGUGACCCUCCUGCCUCGGCCUCCCAAAGUCUUGGGAUGACAGGCGUUAGCAACUGCGCCCCACCUACAUCUAGCUUUUUUGCAACAUCAAGGCGGGCUUCCCCACAGGAAAGCAAAAGCUGCUGAGCCUUUAAAGGAUAUGCCAAGAAUUGACACACUAUCACCUCUGCCACGUUUUCUUGGUCAAGUCACAACUCAGAGAGAUCCAAAUAAAGGAGACGCAACCCCACUUCUUGAUGGGUGCAGUUAGUUCCACGCAUGUGCAGGAGGAAGAGGAAUUAGUGGCCACCAUCUUUGGAAACCACUACACAGUUAAAUAAAUCUUCACACGAUACUUUGGAAAACAAAGGUUUUCUUUCAACAUCAAAAGUAUUAAUUGGUUUUGAUGUGUGUGCCUAAUCAUUUUCUUAAGUAGUGUAGAUUUGGUAAAUAGCACUUUUCCUCUGGGAAAGGAAUAAAAAGACAAUCCACACUUUUAAUUGGAUCCUUCUCUUGAAGUGAAUUCCAAGUCUGCAUUUUCUCUUGUAAACACACAGCAAAGUUUCCACGUUUUGAUCCUGUACUUGGUGAAUCAAAGUGAAAUCCUGGGAAAGGAAACAUUACCUCUUUCUGAACUUUCUGUAUAGGCGUGCUUGCCUUUGGUUGUUGUCAAAAUUCUUUGAACGUGUUUGCCCAACAAACCAAAUUAAGCAACUGCGAUGUUCUGUGUGCUCUCUUGUCAAGGGAAGAUAGGUUCCUUUCUCCUUUAGGUUUUUGUGGAUUUCCUUUUUUUUGUUUGCCCUGUUGUUCAUUUGUUCAGUUAUUUAUGCAGAUUGUCUCAGCAUAUUCUAUGUGUCAGGUUUUUAAAACAGGCAGUGAACAAGACAGACAUCAUGCCUCUCUCAUGGAGCUGAUGUUCUAGCACAGAAAGCAGAUGAUAAGGAAAUAACUAAUCCAUUAUAAUUGCAACGAAUGCUACAAAGGAAAAGCGUAAAGGAUAGAAUUUAGAUUGUAGGGACCUGCCUUGGGAUGAGAAAUACACAGAGACCUCCUAGAGGAAGUGAUGUUUCAGCUGAGCUCCGGAGGUGGGUGGGUGUCCCAUAGGUGAAAGGACCAUCGAAAAAGUUGCUGAGGUGGAAGGCAUUCCAAGAACACAUGAAAAGACCCCUUGGAAGGAAAUGGAUGCUCGUGGGUUCAAGGAACAGAGACAAUCCAGUAACAGAAGCAAGGAUAAAGAUGUGUGUGAUAUUUAACCUAAAAUAGCUAUUUAAAAGUUGUGAAAACUUAGGCAUAAUACUCAAAAACUCUGAGACUGGGCUAAGGGAUAGAAAAGGAAAUGGUGACUGUAACCCUCGGUCACCCCCACUCACAAAAAGGCACAAACGGGAAUCUCACCCACCAUCUGGCUAAUUGUCAUUGAGCUUGUAAGUGUAUUGAUAACCUCUCUUAAGUGCCAGGCAUUGUAUUACGUGCUGGGAGUACGAAGAUGAAUAAUAACAAUAGGUUCAUAGAAAAGAUGAAUUGAUUGAGUGAAAAAGAUAGGACCCUCCAGGAGCCCUCGGUGUACUUCAUAGGGAGUUGGCGCUGGAGGAUGGAGGAAUGGAGAAGGCCCUGAAAUGCAGGCAGAGAAAUGAUGAAACAAUUCGGCGGGGCGGGGGGUCAGUCAGGUUAGAUUAAGAUCUUCAGCAGACCUGAAGACUGAUCAGGUUACUAUGCCCUCUCUUCUAUCGACAUGCAUUUCAAAAUAGUAUUUUUAUUUUUAAAAUGACAAAAAAAAGGCUGUGCACUAAAAAUAAAAUAACUUCUUUCUAGGUUUUUUCUUUUGAAUAUGUAAUUUUGGGUAAGUUCAUCAAACCUGAACUCGUUUUGUUAUUUAUUUACUUGUUUAUGUAGAGAUUUGGGGGCCUCGCCUUAUCAAUGAGCUAAGUACCUGUUUGCCCUAACUUUGGGGCCCUUAGCAAGGACUUCAGUGUAAGAAAUGGCAGAGAAGGCAGAUUAAUUCUACUGGGGUGUUGAGGUGGGGUGGGAGAACAGGAAAACUUCAUAUAGGAGAUGUUAAUUAAUCUUUACCUUAAAAAGUGAUAUGCUAGUUAGGAAAAAGAUUCUAAUUGCUGUUUUUUAAAGUCCCUAAUAUAUCAGAAGCUCAAAUAAGAGAAUUUACUUCUCUCUCACCUAAACCAUCCAAAUACAACCAGUUCCAUGACCAGUGUGGUGGAUUCACAGUGUCCUGGUUUCUGCCUUCUUUGUUGUCAUUGCUCUGCUGCCCUCAACACAUGGCUUUCAUUUCGUGGUCUAAAAACAGCUGCUCAGCUCCCACCAUUGCAUCUACAUUCAGUCUGCAAAAAGGAGGGAAGGAGAUAAAAGGAAAGCAUGCUCUUUCCACAGUUGCCACCCGGUUUCGCUUACUUCUCAUUGGCCAGACAUAGUCACACGGUUAUGCCUAGCUGCAAGAAGCGCUGGGUACUUUGGGCUUUAGCUGAGUGGUCAUGUAUAGUACCCAUCCAAAACUCAAGAGGUUCAACCGCUAGAGGAAGAAGGGAAGAAGCAACGAGCAGCUGCUGCCCCAGAUGGCAGGUGGGGAAGGCCAGGACCGGCAGCCAAAGACAGGAGUUUUUAAGGAGCUUAUGAGAGUUGCCCAUGAGGUUUUACAAUGCCCACUUCACAGAAGUAGAACACAGAAACACAGAAAGGCUAAUGUAGAUAAAGUGGCAUAACAAGGCUGAUAGUGGAAUUGCUCCCACCAUAGAGCAGGCAAUAAAGAAUUCCAUCAAAUAAUAAAGCCCAGAAAAAGCCCUUCUGAUUUUCAUUAUCACCAUGCACUAGUAACAGGUAAUGAUUGGUGACAAUAUCAGCAACCAAAUACUCCUCCUCCCUGGGGCACACAUUCUCAGUGCUCCCCACCCCCAUGCCAUGCCAACACAGGAGGGGCUGGCAGGGAAGCCCAAGGUACACUGAGCCUGAAUAAGCAGUAGGGCAGGAGGAGGGCAGUGGGGCAGACUUCGUCUCUAUCCACCCGACAUAUACAGAUAAACACACACACAUAGAUACACAUAUACAUGCAUGCAUACAAACACAUGCAUAUGCACAUAUACACAUGCACACACAUAUGCACAUAGGAACAUGUGCACACAUGCACUCACAUACAUGUGUACACCCUUAUACACACAUACUUAGGCACAUGUGAACACAUACACAUGCACACAUAUACAUAACUACAUAUACACAUGUACACACACAUACAUAUACAUGCACACAACACAAUGUACACACACACACACUUCUCAAUACGGGCUGACAUCUUUGCCAUCGAUUAAUAAGCCCUAUUCCCUAAACCCAGUGGGUUCUGGUAUUUAAGUUCCUAGAGUUAGAUUUUGUUCAAAUGCUGACUCUCUUUUUCUGUAUCUGUGAGUUUGAACAUGUCAAUGAGUUUACAGUCUAUUUAGACCAGUGCUUCUCAAACUUCAGUCAGCAGGAAUCAGAAUCACUGGCAGGCUUAACACACAGACUGUGGAACCCCAUCCCCAGAGUUUCUGAUUCAGUGCUUCUGGGGUGGUGCACAAGAAUUCGAAUUUCAAAAAAAUUCCCAAGUGAGGUCGGUGCUUUUGGUCUGGAGACCACACUUUGAGAACCACUAGUCUAACAGCAGGGAAAGAGCUUUUACCUUUUGUGUCAGGGACUGCAAAUGGUUAUAACAGAACUUGACAUCAUGGAAAGCUAUGGGAGUUUUAACUGAUUUUGAAAACAGAAAAUGCAUACUAAUAACAUUACAUUAUCUACUGGCAUACUUUUCACUUUUCUUUCACAAAGCCUAAGUAUUAUUAACGCUAAUAAUACCUAAGCCUUUUUCACCAGCUCCACUCAAUUUUAAGCUCAACAAGACAGGAACUAGUAAACAUCUGGAGUCAAAUACACCACCUGUCCCAUCAUGAUGGCCCAAUGCAUAUUUGUUGAAUGCAUGAAUUUAUUGAGAUCUUACGAUGGGCGAGUUAUUGUGCUGUACACUUUAUGGGCAUCAUUUCCAUUCAUCCUCAAAAUAACUAUGAGUGGGUUCUGUCAUUGGUCUCACUUUACAGAUGGGGAAACAGAGACUCAUGGAAGUUAAGCCAGGGGCCAUUUAUCAAGAGGUGGCCACACUAGGAUCUCACCCUUACUUUGCGUGACCCCAAGGCCUGCUCUUAAUCAUGCUCUCUCGUGGGGUCAGCAGCCUGCAGGCCAAAUCCUGCUUGCUGCCUUUUUUUGUUGAACUCAUGAGUUCAGCAUAGUUUUACUUUUAAAAUGGUUGAAUAUUAUAAAAAGAAUCUGAAUAAAAGAAAAAAUCUCAUGACAUGUGAACAUUGAAAUUCGUAUUUCCGUGCGGCUCAAUAAAGUUUCAUUGGAGCUAGCUAUGCCCAUUUGUUUACCAGUAUUUACAUAAGCAUUACAGGGCUGAGCGCGGUGGCUCAAGUCUGUAAUCCCAGCACUUUGGAAGGCCGAGGCAGGUGGAUCACGAGGUCAAGAGAUCAAGACCAUCCUGUUCAACAUGGUGAACCCUGUCUCUACUAAAAAUACAAAAAAAUUAGCUGGGCAUGGUGGCGCGUGCCUGUAAUCCAAGCUACUCAGGAGGCUGAGGCAGGAGAAUUGCUUGAACCCAGGAGGUAGAGGUUGCGAUGAGCCAAGAUCACGCCAUUGCACUCCAGCCUGGGUAACAAGAGCGAAACUCCGUCUCGAAAAAAAAAAAAAAUUACAAAGGACUUUUUUCUAGGGUUUUUUUUUAAUAUGUAAUUUUGGGUAAGUUCUUCAAAGCUGAACUCAUUUUGUUAUUUAUUUACUUAUUUAUGUAAAGAGUUUGGGUGAAUCAUGCUCUCAUUGCAGAAUUGAGUGGUUGCUACAGCACCCGUGUCACCCACAAGGCUGAAACUAUUUACUAUCUGACACUUUAGGGAGAAAAGUUGCCAAUCCCUGUUUUUUGGUGCAUGUCAUCCUUUUCAUAAGGAGAAAUUGCUCCAGGUAAAAGUCAUCACAAUAAAUCGUUUCUUUUAUUUUUUUUUUAAUAACACCCUGUUUCAAUGAGCUGCCUACUAUCCCACCAUUAAUGCUUCAGUGUUUUGGCUUAAUGCUGGCUUCAAGUAGUUCUUUUCAAGAAGCAAAUACCUCUGAGAGCAGUAGCUCAUUAUUUAGCUAAUAACAGUGUGAGAAAGCAGUGUGGUGUUAGCAAAAGGCAAUGGUCCAAGGAAAAGUCCACCAAUAUUCCCAAAUGCAGCAAUGUCUAGUUUUCCAGUCUAAUUUCCCAGAGUGAAAGAAACUCAUGUAGUCCAGGCCAGGGUACCAAAAGGUUCUUGCCAGGCUGAACUCCCUGGUCUCAGGCAAGAUAUGCCAGGGACUUACUUAUCCUAUUUGCUGGAUCCCGAAGAAUCAAAGAUAAGGAUUAGAAUGGUUGAGUUCACACAGAGAAUUGUUGAUUAUGUUUUAUCCUUUUAAAUAUGUGUAAGUCAUAGAAAGCUCUGCCGUCAAAAAUAUUGAUUGCAUUGAUCUCUGCCGACCACAGAAGCAUGGGGCUCAUGUGGGCUGCAGCGGAAAGGCUGUGAAAUACUUAAAAUAAAGACGUUAUCUGAUGGAAGAUGCUUUCCUCCUCCUCUCCCCUGCCCCGGAAGCAAGUUUGAACUGAAAAUGCACAAAUGCCAGUCAGCAAAAGGAAAAAGUACUUUUGCAUCUCCAUUUGAACAUUAGCAUGCAGACCUCGAGUCCAGCAGCACAUUCUAGGGCAGCAAGAAUACAAAUUUCUGCAGCAUGCAUGGAUUUUACAAGAAGUGUGUCGGAGUGAAUUGUAUUACAAGGCCUGAUGAGCAAUGUUAGUUUUCUUACAGAGAGCAGCCCCUUUAUCAUUUGAAGGAAAAAAGACAUUGCCGAUCAAAAGCCCUCUUUUUGCAUGUGCAGCCCCUGUUCUGGAGCGAAGUAUUUAUGCAUCAUUCCCUUACUCGGCUCAUCAGCCCUCUGUUCUGCAAGGUGGAGCCCCUACUCUGGUCAGCCCCUCUGAUGAACAUUGGCAACAAUGUCUACAGCCCUGAGAAGUAUGUGGGGAAAUAUGGGCAUCAGUUUGAAGGCUCGUUGGUGGCAAAGAUUUUCAUCUUGUUGGUCUUUCUCAGAGCACAGGGCCAGACAUGUAGUAGGGGUUCACCCAGUGUGUGUUAAACAGUGGCUGGAUGAAUAGGCUGAAUGUAAUACAAGGAAGAGAAAAUAAGCUGGGAUCAGAAAAUGAACAAUUAACAGCCAGAGAGGUGGGGAAGCCUCCAGAAACCAGCUGAGAUUUGAUCUAGGCCUUGAAGGACACAUAAAAGUUCAGGAGGUAGAGAGAGAACAGGGCACCUUAGAAGGAUCCUUUUAGCAGGAGAGGGCAAAGGAUGGGUCUUCCCAAGCCCUUUCUGGAAAUAGGCACUUUAUACAUCAAUACAACUAAGGCUCUCCAUAAAACACACCCAGACCUUCCAGAAUUCAACAUGGAAAUACUCCCCAACAGCAUUCAGAAUGCACCAGAGUUUCAUCCUGCCGUCUUUUGCACGAUUGCUCAGGACCUGGCAAUUAAGACAGUUGUUUCAUACUGUGUGAUGGUGUGAAGAGGAUCCAAGGAGUGCCAGCAGAUCAGUCCCAAACUAGCUUAGGACAGGGCAAGCAGGUCCAGCACAAAUGUUGCACAGAAUUUGCCAGGUGGAGGGACAGAGGGGGAUAGAAAAAGUCGGCAUCACAGGCAGGAACAUAAUGUAGCUUCCCUGGGAGACGAAGAAAUGGUUGCUAGGCUCAAUUCUGCUCAGCCUUUACUAAGCCCCACCAGGGCUGGGCACCAUGCUUGGCAUAGGGCAUAAAACAAGGAAGUCAGCAUAGGGGGCAGCUUGGUACAGUUGGUGAGAACAUAGGCUUUGGAGGUAAAUAUUCUGUAUUAGUAAAUUUUCAUACUGCUAUGAAGAAAUACUCAUGACUGGGUAAUUUAUAGAGAAAAAGAGGUUUAAUGGACUUACAGUUCCACCUGGCUGGGAAGGUCUCACAAUCAUGGCAGAAGGCAAAGGAGGAGCAAAGGCACAUCUUACAUGAUGGCAGGCAAGAGAAUGGUGCAGGGAACUGCCCUUUAUAGAGCCAUCAGAUCUCAUGAGACUUAUUCACUAUCAUGAGAAUAGUAUGGGAAAAACUCACCCCCAUGAUUCAAUUACCUCCCACCAGAUCCCUCCCAUGACAUGGUCCUUCUCAUAUAAUUCAAGAUGAGAUUUGGGGGAGAAUACGGCCAAACCAUAUCAUAUUAAUUCCUUCAUUCAUUAACUCAUUCCAUUCAAUUAAUAUUUAUUGAGCACCUAUUAUGUUUUAGGCACUGAGCACAGUUGUAAAAAGGCCGAGUAAAAGCUACCCUUGUAGAAUUUAUGUUCCAGGAGAGAAAUGCAAUAAAUAAAGAUUAGUGCUUAUUGAGUUCUUAUUACAGGCCAGACAUUAUCUCCAACGCUUUGUAUGUGCAUUAAAUAUAACAUUUAAAACUCACAAGAAACCCGUAAGUUACUAUGACAUUCCCAUUUUACAGAUGAGAAAACUGAAUUUCAGAGAGUUUAGAACAGGGAUACAAGCAUUGGCCUUCAGAGUCUGGUCUUUGACCACUGGGUUGUCCCAUCAUAGGACAGAGAGUGAUCAGGGUUUGGGAAAGGGACAGACAUUUACUAAUAUGACCCAGGAAGCCCCCUCUGAGCAGUGACUUUUGGGCUGUACCCAGAUUAGAAGGAACCCGCCAUGACCACAGUUUCACGACAAGGCUGAGAGUGGAAUGGAGCAAAGCAGAGGGGUCAGCUGCCUGGAUCUCAUGUGGGCUCUGUCACUUACUACUUCAUGCACUUAAGCGACUUAACUUCUCGGAGUCUGUUCAUGCGAAAAAUGGGGACAAAAUCUUUAAGGGAAUGAAUGCAAUGUAUUCACCUAAAGCCCAGAGAGGAGCAAGCACUCAACAAAUGUGGCCAUUAUUCCUGUUAACAAGACAAUUGCCUGCUCUCCAGAAUGUCACAAUUGAGAGAGAGACUGAUUGUUACUCUAUGGUGUGGCUAGAUACCAAAUGUCUGUCAUUCCCCAGACUCAUUGACAUUCUGGGUGUGGCACACCUCUAGCGUUUGCUUUCCCUUCAUCGAGAGAAAGCCCAACCACCCUUGCUGGACCAUCAACCUACACCCCAAUGGCCAAGAAUCUUUCUGAGCCUAUUCACUACCAUCGUCAUCACUGCCAACACCACUGCCAUCAUCAUCACUGACAGUCAUCAUCUUCAUUGUGAACCUUAGCAAAGCACUUACUAUGUGCCACGCUUUGUCCUAAGAGCUCGAUCCUUGUUCUCAUUCACUCAUCAUGUGAAUCUCAUUCACUCAACCAUAGGCUUCUAAGGUUGUUUUAUUAUUUUCCAUGUUUUUCAGAUGAGGAAACUGAGGCAUAGAGAUGUGGAGUAACUUACCCACAGUCACACAGUUAGGAGGUGCAUCUGAACCCGGGCAGUCUGGAGCUGCUGGUCCUGCCUAGAAACAGGAUUUUUGCUUCUGGGCAAUAUUUUCCUGCCACUAUUUGCAUCUAUUUUUCUUGCCUCAAUUCAGACUUUUUACUUAAAUGAACACUUUGUAAAACUACAUCCUAGAGGAAAACCAGCUCUAUUUGUCAUUAAAAGGGGAUCACUAUAACAAUGAAAAUGCAGUCACAAGAAAACUGUGGCAUCAAAACCCUUGCUAGACGUGUUGCCAGUCGAAGGCUCAGAGCUCACAGCCAGCUUUUUCUUGGCAGAAAGGGGAGAUAACAGGUGUUAGGGGGUGUUAAAAACACAUCAGCACAAAGCUCACCCUUUGACUUCAACAGAAAAAAUAAAAAAGAAUUAAGAAGGAAUUGUCCUACUCAACUACCUGUCUUCUUCCAGGGUUUCCUUCCACUUUGGGAGAGACUGAAGUAGAGGGGUCUGGGGCUAUGUCAGGGGACAUGUUUGUAACAGGCUGUGUGUGCUUAAGCAAGACCUUGUGCCUCCUCCCAGUGAUGAAGACAUCGUUCCAAUUUAGGGUCAUCAUCACCAAGAAGCAAUUGGCUGGCCAGUGUGCAUGCAUGAUAAACUUUUCUCUAGACAAAUUAGAAAUAUAAGUCCCAAUAGAAAUGCAAUUUCCAUGAAGAUACGUUUAGUGAAUUUAAGAGACUCUUUCUUGGUCUUAAAUUCAUCCAACAUUAUACAUUCAACAAUUUUUUUGGAAUAACCACAAUAUACCAUCACUCCAGUGGGCACCAGGUUUUCAAUAGUGAGAUUGUUCCUUCUUACUUUAGAAAAAUGAAAAUAUCCUCCCUUGUUAUUACACAAUGCUGAUAGUAAUUCAUCUUUCUUCUUUUGUGUGUCAGUCUAUAGCAAAAUUAAAGUUUGGUUCCUUAUAUAGUUUUCUUUCAUUUUUUUUCUGGACAUUCCACUGUUCUGUCUCUUAUAUCCCCAAAUCAGAGAACUUCUGGACUAAGUGGGUCCCUCUGAGCUCAAGUAUGUUGGCACCAAUUUGUGUAAUGCUUAAUAGAAAUUCCUAAGCCAGCAGUUACAAAUUGAGUGAAGGUAGGUGGAGAGACCAAGCAAGUUGAUGUCUGAUGCCUCAUCUAAAAGAGCAUCUGCUUCUCACCUCUGGGGAACUGUUGGCAUGGAACAAUGUGGACCUGGUGAUGCCUGAUUUCAUGUGGUCUCGAGAAGGUGCAAGCCUGAUUUUCAUCGGGAGUCCCUGUGAGCUGGAUCUAGCAGAUAAGCCACAAGAAGGCUGCCAUCCCCCGCUUUUUCUCAUUAACGAGCUUGCCUUAAGUCCUGUCACAGAGACAGGUGGUAAAAGGAGGGAGGGGGGAUGUCAUGGAGAGAGCUCAGACUUCGGGCGGUGGAUCUCGGGCCCUGCCAUUCAUAACUGGGCGAUCUGGGACGGAAAGGACAACCUCUCUGGGACUCUGUUUCCCUGUCUGUACAUCAGAGAUUUUUAUUCUAUUUUGCCAAUGUUAUUCGAGAUCAGAAAUAAUGUCUAGUGUUACAAGGCAGAGGACAGUGAUUUUAUUUUGCAAGUAAAAGACUUUGAGUGGCCAGGUGUCUGUAAUCCCAGCACUUUGGGAGGCCAAGGCAAGUGGAUCACUUGAGGUCAGGAGUUCGAGACUAGCCUGGCCAAUAGGGCCAAACUCCGUCUCUACUAAAAACACAAAAAUUAGCCAGUCAUGGUGGCAGGUGCCUGGGAGAGGAUUCUUUCCAGCUCUAAACUGUCAGCACUGAGAGUCCAGGUGUGUUCUCGGCACCCCAAGCCACUCCUUGGGGCUGAGGCACCCUCUGUGCUGCUGAGCCAGUGCUUGAGAGUCAGAGGCUGGCAAAUACCUGCCACAACACACAGGGCUCCAGGUGACUCUUACAAAAUGACCUUCCUUGGUGACAUCAAUUUGCUAUCUUGGCUUGAGUCCCUGCCUUCUACUUUGUGAAGUCUGUAGAAAGUGCCCUGGGAAUAUUCGUUUGAUGAAUGAAUGAAUGAUGUACUUAAAGUUUAAAGAUUUAAUGGAAAAAGAAAUAGGUUAAUAAAUAAAUAAAUAAGUGAAAGGACUCAGUUUCAGUUUAAAGAAUUCUUUCUUCCUAUCAAAGCCACCCCAUUUUCAUUUCCUCUAAGGGCUUUUUUUUUUUUUUUUUCUUUUUUGAGACAGAGUCUUGCUCUGUUGCCCAGGCUGGAGUGCAGUGGCACGAUCUCGGCUCACUGCAACCUCCAACUCCUGGGUUCAAGCGAUUCUCUUGCCUCAGCCUCCCAAGUAGGUGGGAUUACAGGCACGUGCCACCACGCCUGGCUAAUGUUUUUGUCUUUUUAGUAGAGACAGGGUUUUGCCAUGUCAGCCAGGCUGGUCUCAAACUUCUAACUUCAGCUGAUCUGCCCACCUCAGCCUCCCAUAGUUCUGGGAUUGCAGGCGUUAUAGGCGUUAGCCACUGUGCCCAGCCUCCUCAGAGGGCUUUAUUAUAUCCUGCUGAUCACAUCGUUUAAGACCAACUGACUUGGAGUAAAUCCUGGGCUACAGGGGCAGAAGGGUGCAGCAGUCCUGGCUCUGACUUGUGGUCCCUCCUGACCCCUGUGUUCAUCUGUACACAGAGCCACAGGGGAGCUUCCCAGUUUCUUUCACUAACAUAUGACAGACAUCCCUCUGUCUGGGCUCCUGUCACCCCCUUCCACAGCAGACAUUUUCUUUUAGCUCCAGCCUUUUUGAGAGAAUGCUUCCACUCACAGAAAUGGUUCCAGCAGUGGGAUCCUCAGGCAGGGAUAUACAAGAAAGGUUUUUGUGUCUCUGAAUCAUCAGAAAGCAGGCAGCCACCUCCACUGGCCACAGCACUCAUGGCCCAAUGGCAGGUGGGUCCAGUACAGAAGCCCUAAGUAGGAAGAGGGAGAAGGAGGCAGUUUCCUUUUCUAUUUUUUGUUUUUUGUUUCAGACAAAGUCUUACUCUGUCACCCAGGCUGGAGUGCAGUGUUGCCAUAUUGGCUCACUGCAAAAAGCCUCAGAAUUUUGGGCUCAAGCAAUCCACCCAGCUCAGCCUCCCAAGUAGCAGGGAACACAGGCAUGCAUCACUAUGCCUGGCUAAGUUUUUGGUAUUUUUUGCAGAGAUGGGGUUUCACCAUGUUGCCCAGGCUGGUCUGGAACUCCUGAGCUCAAGCGAUCCACCCACCUCUGCCUCCCAAAGUGCUGGUCAGAUUCCUUUUCAUCCUCAAAGCCUCUGAUCACAUGUCACCUCCUCUGUGAAGCCUUUGCUGACCUUUCAGGCAGAGCUAGUAGCUCUUUCUCCUGUGAUCCUGUGGCACUUUGCCCAUCUGCUAUGAUUUUGAUGCAUGACAAAAUGCAUUUCCCCUACUGUUCUCCUUUGUUAGCUCAAGAGCACCCUGGAUCAGGAACUAUAUGCCCAUGGCUCAGGCCUGUGUCAGGACAGCCAGUUCUGUGCUCAACAAAAUUGGCUACUUGUAUUCGUAAACAAUCAAAUAGCCAAAGUAACAAUAAAUGGAGUGACAACAGUCAAUGUGGGUCUAGCCACGGCAAAAUGCAUGAAUCUGGCAGAAUUCCUGAGGCCUAAUUAUCAGGGAAAAGACUUGGCAGCUGGCAUGGAAUAAUCCAGAAGCAGUGUUUGGCCUUGGUUAAACUGCGUUAUGAACACAGGAACUGUGAAACUGGAGAUCCAUGUUCUUCCACCGGAAGCAUUUUAUUUUUUCAUGUUUUUCUUGGUUUUUAAAUACUUAGCUUACUGUCAUUUCCCUGAGUUGAGAGCUCCAGCAGUUCCUGACUUGUCUUGGAGCACUGCUCUACUCUGUGCAAUUUCACCUGGACUCCGCACGUCUCCGAGGGGAGGACCUGAUUUCACUAGGGUAUUUUCAUGACUUUCCCUGAAAAUCUAGAUCUGCAAAGUCAUUGUCUUAAUCAUUAGUAAAGAGAAAGGUAGAGAGGCAGUGCUAGGUUGAGGGUUCUGGGGAGGAAGCUGUACAUGUGGAUGUUGAACCCAGCCUGGGAGAGCAGCUGGCCGUUGUUCAUGGACACCACUGCCCUCCAGUGGAACACACGGCAGGUCAGCUCAGGGAGGGCCACUCCUCUCAGGUCAGGGCUUCAGUGAUGGGCCAGGAGUGUCCACACCUGUGUUCCUGCCAUGAGCUCUGCCUUCCAGAAGCUCUCCUUAAGGUCUACACAUCGAAUAACUGAGACAAUUGGCUGCAUGGUGGGGGGACUGCUUUGUUUGUUGUUUCUUUGUUUGUUUUUAGUUGUGUGACUUUUUUGUACCAGCAGAAAUAGGAGAAAAAAAAGCAAAUGAAGGCCCUCCCAGCAACCUGGGUAUCUUGAAGGAAGUGUCUUAUGCCUGCACCACCCCUGCCUCUUCUUUCUCAUCUUUCUGCUUUGAGAACAGGAGAGAAAGGACAGUGCUGGACUAAUGCAUGGCUAAUGGUGGAAUUUUAAAUAUUAGAGGGACAAUGACUUUUGUAGGAUUUGUCCCCAUCUCUUCACAUCAACAAACAUUCCAUGAUUGCCUUUGAUAUAUCUAAGCAAAGGAAUUUGGAGAGCUAAGCAAAGGAAGACAAGACAGGGACUUCUAUCCUGGUGGAGUUGCACUAUUAACAGUUAAGCCAUCUCAGGUUGUAGAUAGUUAAGAUCUCAGUAUUUACAAACUUACCACUUGGAAUUUAGUCUCUUCCUCAGCAAUGCCCAUGAUAGAGAUACAGUAACUUAUCUUUUUGCUGUACAUGAAUUUGAUUUGUGCUGCAAUAUUAAUGGGAAGGGGUGAUUCGAUUGGUCACUAAGUGCCCUUAGAGACCCUCCCCGCCAGCAUCCACCUCCCAAUAAGUCUUUGCCUCCCUCCAUGCCUCACUAUGUGCAUCGUAUUGCUGAUGAUGUGAUAGAACAACUGUUUGGUCAUAGGGAUGUGCUAUCAAGUUGGAGGAGGAAAUAUUAUUAGUAAGAGCUGGAAUAUCCUAUUGUAGAAAGGUAUUUGUAGGAAAUGUGUGACUCUUGAAGAAAGUAAGAAUUAGGAGAAACCCAGGAGCCUGUAUCAGCAGGCCUCUCUUCACAAUUUUAGUAAUCCAGGAAGAUCUUACGCUACCUGCCUUGCAAACUGGCGAAAGGUAGCAGGUCUACGAUUAUAAUGAUCAGAAUUCUCUGAGAUGAAAAUUAGCUCCUGUGAUAUACAAGUUCAGAUAUCCUUGGAAAGAUCAAAGGAGGAAAUAUUUGAAAUAGAGCUUGUUCUGGAAAUAUUUGAAAUUGAGAAGUUCAUGGAAACCGUACGUGCAGCGGGAUAUGUAUAAAGUCUGAUGAGGACAUAAAUGAGAGUGCCUAUGAGCCCACAUUCUCCAACCACACCAGAUACACCCCUGAUAGUGAGACCAUGCUUGACCACCUACAUUUGUUCAUUCUGUUGGGUAGAAUUUAUCAAACCAGAACACACAGGCCAUGAGUUGUUCCUGCAAUCAAGGAAGAUCUCCUCAUCAUCUGGACACUGGCUGUGGGAUGUCAAAGAAUUCUCAGGCCCCUGAGUAACUAAUGACGUAGAGCCAUUAACUCUAUUAUCCAUUUGAAAUGACAAAUGCAUUGGUCCAAAACCUACAAUGCUUCCUGGAAGACCCUCCAAGUGAUAUAACAAAGGUUAUCUUCCAGAGAUGCGAUAUUAGUCCUGUGGUUGCCUGUUUACUCCUUCAUUGUUACAAUAAAUAUUGACUGAGUGCUUGCUAUGAGACAAGCACUGAACUAGGGCUGGGGAAUCAUCAGUGAACAGUCAGAGAAAGUCCUAGAUUGCAAGAGCUUAGACUCUAGUUCGAGUAGAGAAAAUAAACAAGACCACUUCAGGGUAUGAUAAGAGCUUUGAAGCCAUUGAAACAGGCUAAGGAGUCUGGGUGGAAACUGAUUUAAAGAAACUGGCCAAGGAAGUCCUGACCAAUGUGAAACCCUUGUAGUGAGGAGUGGUCAGCCACAGGGAGAGCAGCAAGGGCUAACAGUCCAUCGCAAGAGUGCACUUUGCAUUUGAGGAACAGAAAGGUUUUGUGACUGCAGCCUUCUGAACUUGGAAGCAAGUGAGGGGUCAACCAGAGCUGGCCACGGUGGUAAAGAUAUGCAAAGUGAGGCCUUGGGAGGCAUUUAAAGCAGGGGGCUGGGAUGUGUGCUCGUUACAUUCAGGGAAGAUAAACCUGACGCUCACCCCUAGAGUCCAACACACUCUUCCAUCAUGAUCAGUAGGAGGAAAUGUGUGCCAAGAUUGCUCAAUGUCCAAGAUUGCAGGUAACUCCCAGAUGAAGAUUUUAGCUUCACGUAUGCUGCAUUUUAUUAAAAAAUCCGCAUAAACAGAUAAUCCACCUCUGUUUGUAAGUAGUUGGAAUCUCAGUACAGACUUAUCAUUUGUAAUUUGGGCUCCUUAUUCCUGAGCUACUUACAUCUCAGAGACGUAGUAACUUGUCCUCUCUGCAACGCUGAUCAGAAGGAGUAAUGUGAACUGUCCCGGACACCUGUGCAUUAGCCAAUGAAUGAUUGAAUAUUGAUAAGCCUUUGACAAUUUAUUAUUCUACAUACAGAAUCAAUAGCAAAGCAUUUUCUUUUUUAAUUUAGUGAGGAAUUAGCCUCUUUCUAUUCUAAUCAUAAGAGCAUUAAAAGUUAUAUGGUUCCUUUUUCCCACCGGUUGCCAGGAAGCUCAUCUACAAAGUGAAUGGUUAAUCACAGUAACCAUUCUAAGUUUUAUUAUUAAGAUAUUUGCCUUAUCCUCCUUUUUUAGCUUUUUUUAUUUAUUUCCUUUAUAUGUCACCUUAAAUCUUUUUGUAACUAGAGGUGCAAUAUCAAUUUUUUAAAUUGCAUGUUUCAAGCAAUAACCCUAGCCUACUUGACAGAUACUUUAGAAAUUUUAUAUCCACCAGUGGCAGGGUGUGAAUAGUUAAUUGAAUCAGCAAUUAAAUAUAUCAUUAUAUAAAAUUUCUAGAAAAUGUUAAGCUUUGGGACUUUGGCCAAGAAUUUAUCACCUAGGCAAGUAUUUCUACUAGAAAAUCAGGUUCUUCCAUAAAUUCAAGAUCUGACUCUAUUGCCAUCGCAAGGGUUUCAGGCUUAAUAUAAACCAGGAAUGUUUCUCAUCACUUGAAUGCAUUUGCCAAAGAACUUCAACUUCUGUCUCCUUUCCUGUUGAACUUUAAAAACCGGAGAGGCAACUGUCUGUCGAGACUGUUUUGUCUAGAGCAGGGCUGGAGGCAGGAAUCCAGCAUUAUAAGUUUCAGUUCUUGGUCCCCAACUCAAAGCUAUGGGAAGCACCUUCAUUGUACCUUGUUAAUUGCAAAAUUAACUUAAAAAUAAAAGAGUCUGUCUUCUCUUUGCUUCCUAUGAAGCAGGAUGUACGGGGGCGGUGAUUAUACACAGACCCCAGGACUGUAUUCUGUGAUCUAGCAUCGAAAACCAUUUAUGACUGGAUUUAACUCCGGAAAUCCCUGCUUGCGCCUUUCCUCUGAUCAUCCAUAUCAAUUUCAGUCUCAUGACUUCGGCAUUUACUGGCACAGCUGACUGUAAACACACCGCAGCCAUUAACCAGAUAAUCAUCCACAUGUGGAAUUUGGCCAUAAACGUGGGCCUUGCUUCUAGACUAAUUAUAUGGAUAAUGGUUGUGGGGAAGAAAAGCAAGGAAAAAUGUGAAAUUCUAGAAGAUAUUCUAGAUAGUUUUCUGUAACUUUUGUAAAAACCAAGAAAUCAGCUAAAAAUAGCAAGCACUUGAUUUUUUAAUAAUAUAUCUAAGAGGUGUCCAUUGAAGGAAAAGAGAGGGCAAAAGAGAAGGAGAGAGAGAGAGAAAGGGAGGGCAGAGCCAGACACAUUAAUGGGUCCCAAAAUGUUAGUUUGUAUCAUUAACAUUUUGGGAUACAUUAAUGUUUACUACAAAAAUUCUGGAUCAGGAUUGAUAAACUGAAACCCCCAGUCCAAAUCCAACCCACUGCCUAUUUUGUAAGUAAAGUUUUAUUGGAACACAGCCAUGCCCAUUUGUUUACACAUUAUCUAUGGCUAAUGUAAUGAUACAAUGGCAGAGUUACAGAGACUAUAUGGUCUGCAAAGUCUAAAGUACUUCUUUAUUAUCUGGCCCCUUCCAGAAUAAGUUUGCCAGCUCCUGAUCCUGACUUUUUUGUCUCUACCUAUUUAUCUUUUACAUAGUCUUUGCACAUUUUUUUUUAAUUUUUUGGUUUGAAAGAAUUAUAAAUUCAUAAGAAGUUGCAAGGAAAUGUAAGACGAAGACCCGGGCACCCUUCCCAAAGCUUCCCCCAGUGCUUGCAUAACUAUAGGACAAUAUCAAAACCAAAGCUAGUUCAGAUUUCACCAGUUCAGCUGCAAUCAUUUUGGGUGUUAUGUAAGCUUUUUAAACAUAAAAGGGAUAUGAAACGAAAUGCCUUUAACGUUAGGAGUGUUAAUAAUGAGAAGUCCUCAACUGAUGGACUAAGAGAAAGAAAAGUGAAUAAGGUUAGUGGAGCCUGAGAAUCUCCUAAGAGCCCAGUAUGAUCCAACAGUCCUAGGAAAACCAGACCUAUUUCCUCUAUACCAGUAGUCACUCCUAAGUCAUAACAGCCAGCACAUUUGGGUGGAGAUUGUAUGUUUUAUUUUCUCCUAAACUUACAAUCCUCUCUACUUACUUUCUUCUGCAUCAUCCCCAUCAUCUUGACACUAAACGAAGAAACAGAAAGAAAGACAGAAAAUGUGUGCAUGAAAUGUGACUAGGGAAUCAAAGAUGACAGAGCUUUGAAAAGGCCCAGAAGGUCUCAGCCCCUCCAAAGCAAGGGAUUAACAAGAAAGGUGACGUUCAGUUUAUUCAAAUAUGUUUAUCUGACAUCUGUCUGGAUUUCAUCUAAAGUGUGUAGGCUCCUUCUGGAUCCUUCCCCACAAGGGCCUGGCCUCAGUAUCAUACACUUUGCGUGGGAUGAAGUUCUCAAGCCUCAACAGCUAAGGAAAGCUGCCAGGAUGUCUGCCAAACCGUGUAAGAUGGAGAAACACCCCAGCUCUGAAUUCAGCCUGCUGUGAAUUCUGUUAUAACCGAUUGGUUAUAAUACAUGGACAGAGUUACCAAGUGUCUACUUUUGGAUAUACUAAUAUUUGUUUGUGUUGAGUGAGGCUGGGCUAAUGAGCCUAGGUUAUAGGUGUUUGGGAGAAGUAUGAAUACAGUUGGUAGGGAAUAGUGACAAAGCUUUUGUUCUGUUUUGUUUUUAACAAAGGCUAUUUAAGAAGCUGGAAUUAUAAAGCGUUGUGGUCUGAGAAAUUUAAUAGGGCAGCUUGAACGGAAGAUAGUAACUAACUGGGGAGAAGCCACAGAAGUGGCUUCUGAAUCCUCUCCUGGACACUGGAGGCUUGUGCCAGAAAAGCAGAGAGAACUGAGGUGCUUGGUUCUUCUUCCAGGACCUGGUGGGAGCCAGGAGAUGUGAUGUGAGCUAGCACAGCUGGGCCAGGGGUAACCAGAAUCCUGUUACCAGUGGCACUGCCAACCACUCAUGAUCUCUGAGGGGCAAGGGAAGAGGACCAACAGGAGAACCAGGCAGGAGUCAGAAGAAAGAGGAGCAGGAAGGAGCCAGGCAUAGAGAAUGGACAGCAGGUGUCAGACACUGAUGUGUGUGGUAGAGGUGGUCACCGGGGAUCAAGGGGAGUCAGUCUCUCAGCCAGAUAAUGAAUAUUCACUGAAUUCCUGCUGCAUUAGUCAGAGUCCCCUAAGGAGACAGAUGGCAAAUUCAAAUUAGGAAGAUGUGUAAGGGUUAUGACAACCAGAAUGUUUUUCUGGGUGGAGCUGGGGAAUGCGAGAGGACCACAGGGACAGGGCAGGAAGCCAUUCCUGGUGGCAGUAGAGCUCUUGACACCUCUGCACUCAAUGGGUCAAGGGGAAUGAAUGAUGUUCAGAAUCUGAGAAUAGAAAGUCAUUUGGAGAGAAGGGACAGUGACACUCAGUCAGCCAUUGGAACAAGCUUGGGACAAGUGUGCAGGGAUGGAGCCAGGAGGACAGAGGCCCCAUCGUCACUGCCCUCCUCUGGGCUCCCAUUCACUGAACACAUCCGAAGCCAGAGGGCAAGGAGGCCUCCUAUGAAGAAGGCAGGGUGGAGCAAGGCAGAUGAGCUGGAGGGCACCCCACUGAAGAUUCUGGCACAGCUACCACUGGCCAGCCACCGUGCUGAGCAUGGGACCCACCCUGCUGAAGCCUGAGGGUAAAAAUAAAUCAUCGUGAAUGAGCUGAAGCCAUGAAGAGGCCCCAGUGCCCUGGAGUCACCUAACAAGGACAGCCUCUAGCCUAGUCCUGGGGGUCCAGAAAGAUGCUUCUAAGCCUUGAGCAUUUUGCUAAAAUAAGAAUGCAUGGCCAGGCAUGGUGGCUCAUGCCUAUAGUCCCAGCACUUUGGGAGGCGGAAGUGGGUAGAUGACGAGGUCAAGAGAUCGAGACCAUCCUGGUCAACAUGAUGAAACCCCGUCUCUACUAAAAAUACAAAAAUUACCUGGGCAUGGUGGCGCAUGCCUGUAGUCCCAGCUACUCAGGAGGCUGAGGCAGGAGAAUUGCUUGAACCCAGGAGGCGGAAGUUGCGGUGAGCCGAGAUCGCGCCAUUGCACUCCAGCCUGGGUAACAAGAAUGAAACUCUGUCUCAAAAAAAAGAGAAUGUAUUAGCUAGGCAGAGAACAAAGACGAGCGUCAAAGGCAAAGACAGCAGCAUGUUCAAAUGUCCUGGGAUGCAAACAUCAUGUUUCAGGUCGGAGGGGAAAGGGCAAGAAGAAUGAAAAAGGUGAUAGCAGAACAGAGGCUGGUCACACGAGGCCCUGUAGGCUUUUUAAGGAAUUCACACAUGAUCCUGUGGGGGAUAAGGAGAAUUCAAAGUAUUUUAAAUGCAGAAGGGAUCUUAAAGGGUUUGUGUGUGCAUGUGCACACACAUGCAGGCAUGCAUGUGUGUUUGGAGUGAGGCGUAAGGCUAAAAGCCAAGUGGAAUGAAGAGGUGAAACUGGAGAUGCCUAAGAAGCCUGAGUAGUGUGCUAAGCUAGUUCAGGCUGGAUUAGGGAGUAGUUAGCUAGGGUACCAACUAUUUCCUUUUCUUGUGUAGUUUGCACUGAGAGAUCUUUAGCUGCAAGAUGAAAAGGCACAGAGACCUGACGGCUAUUUUCAAAUCCUGGCAGAUGCACUGUAAGAAAGGAGGACUCAAUUUGUUUUGUGUGUCUAAGAAGCAACAGGCUGUUCCUUCAAGACCACUGGCAUGCAAAACCUACUGCAUCUGGUGCCGGCCUGGGCACUACCACAUCUUUUACUCCUUCCAACAGGCCAAGAUCCUUCCUUCUUUCAGCUCCUGCAUUAACUACACUGGCGUGUGUGUGAUUCUCUCUCCCAGGACUUCCUGGGGAUGCCUCCUUCUCAGAACUCAGAUCUCAGCUCCAAAGGUCUCUCCCUUCUCUAUCCCAUAAGCUCCAUGAGAGCAAGCAUGCCAUGUGUCCUGCUCACUCUUAUAUUACCCUCAGUAUCUAGAAAAGAGACGCUUAUGUUGUGGAUGUUCAUUAUUUUGUGGAUUGAACAAAAUUUUUUUAGAGUUUUGCAAAAUCUGAUGGAAGUACUUAGGAGGGACUAAGUGUCCUAAUCUUAGAGGUAAAGAAGUAGAGACAAGUUAAUUAGAGAGAGCAUUGAGUUCUAAAAGAGGCUAGAUUAUGGAUUGAAAACACAAUUGUUGCCUUUGAAGAACAAUUUUAUCAAGCAGAUUUUGAAGUGGGGAAAUGGAAAUGUCCUGGUUGAAUGGGAGGUGGGAGGCCCAGAGCACUCCUCUAGGUUUCUCUGCCAAAUAUGGUUUGAAACUCUUGAGCUACAUAGCUCUUAUGUUUCCUUCCUAGCCAAGAUGCAGUGACUUUAUCUCUAGCAUGGGCAGAAAGAUGACUCUUGCAUCUCCACUUGGGAAUAGAUAAAAGCCACCAUCUCAAUGGCCAGAUCACUAGGAGAAAAAUCUCUAGGCUAGAGACUUCAAAAUGGCAGUCUACAGGAUUAAGUCAGACCACAGAUUGGACAAUAUUUGCAAUGUUCUUGAAUUUGGCCAACGUUCUUGGCCAAAAUCUAAUGACCACAUCCAGAUAUUCCCACACACCAGAGCAUCUGUUCAUCCUGGGUUUGCCUUCCCUCAUUCAUCCAUGUAUUCAUUCAUUCAUUCAGUGAAACGUGUUGAUAUAAUGGAGAAUAAAGCAGAUAUAAAUGUUGUCCUAAGGAGUUUGCAUUCUAAGGGUAAGACAUGAAUAAAAAAUAAGUCAUGGAAUGCAUCAGACAGUAAGCCCUGAGAAAAAUAAAGAAAGGAAAAAACAACAGCUUGUGGGAGGGGAUUAGGUGAGGUCAAGGGAUACAGGGUUGGAGAGGGUCUCACUGUGAAAGGAGUCAUCUGAGCUAAGACCUGAGGAGGUGAGUGUGAAAGCCAUGCAGACACUGAGGAAGGAGCAGUCUAAGCAGGAGACCAGCCAGUGCCAAGGCCCUGAGGUGGGAGCACUCCUGGUAUGUUGUGAAUGGGGGAUCGCUAAGGGGGGUCAGCAUGGCUGAAGCAGGGUGGUGAAGGCAGGGGGCUGUGGUCAAAGGGAAAAUGUGAGGAGUGAGGGGUCUGACUGAAAAUUGCACUUCCAGUGUGUGGCCAAGGGGAGAAGCAUUGAUCUGGGGCCUUGUAGAGAGUGUAAAGAACUGGCAUACUCCAAGUGAAAUGGAUUGUGAACAGAGGAAUGACGUGGAUUUACUAUUUUUAAAGAAUCCUGUGUUGAGAAUAAACCAUAAGUACAAGUAGAUACCUAGAGACCAGUUAGGAGGCUAUGGUAAUAACCCAGGUGAGAGAUGACUGUCUUCUUAGACCAGUGGUCCUCAAAGUGGGUGUUUUUUUUUCUUAGAGGUGAGGUUUCUCCACGUUGGUCAGGCUGGUCUCAAACUCCUGACCUCAGGUGAUCCACCCACCUCAGCAUCCCAAAGUGCUAGGAUUAUAGGCGUGAGCCACCGCGCUCUGCCAAGGUGGGGUUCUUAAGUAAGCAGCAUCAGCAUUGCCUGGAAAGUUUAAUUGUUUUGUUUUGUUUUUUUGUUAAUCAAUGAGAGCUUCUUAUGUUGCUCAGGUUGGCCUUGAACUCAUAGCCUCGCCUCCUCAAGUGCCAGGACAACUGGCCCAAGCCAACACGGCUCCUGUGGAAAGUUUUCUUAAAGAAAACUUUUUUGUCUCACCAGAGGCCUACUAAACCAGAAACUCUGAGGAUGGAGCCAGCAACCUGUGUUCAAAUCAAGUCUUGAGCUGGUUCUGAUACACAGUAAGAUUUGAGAUCCACCACUGCCUUGGACGAAGAUGGUAGUCAUGGAAGUGGUGAAAGAGCUUGGUUCUGGAUGUUUUAAAUAUAGACUUGGACAACAGGGAAAGGCUAAUAGAGUGGGUCCCUAAAGACAGGAUCAGACGUCUCCAGUUUGCCCCUGGCCCCACUCAGUCCUUUAUGUUCCUCCCUGGACCCUUUAGGCAUUUGUCUUUGUCCUCUGCCCUAGACCUCUGGAUGAAAACGGUAGAAAAUGCAAUGGGAAUCCCAAACACUUCUAUGCAAAAAAUUGCCUUGGGUCAUUUCCUUUUGCAUGGAAUAAUCAUCGCAAUCAUUCUCUUUUGCAAGUGUGAGAAGGGAAAAGUGAAAUGUCUGUACUGAGGCUUUGGGGGAGGGGUGUUGAGGAAGGGAAGGAACCAAUGAGCUCAUGAUUUCCUAUUUCCAAUCUGGCUCCCCUUUCCCAGAGGGAAUACUCAGGACCUGCUGUUACUUCUCACAAGCAUGAGAGAAAAAUCACGUUCCAACCUCAUCUGCCAGGCGGCAAAAGUCUUAGCUGCAAACUGCAGUUCCCAAAUGCAACUCUUAUUAACGUCGCUAUCACAUUCAGCCCAGACAGUGACCCAUUCUGUCGCCUGAAAGAAUCCGCAAUUAACAUGGGGAGUCUAAUCAGGAUAUUAACGAGUUGGGUUUUGAAUUCCUAUAAUAUUUUCAUCCGUUUUUUUAAAAAAACUCAUUCAACCUACAUUAAGCUUGGCAAGUGGAUUCUGUGGGGUGAGAAGUGACAGGAUUUGCGAAAGCUUUUAUUUUCUCAUCAGGUAAAAUGCAAGCAUAUGGAAUAUUCACUUUGUUUUAAAAGAAACCUUCAUUAAGAAAUGAAAGGUUGAGCCUGUGACCACUUUGUUAGAGGAUGACUGAGCUGCAGGAGAAAAGAUGAGGGCAUCAGGAAGAGAAAGUGCACUGCCAAGGAGGGCUGAGAAUUUCCACCACUUCUCCCUUCCAGGGCUGGUUAUUCCAUAGCUUCAUGCCCAGGGAAAUUACACACGCAAAUCAGACACUCCAAAAUACACAGAAGAUUAAAUCAAGUCAAUAUUUGGUUUGUAGCUAGUAUAUUGUAUUAAAUCUAAGAAGCUGCGGAUUACAGGAUCUGUCAUUAUUUAGGACCCUUUCCAUGAACAAAACAAAAAGGAAAAUGCUCUGAAUUCAUUGUAAGAUCUCAUUGAUUGGAAGAUGCAUUCUGAUUUUAGUGAUAUUAAGAUGUCUGGGGGUAGACAGUCCAAGCUGAUGGGUAAGCGCAGUGAGGCCAACACACACCCAUGUUCUUUCUACCUCUUUCUACUCCAUCAGCCUUAGCUUCCAUGUCUUGUCCUUGUGUCUGCAGCACGGUGGUAGAUGCAUCUUCAUACCUCACCUGUACCAUGCAAAAGGAGAGAGAGUGUAAUCAGCCAGGACUGUAUCAGAGAAGUCACAGAACCAUUUGUAGAUAUCUCUCUCUCCUCUCUUUCUCUCUGUACAUAUGCACGUGUGUGUAAUGUAUUAUAGAUCUAUGAAUAGAUCUGUGCAUAUACAUAUAUGUAUGUGUACAUACACACAUACAUUCCAUACUUGAGUAAAUAAAUACAAAUGCAUAUACAUAUAUACAGAAAGCAAGAGAGAGAAUGAGGUUUACACAGUUGUGUGGCAUGGCUGGGCAAGCCUGACACCUGCAGGGCUGGCCAGCAAGCUGGAAGCUCACAGGCAGGAGCUGAACUUGCAAUCCAGAGGCAGAAUGUCUUCCUCAGGAAAGCUCCCUUUGGGCCUUGAGAUCUUCAACCGAUUGAAUGCACUCUGCUUGCAUUGUUGAGGAUAAUCUCCUUUGCUUAAAGUCAAUUGCUUAUGGACUUUAAUCACAUCUAGAAAAUACCUUCACAGCAACCCCUAGAGACUUACUGGUUGAAUAUUGAGGGACUAUUGCCUUGCCAUGUUGACUCAUAAAACCAACCCUCACAAAAAGUGCCAUGAUUUUUUUAAAAGUCCCUCCUAACAAGGUUUUGCCUUUUUCAUUAGGGAGGGACCCAUUCCUUGUAAGUUUCAUUGAACAGAACUAUAUCACAUGACCACCCCGAUUGCCAUGGAGGCUGGAGCUGGGGUAUGUAGUUUCUCAGCCACCGUAGGAGGGAUGUACCCAGGGAUGGCAGCUGUGAAUGGAUGCUGAGUGAGCCAACCCAUAGGAUCUUCCAUGACCUAUUUACGGAAUGUCUAAUGACUACAAGAGACUGAACAACCACGUGUGGCUCAGAUUCGAUUCUUGUUAAUCAUUACCAAAGAUAAUUAAAUACCAUUGACUCCCAAUGUGAAAAACUCAUUUCCCUUCCAUGCAUGGCAGCUGAAACUGCUUUUCGAUGUAGAGUAGGGCUAUAAAAUGCCUUUUAAAGUGUUUAGGCUAAAAUGGAAACCCUCUUCAAGAAAAAUAUUUAGGAAGCGCCUUGGUAGUAGUUGUACGCUGAAGCAGACAUUGGGAAACUGUCAUGUGAGUCGCUUAGGCAUGAAUCACUGAUGACACUGGUUUUUCAGUGCUUCCCCUAGCUAAAGCACAGGCUCAAUGCUAUGUUAUCCACGUCCCUGGCCAGGCAGCAUGAGGUGUGGUCGUGAGAAAGUUAAAAAACCUCUCUGACCCUCCAUUUCCUCACCUGCAGAGCAGGGACAUGCCAUAAUGUGGCCACGAGGUCAAACGCGGUCCUGCUAACUCCUGCAAGGUGCCUGGCCUGUCGUGGGCAUUCUUCAGCCGUGAAGUUAUUGUUACUGUUUCAUUCAUAAUUUAUCUGAGCAAAGAGAAUGUCUUCAUAAUUCGUUCCACAUAAAUUGAAGGGUUUUAUUAUAAAAAGAGCGAUGGGCCUGGGUUGGAGGAGGACUUAACCCUACCGAGCCAUAAUGUUCUCCAUCUAAGGUGGGAUGGUGAGAACAAUGGAAACAUUGGUGAGACCCAUUCACCUCUUCAAGGAGGGUCUCCUGUGAUGACUGGCUGGGUCCUCCCUACCAGAAAAAGUAACACAAUUAGUAUUCUGUCUUCCAAAAGGAGUCAUUCAGGCACUUCAUGGUUAAAUAACUUGUCCCAGGUCAAACAAGUAGUAACUGCCCAUACUAACUUGAAAUCAACAAGGUGACUUUGCCUCCUAGGGGCCAGCUGACAAUGCCUGGAGACAUACAUGGUUGUCAUGACUUGGAGUGUGGUGGGGGGGACUGGCAUCUGGCAGAUAGACCCCAUGGAUGCUGCAUAACGUCCUACAGAGCACGGGACAGCCCACCCCCCACAAGAAAGGAGCACCCAGCUCCAAAUGUCGGGAGUACUGAGGGCGAGCAGCCCUGCUCCAGAGUCCCUGCAAGCCUGGACUCACAGGUUUUCAUGAGGGUCAGAUGAGGCCAGCAUUCUACAAACAUCAGGCAGGAGCCAGGCAUGCAUAGGCAGUGAUCAGAAGCACUGAGGAAGCCUUCUUAGCAAAGUACAGACGUGUUGGCCAAUGCGUAAACUUAUGGAAGUGGGUUCCAAGUCUCUCUCUCUGAAUCAUUGGCAAGUAGCAAUAGAAGACAAAGAACUAAGCGCAGUGUAGUCACCAAACUAGCUGUGUCCCACCUCUAAGUUAAAUACUCAGUCCAUAAGCUCAGGUGCAGAGGAAAUGUAACGUUCUCUUAUUUUUCUUCAACUGAACUUCUAUUUCCAAUCCCUAUUCUUCAUGGCAGAUACUUCAUCUUAGUCAAUUCAGGACUCCUUCCAAGACAUACAGCGAAUACUGGGGCAGGCCCUAUGCAGGGCGUGGUGGGCAUAUUCAGGCCAGGGAAAGAAGGUUCAUUUACCAAGGUGGCUCUAGAGGCCUGAGUUGUCCCCAGCCUUAAGCUCUCACAGCGUUUUCUGGUUGCCAAGGGCCAGGGCAUCACUGGCUGUUCCUGAGCCACUCUGAACACUGAAAGGCCUCAUCACGUGUAUUCUGCCGUCAGACUUGCGAGACAGCUAUGUCCUUCUCACACUGGGGCACGUGGGAGCUCUGUAAGGCGGCCACAGCCAGCCAUAUGAUUUUCAGGGCCCAGCGUAAAAUGAACAUUCAGGGUCCCCUGUUCAAAUAUUAAUAGGAAUUUCAAGGUGGCAAAUUGCAUGAGGCCAAGCACAGAGCCCUGUGCAACUGCAUGAGUCAAAUGCCCGUGAAGCUGGCCCUGGAAUGGCCCUCAGGCCCAUCUGGUGAGAUGCUCCUCUUGGCCACUGUGCUGUCAAUCCUCCCUUCCUGCACUGGAGCCUGGGGAAGCCGGGGGACUCGCUGCUCUCCUGGGCACUGCUAGGGGAAAGGAUGCAGGUUUUUGCUACUCCUAAAUCCAUGCAAAACUAUCAGGAUUUGCAUCAUUUCCCCUUCCUCUGGAACACCAGGCAGCAUCUGACUCCCCAGGCCACCUGCAGCUCUCAUCUGCCCCCCACAUCCCGAUGUGUGUCUGCUCAGGCCCAGCACAGAACGUCUGCGCUUUAGUCAGGCCUUUUCCUUUGCCUGAGUUGUCUCAGGAAUCUUGCUUUUGCAAAACCUGCAUUUGUUCAACUCAAAUUCCUUUUCUUUCAUUUUUGGUGUGAUUAUCUCUCCCCAGAAGCAAUAAAUGCUGAUGCCUGGUUGGGAGGAAAGCAGGCAAUGCAGGAAUGCUAGGAUAAAACAAGGUGAUUCUUCAAAAAGUUAUUGCACAAUGUGCAGUGAGCCCUACAUCAUCGUCCUUUCAAAAUAUUCUACACUGGUCAUUUCCAAAGACGAAGAAACUCAGUGAGGAUUGCAUGGGAGAAAUUGUGGUGGGCACUCCUGUAAAGGACCCCAUGUAGGCUUUAAGAUCUCACUUAGAAUAUCCAAAGGACUAUAAAUCGUUCUACUAUAAGGACACAUGCACACGAAUGUUUAUUGCAGCACUGUUUACAAUAGCAAAGACCUGGAAUCAACCCAAAUGCCCAUUGAUGAUAGACUAGAUUGGGAAAAUGUGGCACAUAUACACCAUGGAAUAUUAUGCAGCAAUCAGAAAUGAUGAGUUUGUGUCGUUUGUAGGGACAUGGAUGAAUCUGAAGAACAUCAUUCUCAGCAAACUGACACAAGAACAGAAAAUGAAAUACCGCAUAUUCUCACUCAUAGGCAGGUGAUGAAAAACGAGAACACAUGGACCCAGGGAGGGGAGUACUAAACACUGGGGUUUAUUAGGGGGAAAAGGGGAGGGCCAGUGAGGGGGGGAGCUGGGGAGGGAUAGCCUGGGGAGAAAUGCCAAAUGUGGGUGAAGGGGAGAAAGGAAGCAAAACACACUGCUGUGUGUGUACCUAUGCAACUUUCUUGCAUGUUCUGCACAUGUACCCCAAAACCUAAAAUGCAAUAAAAAAUUUUAAAAAAAAAGAUCUCACUUAGAUUCUCUCUCUUCCAGGAAGUCUUCUCUUAUUUCACCCAACUCGGGGUUGUUCAUCCUUCUGAAGCUCCUGUAACAUAACAGCUGUGCCUCUAGCCCUCUCUUUCUGUCUUCUUUGUCUUGUAGACCUGAGAGACAGCAGUGAGUAAUGGGACAAUCACCAAGCGUGGGAGAGGGAUGGAGAUGGGGUAGGCUCUGCAUCUGUGUUUGCUUGUACAAAGGGCCUAAGUUCUCCAGACCUCAACUUCUCAAUCUGAAAAAAAAAAAAAAUGAGUGCAAUUAUUCCUACUCUGCUGGCUUGUUUGUUGUUGUGCUUGUCGUUGUCAUUUUUAAUUUUUGUUAUUAUUGUUAUACAAGUUUCAGGUCUGCUAUUAGAUGUAGGCGCCUUCAGGCCAAGAUCUUAUUGACCUGUAUGUUCCUAGCCCCCUUUUAUUCCAGCAUAGAGGAAAGUCCCUGGCACAUAGCAAAUGCUCAGUAGUAUUUGUUGGGGCAGUGAGUAAAUUCCCAGCCUCAGUUUGCUGGUCCUUGAGAAGGUAGACAUGAAGUCAGGACACACAGCUUCCCUUAUCCACCUCCAGUCACCACCCUUCCAGAGCAUUUGCUGAGCUCACUACCAGGGAAUGAAUGCAACAACAUUUGUUGGUAUGCUGAGUUGUGUCAGACUCUGUGCUAAGGUUGGAGUGACCAAUAAUCCCAGUUUGCCUGAGACUGAGGGACUUCCUGGGACAUAAAACUGUCAGUCCUAAAACUGUGAUAAUCCCGGAAGAAGGAACAUUUGGUCACCCUUGCUAAGACUUUUCAUGUAUUAUCUCUUUCUUUUUCUUUCUUUCUUUCUUUUUUAAUAGAGAUGGGAUUCUCCCUAUGUUGACCAGGCUGGUCUCGAACUGCUGGCCUCAAGCAAUCCUCCCAUCUCAGUCUCCCAAAGUGUUGGAAUUACAGGCAUAAACUGUGGCGCCCAGGUGCAUUGUCUCUUAUCUAUUUUAAAUAUGCUUUGUUUCUUAGAAUAGUUUUUUAUUUAUUUAUGUCUAUAUAUAUAUGUAUCUUUUUUUGGUGGAAGCAGGAAGCAGGGGGACAGAGUCUUACUCUGUCACGCAAGCUGGAGUGCAAUGGCAUGAUCUCAGCUCACUGCAACCUCCACCUCCCAAGUUCAAGCGAUUCUCCUGCCUCAGCCUCCCAGGUAGCUGAGAAUACAGGUGCCCACCACCACGUCCAGCUAAUUUUUAUAUUUUUAGUAGAGACAGGUUUCACCAGGUUGACCAGACUGGUCUCAAACUCCCGAGCUCAGGUGAUCAGCCCACCUCAGCCUCUCAAAGUUCUGGGAUUACAGGUGUGAGCCAUCACACCCGGACAGAACAGUUUUAGAUAUACAGAAAAAUUGAGAUGCUUGUCCAAAGAGCCCCCACAUGCCUCACACCCAGUUUCCGUUAUUUGUAACAUCUUACAUCAGUACAGUAAAUUUGUCACAACAACAAAUGAACCAGCACUGAUAUGUUAUUAUGAACUAAAAUCCAUACCCUAUUCAGAUUUCCUUCAUGUUUCCCUGACUUCAUUUUCCUGUUCCAGGCUCACACCCACAAUACCACAUAGCAGCACAUAAACUUGCCAUGUCUCGUGUCUCCUUGGGCUCUUGUUGGCUGCAAUAUCUUCUCAGCCUUCUUUUCUGUAUUUGAUGAUUUUCACUGUUUAAGGCUUACUGGUCAGGUUUACUGUAGCAUCUCAUUUAAUCCUCAUAUAAACCUUAAAGAAUGGGUACUAUUGCUCCAGUUUCCAGAUGGGGUUGCUGACACUUAGGUCAGUGUAACCAGCAAAGGGUUGAAUGGUAAUAUGAGUUUCCAUUGGGGGCAAUGAUUCUUUAAUAACAUCAAUAUCAUAAUAACUGUUACCUUCAGUGCUUGUUCUGUUCUAUCCCAAGUACCCUGCAAAGAAGCCUGUACAGAUUACAUUAUUUCAUCCUUACAAGCAGAGUGGUGUAGACGCUCACGUAUGCCCAUUUUACAGAUAAGGAAAUUAAGGCCAAGAAAGGCUAAGUCCCAGGCACAAGACUUGCAGCUGAUGGAAGAAUGUAGACCCCAAUCCAGGGCCUUUGCAAUACUUUAUGCUCUGUCUUUCUAGGAAAUACUUCCUUCCUACUAAAGACUGAUCCAUUUGGGGGAAUAUCUGCCCCCACCCCCUACCAUGGAACAUCUACACCAGGGUUUCUCAGACUUAACUGUGCCUACUCAUCACCUGAGGAUCUUGUUAAAAAUGCAGAUUCAGUAGGUCUGGGGUAAGGCCUAAGGACCAGUAUUUCUUCUUUAUUUCUUUUCUUUUUUUUUUUUUGAGACCGAGUCUCAUUCUGUCACCCAGGCUGGAGUGCAGUGGCACAAUCUUGGCUCACUGCAACCUCCACUUCCCGGGUUCAAGUGAUUCUCCUGCCUCAGCCUCCAGAGUGACUAGGAUUACAGGCGCAUACCACCAUGCCCAGCUAAUUUUUAGUAGAGAUGGGUUUUCACUUUGUUGGCCAGCCUGGUCUUGAACUCCAACCUCAAAUUAUCUGCCCAUCUCGGCCUCCCAAAGUGUUAGGAUUACAGGUGUGCCCCACCAUGCCUGGCCAGGAUCUGUAUUUCUAACAAGAUGGCAGGUACGGCCACACUGGGAGUAGCGAGGCUGGACACUGUCUCCUACCUCACAUUUUCCUUUCUUUCCAGUACAAACACGGUAACUGCUGUAUAGCCACACAAGGCAGUGGCCAGAAUUCUCAGGUCACUUACUGACUCUCUGGACCUCCAACUGCCAACAGGUAAACAGAAACUGAGGCACUGAGAAAUCCCAGACGCUACCAAUCCGAACAACCAAUUGGCAACUCCAACCUCUCCAGCAGGGUUUGUUUAAAAAAAAAAAAAAAAAACAUAAUGAGCCCAGGUGAGGCUCAUUAGAGCCAGCCUGGAAUUCUGCCAGUGCUACCAUAAGUUUUAUGCCAACCCUUGAUUUUCACAUCAGUGGCAGCACUGACAAGGAAGCUGGAAGGCAGGCUGAGAUGAAGCUUUGUACCCAUGGAGCCCUCCUCCCUCCUCCCCUUCCAGGAGCUCUUGCCACGAGGUGAGACGGUUGGCUUCAUCAAAUCAGAACCGGCUCAUGAGUAACUUUCACUGUCCUCCCCUUUCUAACAGGCUGGGCCCCAGGUGAUCCUAAAAAUUAAAUAAAGCUCAAAAAACGAGACACUUAGGAGAGCCGGGCAUGAAUAGCCCAUCCCCGGCUCCAGCAAAAUUCUUUACUUCCCUUGUCAACUUCCUUGGAAUUCCUUUGGGCCUUUGACUAGUGGCAAAGUUUCACUCCAGAAUCUCACAGCUCUGGAGUAUUUCUGCCAGAGGGUCCCAGUCCCCUGCAUGUUUUCUUGUUCUCAUGCAAAAUUUCAAAUGGGCAACAGUAGCCAGUGCUGUCUUUUCUCCCUGUAAAUUGAGAUAUUUACACGGAUGCAAUAUUUUCAGAAUAGGAAUCUAGGCUGCCUCUCAAGCUUCCAGAUACUUCCCAAAUUGCAGCUAAAAAUUCUUCUCCUCCUCCUCCUCCUCAUCAUCAUCCCUUUAUCAUCACUGUCAUCACUGGGAUUUACUGCAUGUUAGGCACAAGGCUUGCAUUUUGCCUGUAUUUUCCCAAUUAAUACGCACAACAAGGAAGGUCAUAUUGUUGUUCUCACAUUACUGAGGAUAAAACAGGCUUAGGUAAAAUAGCUUCCCAAAGCCACCCUACCACUGAGUUGAGUUGACCAUCCUAUCCGCUUGGCCACUAAAGUGAGGUAAAGGGCAUUUUCACUAUCCAAAUCCACCAAAGAAUUUUGGAUAAAAAUUGAUUGACUUACAGUUCUGGCCAAAAGUCAAGAACUGAUCAUUGGUUUUUAUAUGACAGAGAGACUGACAAAGAAAGAGAAGGGAAAAAUCAUUAAAUUCACAAAAUAAUGCCCUAGAGGUUUAUAAAUGAGGGCAAAAAAUGACAUCAACAACACUGUAUUUGUACUAAUCUCUAAAAGCAAAUGAACUCCAACUGGCUAUGUUAAAAGUAAAUGUAUGUUGACAUGUAUGUACUAACCUAAUAUGAAAAAAAGUAACCCCAUUGGAAACGUUAGAAAUAAAAUUUACAAACUUCACUUUCUCCCCUGAGCAGUAGAACCUAUGCUCUGAUAAAAUUCCGCAACUUAGUCAUUUGUUUAUUUAAAAUGCAUUUGUUGAGCAUCUCCUAUGAGCCAAGGAGUAAAGAUUGUGUAAAAAAAAUGAACUAUGUGAGUAGAUGGACAAUUCAACUAGCAAAUGCAAUGCACUGCGAUUGACAAGUUUGAGUGUUUGUGUUAAGAGUUAUUUGUGUGCACACAACAGAAACUGACUGGUGAAUCCUAGCAAGUUCAGCAUCUCAUGAGAAAAAAGAGCAUCUAAUGCAGAUCUAAGGGAAGUAGUCAGGGAAGCCUCCUGGAGGAAGUGACGUUUCAGUCGAGACUUGAGGAGGAGGCAGAGGAACCUGUGCCAAAGUGUGGGUGUGUGUUUUUGUGGGUAUGGAGCAGGGCAGAGAGGCUGGCAGGCAAGUGUCCUCAGCAGGGGACAACACACGUGAGAUGACAGGGAACUAGGCACAGAAAAUUCUUUCAUGAGGCAGUCACUGGAACCACCCCCACCAUUGCCUGUUGCACACCUGGAAACAGCUCUUGGUGAUUGGGAGAAAGGGGGCUAAGUGAGAAACAACAUCAGGAAAUAACCCUCGUGGUCCCCUGUCCCCCAGUGUAGACCAUCAAAGAAACGCUAUGCUGUAAGAAAUCACAGAGGAAGGAGGCAGCACAAAUUAAAACUCCUACUAUCAUAAGCGUCUAGCCAGCAUUUUAUGAAGCUGCCUUGCGAGGAAGUACUUCACUCUAGGAAAAACCCUCCUGGUUACCAUGACUCAGAGAAUGAUCUGCAAAAUAAUUCACCAAAUUAGAGUUUGCCGAGGGUACCUUUGUAAAUCUGAUCCCGCCUGCCCGCCCCCCCCAUUCUGUUGAUUAUAUCUUUCAUCCCCAAGAAUGAGGCCAAGAGCCUCCUCCUUGCCCCUCCUCCCCUCUCUCUGUAAUCCUCACCCCUCAUUUCUCUCCUCUCCCCACUUCUCAGCAUUCUGCCACCCCUAAGGCUGUGGCAUGAUCGCGCACUGCUUUCAGAGUUUAUUAAAAACUGCCACCCUCCCUGUUGACCACUGGGCACUCCCAGCAGCCCCUGGGGCCAUGGUGCUAGCAAGAGCACUCCGCUCACUCAAGAGGGGCCGUCCCACUCUGAGGACAGGGACCCCCUUGCACAAAUAAGAAGAGUCAGCAAACAGUUAAUGGUUUAAUCCUUUGCAGAAAAAGUCAAGGCAGACUUGUGAUUCUUGAUGUUAAUGAAGGUGUCACACAUUGUCUAGAGAAAGUUGUGCCUGGCAAUCUUCCCUUUUUCGGAUGCCUACCCCAGUGACAUUUCAUCUCACAUCCACCUUAAUGAAAUGCAUAAUUAACAUAUUCUAAUUGUGCUGAGCGCUGCGAUGAUUUUGACAGAACUCACUUUCCAUGUCUAAUUUGAUGCUAAUUUAAUCUGUUCCUCUCCCGCUGACAUGACCUUUCUUGAUUGAGUUUCACUGAGGAAAUUUUUUGAUGGAUUGAUUUAUCAGCAUUGCAGAGACAACAAAGGCUCAGGGUGCAUGACAGAAAAUAGGAAGGGAACGGCCCUCGAAGCCAGCGCUCUGAACUUGCCGACUGGAAUGUCCUCUUUCCAGAGACGGCUUAUCUGACCUACUGAUGGAAUUUGAGAAAUGUGACACCUGUGUGUGGGUUUGAUCUCUCCGGUAAAGACAGUAAAUAUCUUAUUGUGGUUAUGAAGCUUCGCAUGGAAAACUUCUCUAGGGCUAUUCGAAGGAAGCCUAGGCUCCUCCUAUGUACCAAAACCCUAAGCACGUGUGGCCAGUCCACAGGUUGAUGGCCUCUUCUGGCCUUGCUUCCAGGGUAGAGUGUUUGCUCAUUCGCUUUAACCAGGAGAAAGCAUGAAGAGGCGGAAGUGCCUAUCUCAAAUUAAAAUGGAGACACGUCGAAUCUGCGUAGGUCAUUGAGGGUGGGUUUCCUACUUUCAGAUGUUUUGUAGACAUCUACAAAAAGGGGGGUGGAACCUAGAUCUUAUGGAGGCCUUUGUAGAAUGUCCCCCAAUACCCACCCCCAACAGAUACACAGAUUCUCAAGGCUAUUAAUAUAAACAUCUCUUUGUCCCGUUCCUGAUCUUUGUAGAAGUAGUUGCUCGGGAGAUUGAUGACAGUCUUGGAGUGUCCCAGUUCUCACAUGGUCAAGUGGCUGAGGGCAUUAGACUUCCUCAUCCUGGAGAUACAGGGGUCAAAACCAGAACCAUAGCUGAAUGGGCUCCUGGGAGAGCAGCCCCUCCCACUACCUUAUACAAAAGUGACUGCUUUUCAGCAGCUGUGAAGGCUCAGAUUCCCAAGGGCUACACCAAAAUUCUUGGGUUCGGCACUAUUGUCAUUUGAAGCUGGAUCAUUCUUUGUGCAGGUGGCUGGGGAGUGUCCUGUGCACUGUAGGAUGUUGGGAAGCAUCUCUGGCCUCCACCCACUAAAAGCCAGUGUCACUCCCCUUCCUGAGUUGUGAUGACUAAAUUUGCCUCCAGAUUGUGCUAGAUGUGCCCUGGGAGGCAAAAUCACCACUGGCUGAUAACUGCUGUGGCAGAGGGACAAGUGACAGUGCCUGUGACCCCCACAUGUCUGCAUAGCUCAACACCCCCCACUUCCUCUGCCUAGUGUCACCUCCUCAGCUAGACCUUGUCCAAUGGAGCAGACAACUCUCUGUCCACCCCCACAACCCCUCAUUCAACUUCUCCCUUCUCCAAAGCUAAUGUGACUAUACUGUAUCAAAUAUUGAUUUAUUUAUUGUCUGUCUCUACUCAAUAAACCAUAAGCUUCAUAAGGCUGAGAUCUUGUCCAUCCUUUUUUACUUUUUUUCCAAUUUUUACUUCAAGUUCCAGGGUGCGUGUGCAGAAUGUGCAGGUUUGUUACACAGGUAAACUUGUGGCAUCACUGAUUGCUGCACAGGAUCAACCCCCCACCUAGGUUUAAGCCCAGCAUCCAUUAGCUGUUCUUCCUGAUGUUCUUUUUUUUACUUUAAUUAUGGUAAAAUACACACAACACAAAAUUCACCAUUUUAACUGUCAUAAAGUAUAUGAUUCAGUGGCUUUGAGUACAUUGACAAUAUGUGCAUUCAUUCCACUGUCGAGUUUCAGAAUAUUUUCAUGACCCCAAAAAGAAACUCCCAUACGUGUAAUGUAGUAAAUUCCUAUUCUUGGCCUCUUCCCAGCCCCUGAUAACCACUAAUCUCCUUUCUGUGUCUAUUGAUCUGCCUAUUCUGUGCAUUUCACUUCAAUGGAAUCUUACAACAAGUGAACCUUUGUGUCUGGUGGUUCCUCAAUAAGAUAAACACAAAGUAACCACAUGACCCAGCAAUUCCAUUCCUAGGCAUACAUGCAAAAAACACCGAAGACAAGUGUUCUAAUGAAAACUUUUAUAUCAGCGUUCCUAGAAGCACUAUUUGCAAUAGCCAAAAGGUGUCCAUAUGCUCAUGAAUGGAUAAACAAAAUGUAGUAUAUCUAUACAAUGGAAGAGCCAUAAAAGGGAAUGAAAUGUGGAUACCUGGCACAAUAUGAACCAACCUUGCCCAUGUUUUCAUCAUUACAUCCUCAGCAGCAAAAAGGCCACCUGGCACAUAGUAGGUACUCAGUAAAUACAGGUUGAAUAAAUGAAAGGCAUAUAAAAGUAAAUGAAUUGAGGGUAGUCAUGAACUGUGGAGGGGUCAUUCACGUUAACUGUACUGCUUUUAAUUUAGGGGAAAAAAGAAGAAAAAAAUAGAUCCCCCUUGGGGGCUAAGGGAGGGAUAGCAGGGAUUGUGGGGAUAGCGGAAGGACAGCAUUAGGAGAAAUACCUAAUAUAGAUGAUGAGGUGAUGAUGCAGCAAACCACCAUGGCACGUGUAUAUCUAUGUAACAAACCUGCGUGUUCUACACGUGUACCCCAGAUAUUGAAGUAGAAAAGUAGAAAAAAAUAGACCCUCCCAAAAUAAACAAAGAAACAAAAAUGAACCUGAUAUUGAGCUGGAAAAUUUGGUGGAGGAGACGAUCACUAUAUGUGAAAAAUUGUUGAAUCAUGGAGGGGAGCUGGUUACAAAAGUGUCACUAAAACUUCCCUGCUUUCUGUUCUGUUUUGUUUUGUUUCAAUGUCAAGCUCUACUUCUUCUUCCCAAAUGUUUAUUUCAGAAGCAGAUAGUGAGGGUAUCCAUAGUAAAUAGAUAUUUUCCUUCAAAGUACUCUCCUGGGAGGAUGAAACAUUUAUUUCAAAGUGGUUGCCCUGACUGCAAAGAUUUUUGCAAAAUUUCUUCAGGAGCUGCCUUCUGAGCCCCCCAAGGAUACCAAGCUAACGAGACUAUCAUCAUUAUAAUUACACUUCAUCAUAGAUGAAAAGCAGUUUAACUCAGCAAAAUGACCUGGCCUGCUUCACUAGUCUUUAUUCUAAGGGGCUGCUGGCUUUGUUCAAAGGCUAAAAUCUCUCUGCAAAGCCCAACUGAGCAGUGCCCAGGUGUGCCCCCAAGGCAGGGCCAAAGUGGAGCAUGGUCUAAGGGUCCAAGCUACUGAGGUCUCAAUCCUUGCUCUGAGAAACUGUGCCUCAGUUUCCUCAUCUGUAAAAAUUGCAUAGUAAUAAACCUACCUCAAAGAGUUCUCUUAAAGAUUAACUUAGUUAAUAAUACAUAUGCCAGGAAGUGAAAACAAGGCUCACCACAUAAUGAAGUCUUUUAGAUAUGAGCGCUUCUUAUAAGAAAUGUGUCUGAGCCUUUUCAGUAAUUGUGUAGUGGCCAGAUGUAUAACCCCAGCACUUUAAGAGGCAGAGGCAGGCAGAUCACUUGAGUCCUGGAGUUCAAGACCAGCCUGGGCGACAUGGCAAAACCCCAUCUCUACAAAAAAAAAAAAAAAAAAGAAAGAAAAAGAAAACUACAUGGGCAUGGUGACAUGCACUUGUAGGCCCAGCUACUCUGGAGGCUGAGGCGGGAGGAUCACUUAAGCCUGGGAGGUAGAGGUUGCAGUAAGCUGAGAUCACACCACUGUACUCUAGCCUGGGUGACAGGGUGAGAUCCCACCUCAAAAAAAAAAAAAAUGUAGCUUUCCCAGGUGAAGUCUGAAAGGGGUAUUUGCUAUUUUUUAAAAUAAUUAUUAAGAAAUCAAGUGUGCAGUUCUAAUGCUCAUCUUCAGUGGUGGAUUCAUUCCUAUGACUGCUGUAACAAAUUACCACAAACAGUGACUUAAAACAACACAAAUUCAUUACCUUGCAGUUCCAGAAGUCAGAAAUCGAAGUGAGCCUCAGAGAGAAAAAAAUCAAGGUGUCAGCAGAAUCAGCUCCUUCUGGAAGCCCCAGGGGAUUGUGUUCUUGUCUGUUCAGCUUUUGCAAGCUGCCUGCAUUUUCUGGCUCAGGGGCCUCUUCCUUUAAUUACUCCAACCUAUUCUGCCAUCCUAUCCUACUAAUGACUGAUCCUCCUCCCUCAUAUAAGGACCCCUGUGAUUACAUUGGGUCUACCUGAAUAAUCCAAACCAAGCUUCCUAUCUCAAAAUCUUGAAUUUAAUCACAUCUGAAAAGUCCCACUUACUAUAGAAAGUCACAUCUUCACUGGUUCUGGGGAUUCGGAUGUAGACAUCUCAGGGACAUUUAUUAAGCCUAUUACAUAUGACUUCAUUUUAGGCGGAAAGUGGUUCUCAGUGGAGGAUAUCAAUUUCUUUCUAUCUCUCGGUGCAACUCUGUUGUGUCAUUUUGAGAACAGAAAAAAAAUGUGGAGUUAGCCACUGGAAUCCAAGGUUGGAUGGACCUCUAGGAUGGUGAAGUCUACUGUAGUUUUCUUCCUGAGUGGCUUUGUAAAGAUUUUGUUAUGUUUGGCCAGCAACCCCAGGACUGGAGUUAUUCAAGGGGUCUAACCCCAAACACAUGUCACGCGAGAGAAUACCAAUUUGGCUGUAAGUUUCAUUGUGACAUUGUAUCCUACUUGAUAGGUUUAAGAUAGCACAGUCCCCUAGUGCACCUGGCUAAAGUCGUUCUUACAUAGCCUCCAUCAGGUCAUGAUUUUUGUUCUGUUCUCGGAUAUUUUUGCUGCACCCAGCGAAGUGCCUAGCACCUUACAGGAUUGAUACUGAGAGUUUCUACAGUGUUUAAAGAUAACUGUUUUUCACAAAGAUGAAACACAUUUUGUCUAUUUCACCAGUACCCCGCCUGGAAUAUCCUAUAUUUCUCUGAAUUUUAACCGUAACCUGUGGCCAUCUUGAAACUUCCAGCUUUUCCAGUAUGAAACUGGAAGACAGACUAGGAAAACAAUGUUGCUUCGAGCAAUGCUAGCUCACCACAUCGUUUCGUUAGAAUAAUUUGCUUCAAUAUGAUACUGGGCAGUUUUGAUAAAUCAGCAUCUGGGGAACAAAGCUGUUAUGAAAUGACUUACUUAAACGUUCCAGCCAUAAUUUUUGGCCUCAGAAUAUUGCUGGGUGUUUUUUCCUUUAUCAAUCUAAAAUGAAAAUGUAACAUUUCAGUUGCAAUUCAUUAGAAAGAAGCAAAGAAGGGGCUCUUUGCAUUUGAUCCCCAAAUUGGACGAGAAUAACUUUCAUCAGCAUCUGAUCUGCCAAUACUCAGCUUUUUUCUGGAAUCUAAAGUAAAUAGUCAUUAAUUCACUGGUUUCCCUUAUUGAGUGAAAAGAUUUUUUUUCUGUCAACUGUGUUUUUAUCCAAAAUCAGCGAUAGACUAUUUCGCAUGAUUAAAAACUGGGGAGGUGGGAAUUGACAUUUCCUUUGAACUCCAAACAAAUGACAAACUUCAGAAAAUGCUUGAUGAAAUACCGCAGUAUUAUAACCCAAAGAAUUUAUGAUGGAGAAAAAUAUGAAGAAAAUAAAGAAUUAUUUUACAAAUGGAUUCUAAUGAUACUUACAGUAUGUUGGUUUUAGUGUUUACAAGUAUUAAUUGAUUUUUUGUCAAAAAAGCAAGUUACAUAAAUUAACUCAGUUAUCAUCAAUCCAAAAUUUUGAAAGACAAAAUGUAGCAGGUAGAAUUCUAAAUCUGGCCUCUCAGAUUCCUAUCCGGUGUUUAUUCAAACACUUAUCUAGGUGCAGCUUGUGAAGGGAUUUUACAGAUGUGACUACAGUGUCAAGUCAGUUCACUUAAAAUAAACAGAUGAUCUGUAUCACCCGAGUCUCAUCCAACCAUGUAAUCCCUUUAAAAUCAAAACUUUUUCCCCAGGUGGUAGCAAAGGGAGGCCUCUUCCUCAAGGAGGAAAACAGGAAGAGAAUCAAGGUCAGAGAGAUUUGAGUUCAAAUUUUCACCUAUUGAUUUUAUGACCUUUCAACAAGUUUCCUAAUACCCUGUGCUGCCCUUCCUAAUUUGUGCUACUAAUCACUUCCAAAGUUUAAUGGAAGGAAUUAAGAGAGAGACUGUACACAAAAUAUUUGGUCAUGUGCCAGACACAUAAUAUGUGCACAAUAAAAGGUAACUAUCAUUAUUUUAGAAAUUAUUCCCUCUAUAAGAUUAUCAUUCACGGACUCUCUUGCAAACUGUAUUCUGAUUCUAAAAACCAUGUGAAUUCACACAAAAUGACACAGAAAAGCAUAAUGCAAGUGUGGAAUAUCUGCCAUGUGCAAAGUUUGGUUGGAGCCAGUUUUUCACCCCUCUGCAUUCCAUUUUGGCCCCUCUCCGAAGCUCUUUUUUUCCUCUAUUUAUUGCAUAAUGACCAACACUAUGAAUUGCCUGAAGCCCAGUUCUUUUUUUUUUUUUUUAAGAUGGAGUUUCGCUCUUGUUACCCAGGCUGGAGUGCAAUGGUGCGAUCUCAGCUCACCGCAACCUCCGCCUCCUGGAUUCAGGCAAUUCUCCUGCCUCAGCCUCCUGAGUAGCUGGCCAGUAGCAGGCACGCGCCACCAUGCCCCGCUAAUUUUUUGUAUUUUUAGUAGAGACGGGGUUUCACCAUGUUGACCAGGAUGGUCUCGAUCUCUUGACCUCGUGAUCUACCCGCCUCGGCCUCCCAAAGUGCUGAGAUUACUAUCACCAACAUUCUCCACAAAAUUUAAGUAGGUUGUGCACUGGUCUUACAAGGGUCCAAUGAGGAAAUAGUUUUAUAAACUAAGACUAAAUUGAUAAUGCCCAAUGAUGACUUAGCUUUCCAUAUGCACUUCAUUAAAGGCAUUUGAUGCCUUAUCUCUAAGAAAUAAGGUGGAAGGCUGGGUGCAGUUGCUCACUCUCCCAGCACUUUGGGAGUCCAAAGUGAGUAGGUCACUUGAGGUCAGGAGUUCAAGACCAGCCUGGCCAACAUGAUGAAACCCUAUCUCUACUAAAAAUACAAAAUUUAGCCAGGCAUGAUAUAUAUACCUGUAAUCCCAGCUACUUGAGAGGCUGAGGCAGGAGAAUCACUUGAACAUGGGAGGCAGAGGCUGUAGUGAGCCAAGACUGUGCCACUGCACUCCAGACUGGGCCACAAAGCGAGACUCUGUCUCAAAGAAAGAAGAAAAAAGAAAAGAAAUAAGAUGGGAAUUUUAGGCAUCAAGUUCAAAGAUGAAGGAAAAAUUAUUUGGAGUUGCAAAUGCCUUUGGUAUUAUUGAAACUUGACCCACAUGGCCAGUAGCCUCCACCAUGUCCAGUAAAUGUCAUCUUCCUCUGUUGCUAAUCCUUCUGCUUAUAUAUGUUUGCCUAAUUAUUGCCCUGACCACUGUGAAAAGAUUUUCCCAAGUUCCUUUUUUCUCAUAUAAAUAAUUUAUAUUACUUAGAAAGAAUAAGGGUAGUGCAUAUUUAUUUAUAAAGGACUAGAAGACAAGGAAAAUUAAAAUAGAAAAAGUAAAAAAUUAUCUAUAGUCUCACCCUUCAUAGAAAAUGAUGGUCCAGGAUAUCAGUUAAGGAGGGAGGGGCUAAAGGUUGGUAAAUCAGGUUGGAAGAUGGCCUAGAAGAUUUCCCCUGAGGCUGCAGCUGCAUAGCAAAUACCCAGUGAUACCUGGGAGUGUGAAGGGGUUGCUGAUAGAGAUGAAGGGAGGAAUGAAGUCUUGAUCCCUAGCUAUUCAAGACCAUCUGCAACUGCCCACUCUCAGUAUUUUGUUUGUAUUUAUCAUGUGUGUAUACACAUACCUGUCGUAAAAUGAUUUAAUUUUUGGUAAAAGCUGAAGUCAAACCUACAUAUUGGUUUGUAAAUUGAUUCUUCCUAGCCUAAAAUUGUAAACAUCACUCCCACACCACUAAAUAUUUUCUUCUAUAUUCAUUUUUAAAGGCCAUACAAAAAUAUUCCACAGACCAAAUACACGUUUUAUCAUUGGCGUAUGGUUGUAUAUUUAGGUUGUUCCCAACUUUGAUUCUAAUUAACAGCACACAACUGAGCACUUUUAUGACCAAACUUUUGCAUACAUCCAUGAUUUAUUCCUUAAAUUCCUGUAAGUAAAAUUGCUGGGCCAAGGAGUUACAUAUUUUAAGACUUUUCUGAAAUAAUUGUGUCAUUCAGUUUCUCUCAGAUUCAUCAUCAGGCAGUUGAAACGAGGUUAUUAGAAAUCCAUUUAGACAAAUAUGAAACUGACAUCAAGCAUCAGCUGUCUUUAACAUAAACUUUUUGUUGAUACCAAAGAGUAGGGGGGAAACAACUGUUUCUAUUUGGCCAGGACAGAGGGACUUUCAGGCAUGUGGGUCUUUCAGGGCUAAACCCAAGACAAUAUCAGGCAAAUUAGGACAGUUGGUCACCCUGUCAGAGAAGAGCAGGGGCUGCCUGACCAUACUGAAAGAAUUCAGUGUAAUGCUCUCCUAGGCACCACUGCCAGAGCCAUGGUCAGAACAAGAUAAAGUUUAACUACAACAUUAGUGGUAACAUGGAAGAAGGCAAGUAGUGAGUUUCAGAAGCCAUGUUCAAGAACUUUGAAAUGUAAGGACAUAGAAGUAGGGGGUAGAAAAUAUAGACUAGAGAAAAUGCAAGCUUCUAAGAGUACAAUGACAAUUUCAGGAAACAUUAGGAGACAUGGUGUUCUCGUGGUGACCUCUAUUGGAAUCAGGUUUGCCACUCCAGUAGUGUUGAUUUGAAAACGUCUAAUAUUCUUUCUUUUAGGAGAUUUUCUUGAUAGUUGCAGAAAUUCUGAUUGGAGUAGAUGAAUAUCUUGCUAUUUUGGCUUCUAUAGUAGCAAUAUAAAAUUCCACUUCUUCUUAACUGAAGAAAGCAUUUAAGCAUAAGAAGAUGACUCAAACUAAGCCGCCGCAAAGCAGGUGAAGUGCUCAAGACAUUACAGUGUUUUCUCAAUUUGAGUCAUAUUUUCAUUCUCUUGAAUCAAAGAGUCACUUGACCAACAUGAUUUCAUCAUAUAUGUCUUGCCUGCUUUUUAUUAUCACACAGAAAUUCAGAGACAAAAUCUCUAGAAAGGUGUCAUUAACUCAAGGAAGACAAGGACAGAGUUAGGCCAGCAAUUAGACACUCUGUGUACAGUUUCAUAUGCAAGCAAGCCCUUCCUUUCAUUAAUAUUGAUAAAAAAAAAUAAGUAUCAUUUGUGCAUUCCCUUUUAUGAUAUACAAUUAAUUCUAAUUUAUUUCCUUUUGUAUGUAAACAUCCAUGUUUUUCUUCUGACCUUUUCCUCAAGUCUUACAUCACUUUUAAUGGCUGCAUAUUGGAAGUGGUCCCUGGAGAAGGGAUGUUGCCUUUUAAUGGUGGUUUUCCUUUUUUUUUUAAUUGGGCAAGGGGGUUGGAAGUAUUAUUUACUCAUUAUGUGGAUUCCUCUAAAAAUGGUCCAAUAGAGUAUGGAUUCAUUUAUUCAUUUACUUAACAAUUAUUUAUUGCCUAGCGUAUACCCAACACUGAGGACAGUAAUGAGCAAGACAGUUCUAAUUUCUGCCCCAAGGAGCUUAAAUUGUAAUUGGAAAGAGUUUUUGUAAUAAGCAAAAAAGAAAAGAAAAAAUAACUACAAAUGAUAAGUGUUCUGAGGGAAAUUAACAAGAUUCUAAGAGAACACUUCAGGGACAAGAAAACUUCUUUGGGCAACAUGGCCGAGAAAGUCCUUUCUACUUGCAUGAAAUGUUCUCGGUAGCAUCGUUCAUAAAUAGCCAAAAAAUAGAAGCAUCAAAAUAUCCUUCAGCUAGUGAGUGGACAAAUAAAAUGUGAUGUAUUCAUACCAUGGAAUGCUAAUGAGCAAUUAAUAAGAGAUGAAGUACUUGUACAUACUAUUACAAUGAUAAACUUCAAAAACAUUAAGCCAAGUGAAAGAAUCCAGACACAAAACAUGUUUUGUGUGAUGAUUCCAUUUAUAUGAAAUGUCCAGAAAAGGUAAAUCUACAGAGAUACAAAAGAAGUAAGUCAUUCCUCAGGGCUAGGAGUAGGAAUGAAGAGUGACUGCAAAUGGGUACUAGGUUUCUUCUUGGGAAGAAAAAAAAUGUUCUAAAUUAGAUUAUGGUGAAGGUUGAACAACUGAAAUUAUACUAAGUACCAUUGAAUUGUACCCUUUAAACAACUGAAUUUUAUGGUAUGUAAAUUCUAUUUCAAUGAAGCUGUUAACAAAACCAAAAGAAGGUAGGAUGGAAGAAAGAGCACAAAGAAGAAAGGAUUUCCUAAGAAGGUGACAUUUGAACUGACAUAGGACUUGUGCAAAGGGGCUGGGAGAGAACACUCCAGGCUGAGGCUGGGAGAGAACACUCCAGGCAGGAAGAGUCUGCAUAAAAACCUAGUGAUGAGAGAGGGUUUGGCAUCUAUAACAAACUAGUGGAAGGCAAGGAUGGCUUGAGUAUGUUGAGCAAAGUUCGGAGGCGGUGAGAAAAGAAAUUGGGAAAGCAGGUAGCAGCAGUAAAUUCACACAGGACAUUGCUUUGCAGGCCUGAUACUGAGCGUACCUCAUGUGCUACAAAGAUCUUGAGAGAUUUUAAUUGAUGCUUUGAUGUAUAGUUGACAAGUUGUAUAUAUACAAUGUAUAGUUGUAUAUUCUUUUCUAACAAGAAUAAAAUCAGCCAAUACUGUUGACUUACUAUUCUAUGGAUUUUACACAUACUGGCUAGUGUAUUCUUCACAAUAACCCUAUGAGGUAGGUAUCCUUAUUGUUAUAAGUAAAGAAAGUAAGAUACAAAAUAAUUUACUCAAGAAAGCUGAGGGAUAAUUAUGAUCUGAGCCCAGUAAGUCCAGAAUCAGAGCUUGAAAUCUUAACUACUGCCCCACAUUUGAAAGCAGGACUGGCUUCAUGGGAGUACAACCUGUGCAGUCACACAGGGCCCUGUGCUUAGAAGAGUCCCAUGCUUGCUUUAAUAGUCUGUUGUCACCAUCUUUAAAUGCUUAAAAUUUUUUAAUGCUUAAAUUGUGAGAGACCUCACAUUUUCAUUUUGCACUGCAUCUCACAAAUUAUGUAGCUAGUAUUACUUGAACAGUUUUUUGGAGUUUUUACUACCAAAGGAAUUAUUAACCCAUUGAAGAUCAUAGAUAAGCUGGCCAGGGAGAAAAGGCAAACCCUUAGAAUUAACACACUAUGUCUUAUGUGAGUCCAUUUGGGGACAGAACUCCCAAAGGGAUCCAUAAGUCCAAAGGGUUAAGACUCAUUGAUUUACCAACAGCCACCAUUCUGAUAUUUGGGAAUAGCUAGGUGAUGGAGUGGACUCUUAUUAUUCAGCUUCCUGUUCUCCUACAUCUAUUGAUAAAGGGUUGCAUUGGCAACACUCUUUCCAGAAAACAGGAAAAAAAUAAUAAUAAUGAUGAAUGCAAAUAAACAGAAAAAAAUAAAUUCUAAAUAAAAGAUUUUCUUUAGUGUAUGUGCAUGUGUGUGUGCAUUUUUCUCAAGGGACCUAAAGUUUGUCUUUUUCACUAUCAUUAUAGUUUUUUAAAUCCCUAAAACACAAAAAUCAAGAACAAAGAGACAGUUUUGUGAAUUUAUACUAAUAAAUUUCAUCAAAUAUAUCACUUAUUUUCCACCAGUUUGCAUGAAUUCAGUUUCUCUUAUUUCAGAGGCUGAUUUGAGUUAUUGGAGAAUUUUAACAAUCACUAUUACAUAGGACAAUACUGUGCAUACAAUAAUUCCACAAUAAAUUCUUGUCACUUGUUAAUUUUGACUUUAUAAUUAAUGUAUCAAUAAUUUGUUACUAUUAUUAUCUUAUAAUCUGGGCUUAUUUGCAACUAGAAGAAAACUAAAGUUUAACAGCAAGUUUUCAAUUGUAUUUAAAACAACCCCAGGCCAGACACAGUGGCUCACACCUGUAAUUCUAACACUUUGAGAGGCUAAAGUGGGAGAAUCACUUGAGCCCAGGAGUUCAGACAAGUCUGGGCAACAUAGUGAGACCCUGUCUCUAUUUUAUAAAAAAAAUAUAUAUAUACCCCUAAUUAAUUUCUAAGCUAGUAAAGGCAAGUAAUUUUUAAAAAUUGAGCUCUUGGUACAAAAUUUUCUAGAAAUGUUUGUGCUCAAGAAACAAUUACAUACUCAUGAAAAUGUGAUUAUCCACUUUAAGAAUAAUAGGGAUUAAAAUAGGCCUCUGAAUUUGAUAUAGUGAAAUGAUUGUUCUUCCUCACCUCACACACACAAAAGAGGUGCUGCUUUCUUUGUAUGCUUCAUUGUACAACCCAUGAAGUCCCUAGAGCUUUGAGCUACCAAACAAGUGAUAUCUGUCUCCUGGGGCUCUCGCAGAGUGACCCCACAAGGAGACCUUCUGACUUCGUUUAUUCUUAGAGUGAGGGAUUCCAUACAAAUAGAAGAUGUUGUGACACAGGCCACCAGAACCCAAUACAGAGACAAGAAGAUAUUUCUAUGAAAACAAAAAAUUAAUUCUACCCUAAACUAAGGCUAAGCUUUCCAAAGCAGAAAACUAUUCCUGGAAAGAACCAGGGAGAGAUGCUGUAGUUUCAUUUUCACAUUGACUACCGCAAACUCAAGCCUCUUUAAAAGAGCCAUAAUGAACCCAAGACACAAACGCUGGCUGUGAGGCAAAAACAAGGAUUUUCUCAUUUGUCAUCUAACAUCCUUGUAAUUUCCCAGUUUUAGCCUGUGUCUUUAUGAGGAAAGAAACAAAAACAAAAACAAAGCAAAACCAGCUUUGCACUGUUUUCCCGUGGUCACUGAGCCUGGGUAAACUGGAACAAAAUCCUAGCAACUGAGACCAGGCAGAAAAAAGUUUCUGCGGUUCUUUUUUUUUUUUUUUUUUUUUUUUUUUUCCAAACAGUCUCACUCUAUCACCCAGGCUGGAGUGCAGCGGCAGGAUCUCAGCUCACUGCUACCUCCGCUGCUCAGGUUCAAGCAAUUCUCAUGCUUCAGCUUCCCCGGUAGCUGAAACUACAGGCAUACACCACCACACCUGGCUACUUUUUUUGUGUUUUUAGUAGAGAUUGGGUUUCACCAUGUUGGCCAGGCUGGUCUCGAACUCCUGACUUCAAUUGAUCCACCUGCCUCAGCCUCCCAAGGUGUUGGGAUUACAGGCGUGAACCACUGCACCCAGCCGUUCUUCAUCUUUUUUAAAAAAAUUUACUUCCAACUCUUUGAUGAUAAAAUCCACCAAGUGGAUUUUAUAAAAUAAAAUGGCAAGUUAGAUUUAUUUGGAGAGAGUAGCAACCAUUCAUCCAUUAGAGACUUUUUUUUAAUGGUCCUGUGCCACUUGAUGAAGCAAAAAUAAAACUUCACUCAGCUGGCACAUGAUCUAGGUGACAGAAUCCUUUGUCUCUACCUUAUAAAAUGACUGCUUUGAAUUUUUUUUUUAAUUUUAAAAACGAAAAAUCCUUUGAAUGUUGUUUAUUAUUUUAGUAAUCAAAAACCAAAUAUCUAUCAUGAAUACAUGUCUAAGAAACAGUAACAUGAACCAAUCUUUUCAAAAUGGCCUACUUUUUCUCGUUCAAAACAUUCCCACACUAGUAUUUCUCUUCCCAGUUGCUCUGUUAGCCUUAUCUAUAAAUGCUAUUUUUUGAGGGCCUACUGUAUGCCAGUUGUUUUAUAGACAUUAUGUCAUUCAAUCCUACCAACAACUUUAUGAAUUAGGAGUUACAAAUUUGCUUUUGCAGAUAAAGAAGCUCAACAUCAGAGACCCUCAUUCAUGAAAAGGGUGAUGAAAGUCUGGGGUCAGAGUGGGGCCAAACCCAUCCUGGCUCUUUCUUGCUGGGUGAUCUUAGACAAGUUAUUUUACCUCUCUGUACCCGAAUUUCUUAUCUGUAAAAUGAAAGAAAGUAGUACAUGCCUACAAUUCCUUAACCAUAAUUUUCAAAUCAAAAAAAAUCUCUGAAAAUUAAAGUGUUUUCAUAAAUAGGACAGCAGGGGACAUACUUACACAAAAAUAUUGCACGUUGUUUAUCUGAAACUUACAUUUAACUGGGUGUGCUGUAUUUUCACUUGCUAAAUCUGGCAACACUACUUUGGCACCCACAUUCCUUUGGCAUAAAGAUUAAACUGUGCUGGCAAGAGGCUAUUACAAUCUUUAUUUGUCCCACGUGGUGAAGAUCUGAGCAGCGGGGGCCAGCAAAUGCAACGGCUCUGAGCCAUGUGGUUGGUAUGUUCGAGGACAGAGAGAAGGCCACUGUGGCUGGAACAGAAAGAUGGCUGGACAAGAGAGGGAAAGGAGAUCAAGUCAGAAAGGCAGGCAGGAGUCAGACAGUGGAGGGAUUUGAGCCAGGCUAAGUAAGGAUGGCAAGAAGUAAGUCCAAGGUCACACUGAUGGUGAGCAACAAAACCGGGAUUCAGCCCUAAGUCAGGCUUGUCUGUGCAUUGCUGAAUCUCUCAACAAACAUCGUGGGGGAAAGUCAUCUUUAAGACAUCAUUUUAAAGACGUCUUCAGGCUCUGGAACUAAUUGAAAGAUUAUCAACAUGGCAGCCUAUCAGCUCCUGCAUUGGCUUUGGUACUAGAAGGAGGUAUAAUUACAAUGGACUUUUAAGUUCAAGGUGAUAAAAACCCUUGCCGAGUUUCUGUGCAAUAGGAAAGCAUCCUCAUGAAAAGAUUUCAGAGUGAAGGGGAAAAUGAUACACUUUGUAAAUGUAGUAUAAAUAGAAUUAACAUAUAAGACAAUGUAACGAUGAUAAUUCAGUAUAAGACAGUGUAUGCCAUUUUAUCACCUAUCUUGCACACUUACAGUUACACAGACAUCACCUCCUUUGUGUCCUAAGGUGUAAUUUACACAGUGCUAGAAUUGGUGGAAUGUGGUCUUCUGGUCAACCUACUUUAAGUAGUCUGACCAUGACUUUUACUUUUGUUAACCAAAGUCAAUAAAUAUUUCUUGAGCUUCUACUCCAUACGAAGCACAGUGCUGGGCAUAAGAGACCUAGAAGAAGACAAGAUAUGGUCCUGAAUUCACCAUAUUUAUAGUAACUAUAUAUAUUUUUUGUUCCUAGAAUGUACAACAAGUGAUAUUCCAUGGUUCCAAGAUGGUGUGAUUUUUGCCAGGGUUUUAAUAGUAACACUAACAGAUAAACAUUCUUACAAUGUGCUAGGCACUGUGCUAAGCAUUUAUGAGGAUUAUUUUACCUAAUCCUUAGAAAGCUCCAGAAUUUAGCAUUAUCCCCAUUUUUCGGGUGGGGAAACUGAGAUUCCAGAGAUUAAGUGUCUUAUGCAAGGUCCAGGUCUUGUAAACAGUAGACCUGGAGUGUCAAACCCAGGCAGUUUGACUCCAAAGCCAGCUCUUUUAAUAUAAAGUUGUGCUAUGACAAACCUGAUAUUAAAAACUUUUGUGUCCAGGAUAAUGCCAGAAACUAAGCUUCCUUCUAUUUUAGCUAAGAUGAGAUGGUUUUUCCACACAGCAGGGCUGCCUCAAACCUCUUCUUUUUCUCCCCCUGGGGGGCUAGUUCAGGCUUUUCUUUUGAACUAGUGAAGCAUGGGAAAAAUCCACUCGUACUGAAUUCUCCACACUGGCUCUGUACCUGCUGCCUGCCCAGCCCCCAGGAUUUGCCCCAGCGUGGCUGUGCUCACUGUCAACACCAAAGCAUCAUUAAAUAAAGAACACCCCCCAAAGCUCAUCAGAUUCUUCUGCACUGGUGCACACACCCCGAUGAUGAGCAUACUCCUCUAUCAUUUGCCCAGGAUCUCUGAAUUUAGAUGCUGGGUCAGGAAAGAAUGACAUUUUUGCAGGAAGCUGUUCUUUGGGAGAAAUGAUAUUUUUUAGCUUCUUCCUCAGGCCUGCAACAUAAUAAGCAGGUAUUGUCCUGGUGAUAAAUGAUAGUUCCUCUGAAAAAAAAAAAAUUACAACACUGUGUGUCAUAAGCCAAGGCUUCUCCAGCAUUCCUCUCUGUUGUGGAGUGGGUAUAGAUCUCGCCACAAAAAUCAGAAGUACCUGCAAAACGAACUCUCUUUUGUAUAACUCAACUUGAAUUUUUUGUUUCAAAUUCCCAUUGAUUUCAAUUAAUGGCAAAUUGUGUCUCAGUCAUUCUUGGGGUUUUCCUUCACCCUUUCUUUUGACCAAUAGUUUAUAAAUGGGAAUAAUACCGCCCUUAGUCAGCUUUCCAGAAAUUAUUUCGGGGGAUCGUUUGUCACAAAGAUUGAGAGGUGACACUGUCAUUUAUUUAGUGGUCAGAGGCCAGAGGUGCCAAAUAUCCCAUAAUGUACAAGACAGUCCCACACCAUGAAGAACUGUCUGGCAUCCUGACUUUUGAAUGUCCACUAGACAUUCAUAUAGGUGAAACAUUGGUUUCUAACUCUCCAAGCCUACAGCAUAAGUCCAUUUGACUUAUACAGACAAAGCAUUCUUCACACAGUUGGAUUUUGGUUUUUUGUUUUGUUUUGUUUUGUCUGUUUGCUUGUUUGUUUAUUUGGAGACAGUUUCACUCUGUCACCCAGGCUGUAGUGCAAUGGCACCAUCUUGGCUCACUGCAACCUCUGCCUCCCAGGUUCAAGCAAUUCUCCUGCCUCAGCCUCCUGAAUAGCUGGGAUUACAGGCGUGCACCACCACACCCAGCUAAUUUUGAAUUUUAGUAGAGACGGGAUUUCACCAUGUUUGCCAGGCUGGUCUCAAACUCUCAACCUCAGGUGAUCCUCCCACCUCAGCCUCCCAAAGUGCUGGGAUCAUAGGCGUGAGCCACCACACCCAGCCUCUUCACACAGUUUUUAUAUGCUCUGAAUUGCAGAGAAAUGUAAAUACCCUAUAAGUUGAGGGAAGACUGCUCUUUAACUGUACCAAAAGUUGUUCAGCAUAUCAAAACUCGUGUCAUGAAGGCAAUACUGUGAAUGGCGUUUGAUUCUCUCACACAACACAGCAGUCCAACUCUGUAUUUGUGGCUGUUGAAUUCAAUGUUUCUAUGUAUAAUCAUAAGCAUCUGAUUGCUCCACCAUGUGUUCUAGUGUGUCAUGCCAAAGUAUUUAAACGUUGGAAUGUACAUUAAUUCAUUAUAAAUACUUUCCUCUUAUUUGCCCCUUAAAAAUUGUGCUUGUAGAUAAGGGAUUUCAGAUGUGGACAGGAGGAGUUGGCAGACUCUGCAUAGCCCACCCAUUCCUCUGAACACUCAUCUCCACACAUCAGAAGAUGGCCUCUGCUAUCACCUGCCUCCCUCAGGUGCCGCUUUUCCUGGCCUCAAGACAUUUUCCUGAGUUUGGGAUCACACUCACAGCCAUGCAGCAUUCCAGGAUGUAAUGAAUGCCCCAGAAGCAGCCCUUGACCAAUGGUGCAGUGAGUGGGUGGACAAUAUGCCUGUCACCCUGUAGGUGGGAUAUGCCUGAGGCGUGUUCUGCAGGUCUCCCAGAAGUCCCCAGUGGGAAUGAGCCUCGAUCUCACAUCCUGGAUUGAUGGGCAGAGCUUUGAUCCCACAUCCUGGAUUGGUGGGCAGAGCCUUGAUCCCACAUCCUGGAUUGGUGGGCAGAGCCUUGAUCCCACAUCCUGGAUUGGCUUCUGGCCUUUCCCUAUCUUGCUAUACCAUCACCCUAGCUGUGCUUCCUGGGAUCAUCUUCCACAUCGGCUACUAAAAUUCGUGACUUUGUCUCAAGGUCAGCUUCUGAGAAGCCCAACCUAACAUAUGCCAUUAUCAAGAAUUUGGUUCAAAGAGGGACACUGAUUAUAAGAGGGUUAAAAGCCAGUGCUCCAUACACCAUCAAGAUUUGGAAUUUUGUUCAAUGCCAGGGAGCGUAUCAUUGAGAUAUCGAUCACCCCUUUUCAUAUGGCGUUGAAAGUCAUGCAGACACAAACAUCUUUUGUGACUGGGCAUGGUGGUUCACACUUGUAAUCUCAGCUACUUGGGAGGAUGAAGUGGAAGGAAGCCUGGGAAGUCAAAGUCACAGGGAGCCAAGAUUAUGCCACUGUGUAACAGGGCCUGAGUAAUAGCAAGACCCCAUCUCAACAACAAAAACAACAGCAAAUUUGUUUCCCCACUUUAAAUAGAAAUCUGAUUCAUAGAACACUCAUUCUUUCAUUUAAGAAAGACUUAUUGAACAUCUAUUAUAUACCAUGUACCAGGCAUCGAGUGAUGAACUAAACAGACAAAAUUAUUUUUUCUAUCAAGUUGGGAGAGGCUGAUAAUAAAAAGCAACCAUAUGGAGGGUGUUAAAUAGUAAUAAAUACCUCUGAGAAAAAUGAAACAGGAGAGGGGAAGAAGGAGAACUAGAGGUGAAGGUGGUUUUUAAAAAACAGGCCAGGGAUGUGGCAAUAAACACUCAGCAUUAAGACCAAGUGUUUGACUCCUUUCUGGAAGAGGGGUGGGCACGGUGCAGGCUGGCGGGCUCUGGCUGGGAGGAAGGUGCUUCUGCUCGGCUCAGCAAGGACAGCUGUGUGGGAAGACAAAGCCCAGUUAGCAGUUCUUCCAAUUUUCCAGAGGAGACCAACAGCCUUACCACCUGCUCGGAGAGCUGCUAGCAAGCAGGGCAAAGUUCUCCACAUAUUUAAGAGUUCAAACUUCCCUUCCCGCUCAGCGUGUUCAAAACACGAGUUGGAGAGUCAUGCUGGUGCCCUCUCCUCUCCAUCCUGCUCCAUGCCUCCCCUGAAGCCAUUGCUUUCUGCCUGAAUGACGGCAAGGGAAGGAGAGGGGAAGAAUGUAAACAGAAAACAAAUCACAGAUUAGGACUAUCCGGCCCCACUUGUCCAGCCAGUUUGUUUUCUCUUCUUCUCGACAUAGCCCGAAUGUUGGAAGCAUUGCCUUGCAAAGUCAGUAGUCGACAGGGAAGGUUAGGAUUUGUUGUUCCUUUGAAAGCUGCAGAAUGGGAUGUUGCUAGAGAUCCCAAUGGGAAACUUCCCAGAUAGGAAAGCCAUAUUGGCUGGUGGAGUGCCGGGGCUUGGCAUGGGGGCACUGCCUUGGCAGAGCUGUCUUGAUGUUUAUGGAAGGCAUUGCCAACACCAGCGGAACUUCCAGCAGGAGUUUUACGACCCUUUUUCAUCCAAGCCACUAUUUGGGCAGAUGCCUGAUUACUUCUAAUGACUCCAUUUCUGUGGUGAUGGCCAAGUCCUCUGUCAUCCUGCCGUGGCCUGGAAUGGCCCUGGUUUUAGAAAAGAGAUGCUCCUUGUAGCGCGUGGAGGCACUCGUGGCUGCUCUCCCAGGUCCUGACCUCCUGUGCCAACAGGCAGAGCAGCCAAAAGCAACAAUGCAAGUGUGCAGAAACCAUUUCUAAGACAGGGGGAUCAUUGGUUUGCCCAUUACUAAAGAUGCCCAACUCUUCACUAGUUAAGAAAACCUUUGUUCUUUCAAAGUUUGUGUAUUUCUCUAACUUCUGAGGAAGCCAAGGCCUGAGAAUGAAGGCAACUUUGGUCACAACGACUGAUGGUUGGGCAAAAAUGAUUGCCCCGUUUUCUGGUGCUAAAACAUGCUCCUAAGUGUCCAAUUGGCUUCUAGCCAUAAGCCAAGUGAUGUGUACAUGUGUCUAAAACAACUAUCCCAGCUUGGGGGGUCAGGGGAGUCUCUAACUUAUUCACUUAGUAUGUACCCUUAAAAUACACAUGCCAGGGUUUCUAAACUGCCACCUCCCUGUGACCCCAUUCCCAUAUUGCUGGAGGAUGGGGGAGGUCAUAGCAUCUGAAGUUUUGCAAGUGGAGAUUUUUACUUAUAGUAGGUGAAAUGGAAACUGACGAAUACCUUAGGACAUGCAUGGGUGCCAUUUCUGCUAAGAGGUGAGCAGCUAGAUGCUGGAUUCUGACAAAGCAAAGGUAUGGUCCCCCGCCUCAGGUGACGGGCAGUGGUCACUGAAGUGAAUGCUGACAAUGCUUACUCUACCAUGUGGCUUCUAGGCUUUCAAUGGAUGUUCUCCACUACUCUUCUCAGCCAAAUCCACCCAUCUAACUCCUUCCAAGCCUUGGUCUCUCUUCUUGAAAAGUCUCUCCAGCUCCCAGAAGUCAGGGACUUCCUGGGAACCCACUUUCUUCUCCCCUAACUCAAAUCCCUGCUGGUCUGAUAGUCCAGGGACCCUUCUUUUUCCAGAGAGCACUUCCUCCUGUUGCCUCUGCCACAAAAAAACCUUUCACCCUCAUUGUUCUUUGUUCUUUUAUAAUCCUCGACCUUGGAGAUUGUUUAGGCUCAAAGCCAGAAUCAACCAAAAUUCAGUUCCCUUUCCUCAAAGGCAGAGAGGGCUUAGCUUUCAAACCUUCCGAUGUCACAAGGAAAGGAAGGGGGAGUACAAACUGCUCAGUCUCUGUGUUGAAAUAGUCUGAAUGCCUAUUCACCUGAAAAAGAGAGUUACGUGGUCCAUUCUCCAGGAGUGUAUUUUGGAGUAAGUCACAACUUACUUGGUCCAGGAUUCACUGCCCACUGUAGAGGCAAAGUUUCUCAGAUUCCUUUAUCAGUGCCAGGAACCAAGCCAUUCAGUCCCACAGUCCAUGGUUUUACUGAGAAUUUUUCUGGAGAGUUCAUAAGUUAUUGUCAUUCUGCCUGUCUGUAUCUGUCCACCUAUCAUAAAAAUUAGGUAGUGGGAAAGGCGUUCAGUCUUUUUAAGGAAAUAAAUACUCAAAAACUAGUUUUUGUCUUUGUGUGUGCCAAUACACCGCUUGAUUCCAAACAUAACCAUUUCGGUGCCUAAUUACGUCUGCCUGGGAUCUAACACUGGCUCUGCCUCUUACUACCUUGGUGGAAAAUGGGUCAAUCUCUGCGAGUCUGUUCUCUUCUCCCAACGCAGAGUGCAAGAGGCUUUCCUCAUAAGGCUGCUGUAGAUGUUAAAAGAGAGAGGCUAGGUCAAGUACAUGGCAAAGAGGAAAGACCCGUUUCAUAUUAGACAGGGCUAUUGUUAUUAUUAAGUUGGGACAAAUAAACCACACUCUGUUUCGUUUUUUCCCUCUUUGGCCUGUAAUGUUUGCUCUUGCACAUUCUUAAAAGCAACAGAACCACAUGUCUUUUCAAACAGUAAUAAUGAUAGAUAUCAGCAUGCCGUUCUGUCUCUAUGCGAGGCAAUUUGCAUGCAUUAUUUCAUUCACACCUGGCAACAAUUCCAUGAGGUGCCACUACUAUCAGUUCAACUUCGGAAAGGAGAGGCUAGGGCUGUGCGACUUAAUCAAGGGCAUUGCCCUUUUCAAUGUAGAUGCCAGGAUCCAAAUCUGGUUCAAACUCCUUAGCUGAUACUCUUAACCAAUCCUGCAUAAUGCCUCGUUAUUCAAAUGCCAAAUAAUUCAGCAUUUUGUAAUUCUGCAAGAACUUUAUUCUCGGGCCAGCGAGGUGGCUCAUGCCUGUAAUCUCAGCACUUUGGGUGUCCGAGGUGGGUGGAUCACUUGAGGUCCAGAGUUCAAGACCAGCCUGGCCAACAUGGCAAAACCCUGUCUCUACUAAAAAUACAAAAGUUAGUCAGCCAUGGUGGCUCAUGCCUGUACUCCCAGCUGCUCAGGAGGCUGAGGAAUGAGAAUCGCUUGAACCCAGGACGGGGAGGCUGCAGUAAGCAAAGAUCAGGCCACUGCACUCCAGCUUGGGCGAUAGAGCAAGACUCUGUCUCAAAAGUAAAAAAAAAAACAAAGAACUUCAUUCUCCUGAAUCCAGAAGGGAUCGACUUCACUGUUCCUGUGCUCUCACUUUGUUUAGCAACCCUAGUAAGUAGGCACUGCUGGAAAUAAAGUUACAGAAGUUUCUCUUCUCCCAUUCUUUUAUCCUUUUUUUAAAUAAGCUGGGAGCUAGAAAUGAAAACCAAAGACAAAUCUAUUUAUUUUUAUUAUUUCAGGAACUUUGGAUAUUAAAAAGCAAUGAAACACUGAUCCACUGAAGUGAUUUCUGCACACUGGUUUAUACGUGAUGUAAUGUCGAUUUCACAAUUUGGACUCUAAAGUUGUUUUCCUCCCCCGCCAGGACAGAGACUCAUGACAGCAGCUCGUAGAAGCCCCCACAGAGACUGCCAUCCAAUGAUUCGUUUGGUUCAUGGUUUUGGGGGGGCUCAUGUUUUUUCAGUUGGAGGUAGGGUUUCUUCUAGGGGAGGUUCAGUAACCAAUGGCUAUAAGAUCUUUACACAGAAUGAUUACUGCUAAACCAAACCAAAAUAGCAACAGCAUUUUGAACUCAAUGGUAAUUUUUUUGUUUGAUUGUUUUGUUUUGAUAAAGAGUCUUGCUCUGUCUCCCAGGCUGGAAUGCAAUGGCAUGACUUCGAUCCAUUGCAACCUCCGCCUCCUGAGGUCAAGUGAUUCUCCUGUCAAAGCCUCUUGAAUAGCUGGAAUUACAGGUGCCUGCCACAACCCCCAGCUAAUUUUUGUAUUUUUUUUUUUUUUAGGAGAGUUGGGGUUUCAACAUGUUGGCCAAACUGGUCUUGAACUCCUGACCUCAAGUGAUCCACGCACCUCAGCCUCUCAAAGUGCUGGGAUUACAGGUGUGAGCCAUUGUACCAGGCCCCCAUAGUAAAUUUUAUCACAUGAUAUUAUCCAAGGAUGAAGCCACAAACUGAUAACAAUAUAGGAUAAUAUUUUUACCUUUUGUGAGCAAAAUGAGGGGAAAUAAAGAUGGUGUGAGGGUUUUCAACAAGUGACAUUUGCUCAAUAUAAAGUAUUAUACUUUAUUUGAUCCAGAUCAAUAAAGUUUAUUAAGCAUACUUUGUGUGCCAGGCACUCUUCUAGGCAUUCAUGAAAAUGGAAUCCUUGUUCUCACGGAGUUCUUAUUAUAUUGGGGAUAGACCGACAAUAAACAAAUAAAUAUGGACUGGGUAGAUAGCAAUAAGGGCUAUAAGAAAAGCCUGCAUGAGGGCAUAGAGGAUUCAGUAGAGGCCUGGCAUGGUGGCUGAUGCCUGUAAUACCAGCACUUUGAGAGGGGUAGAUCACUUGAGCUCAGGAGUUCGAGACCAGCCUGGGCAACAUGGUGAAACCCCAUCUCUACAAAAUAAAAUAUAGCCAGACACAGUGGCUCACACCUGUAAUCCCAGCAUUUUGGGAGACCAAGGCAGGCGGAUCACCUGAGGCCAGGAGUUCAAGACCAGCCUGGCCAACAUGGUGAAAUCCAUCUCUACUAAAAACACAAAAAACAAAAAUACCUGGGCAUGGUGGUGCAUGCCUGUAAUCCCAGGUACUCGGGAGGCUGACGCAGAAGAAUCACUUGAACCCAGGAGGCAGAGUUUGCAGUGAGCUGAGAUGGCACCACUGCACUCCAGCCUGGUCAACAGAGCAAGACUCUAUCUCAAAAAAGAAAAGCCCCUGAAGAAAGAACAGCUUCAUGUGUUCAAAUAUGACAAGGAGGCCAGUGUGCAGAGGUGAGGGAGAGCAGAAGAGAGGCAGUGAGGUUUUUGAGGAUCUCAUGAAAAGCCUGUUAGGGUCAGCAUAGUUUUUAUUUCUACUCUGAGCUUGUGUGUUUUCUGCUAUGUUGGUGAUGGAAAACCCUUUCUUUAGUGCAAAGAUAGUAAAGCAGUCUUCUUUUUUGUUGGAAAGUCAUUAUGUCAAUUCCUUGAAAUUUUUUUUAACCUGGUCUGUGAAAUCCAGAAGUCUGGGAAUGUCUGUGCCAGGAGACGUCUGGCGGCAUUCUGUAGGUGGGAGUGUCACGGUGUCGUAGGAAGUUCAGGAAUCUGAAGUCUGUGUCCCAGCCGUCCUCUGUUUCAGACACGCUGGGUGACAUUAGGCAAGGAAUUUCUAUUCCUGGGUUUCACUUUUCUAGUCUCUAAAAUGUGGAGAGCAGCUUUAAAGAAUCCUGAGUCAAUGAGGGCAUGAAGGACAAAGAAAGCCUGAGAGGAAAAAAGGGGAAGAGUGAGGCAGAUGGACUUCCCGGAGGAGGGGUCCUGGGGAGCUGUUCUGGGCAGGCUCUUUGUGAAAGGACAGCCCUACUCAGUCUCUAUGUGGGAAGUCUCAGGGUUACCAUGUCCUCCUCGAAUUUUUCAAAAAGAAACAGAAAUCAUGGUUUUUAUGUGCAGUCUCUCUGUUCAUAAAUAUUAGCAACUGCUUCAUUUAAAAACUAAACAAGGCCAGGUGUAGUGGCUCACACCUGUGAUCCCAGCACUUUGGGAGGCCGAAGCAGACGGAUCGCUUGAGCCCAAGAGUUUGAGACCAGCCUGGGCAACAUACCAAGACCCUGUCUCUACAAAAAAUAAAAAAUUAGCCCAGGCAUGGUGGCGUGCGCCUGUGGUCCCAGAUAAUCAGGGGGCCUAGGUGGGAGGAUCAGUUGAGGCCAGGAGGUCAAGGCUGCAGUGAACCAUGAUGGUGGCACUGCCCUCCAGCCUGGGCGACAGAAUAAGACCUUACUCAAAAAACAAAAUGAAACAAAACCAUGUAAGCCCAUAAAACACAUGUUUGGCUUGGGUUUGGCUGAGGGAUGGCACAUCCAUUUCCUGGGGUUGCUACAACAAAUUACUAUGAACUCAGCUGCUUAAAAGAGCAGAAAUUAAUUCUCUUGCAGUUAUGGAGGCUGGAGGUUGGAAAUCAAGGAGAAGGCAGGGCCACACCCCCUCUAAAGAUGCUAGAGAUGAAUCCAUCCUGGCCUCUUCCAGCUUCCAGUAUUCCUUGGGUUGCAACCCCAUCACCCCAGUCUCUGCCUCCUUGUUCCCACGGCCUUCUCCCUGGGUGUCUGUCCUCUCUUCUUAUAAGAAUGCCAGUCAUCAGUCUUCAGGCUUCCCUCAUCUUAGCUUGAAUACAUCUGCAAAGACCCCAUUUCUAAAUAGGGUCGCAUUCACAGGCAUUGGAGAUUAGAACUUGAGCAUAUCUUUUUGGGAGGACAGAAUUCAAGCCACCAUGAUGGAUAUGGCCUCUAUUAUAAAUUCUUCAUUGUAGAUACAAUGAAAUUCUUCAUUGGCCUAGGAAUCUGGGAACCACAGAAUGAUUAAAAGCUGCUCUGUAAAGUUUACAAAAUCUGUCUCUCCAGGAAGUGAAUGAUGAAUCUGAGAGAGUUCAUACGGGUUUCUAAACAGGAUUGUCCUGGCUGCGAGACCCAGGUCAAGUCAGACACACUCCACUCUUCAGAACAGUGUUAGGCAGCGUAUUCGUUUCCUGUGACGGCUGUUUGAGGGACCACACACUGGGUGACAUAGGGCAACAGAAAUGUGUUCUCUCACAGCUCUGAAGGACAGAGUCUGCCAUCAGCAGUCAGCAGGGGCUGGGCUUGGUGGCUCACACCUGUAAUCCCAGCACUUUGGGAGGCCGAGGCAGGUGGAUCACUUGAGACCAGGAGUUCAAGAUCAGCCUGGCCAACAUGAUGAAACCCUGUCUCUACUAAAAAAUACAAAACUUAGCCGGGCAUGGUGGUGUAUACCUGUAGUCCCAGAUACUCUGGAGGCUAAGGCACAAGAAUUGCUUGAACCCAGGAGGUGGAGGUUGCAGUGAGCCAAGAUUGCACCACUGCACUCCAAUCUGGGUUACAGAGUGAAACACUGUCACAAAAAAAAAAGUCAGCAGGACAUGCUCCCUCAGAAGGUUCUAGAAAAAGACUCGUCCUGCCUCUAAAUUUCCAGUGGCUCCCAACAAUCCCUGGUGUCCCCCAGCUUGUGGCAGCGUCACUCAAUGCCUGCCUCCUUCUUCUCCAUGUUUCUGUCUCCUCUCCUUGUCUUACAAGGACACCAGUCAUUGGAUUAAGGCCCACCCUAAUUGACUCUGACCUCAUCUCAAUUACAAAUGGAGAGACCCUAUUUCCAAAUAAGAUCACAUUCUGAAGUUCCAAACGGCCAUCAAUUUUGAGGUGAUUCUCUUCAGUUAGUACCCAGUUCAGGCUAGGUACGGUGGCUCAUAUUGUAAUCCCAGAACUUUGGGAGGCCAAGGCAGGUGGAUCAGUUGAAGUCAGAAGCUCAAGACCAGACUUCCCAACAUGGUGAAACCCCGUCUACACACACACACACACACACACACACAAAAUUAGCCAGGCAUGGUGGCAUGAACUUGUAGUCCCAGCUACUUGGGAUGCUGAGGUAGGAGAAUCACUUGAACACAAGAGGCAGAGGUUGCAGUGAACCGAGACUGUGCCACUGCUCUCCAACCUGGAUGACACAGCAAGACCUUGCCUCAGAAAAAAAGAAGAAAGAAAGGAAAGAAGGAAGGGAGGAGGGAAGGAAGGAAAGGAGGGAGGGAGGGAGGGAGGGCCUAGUUUAUUCACCCAAUACCAGUUCUAUUGUCUCCAGGGUCUCCUCCAUCUGCCUGACUGUGUGACUCUAACUUUUCUCUCUCCUUGAGAGCCUUUGCUGGCCUUUCCAUUCAGCCAAUUUCUUAAGGAACUUCCAUCAACUUCCAAACGCCACCAUCAAUUUAAAGCUCAGCUUCAGCUGGAAGAUGUCUUAGUGGUGAAAUGGUUUAGGGAGAAACGAGGCUUUAUUUCCUCCGAUAUUUUUAAACCCCAUAGCUCCUCUUUCAGACUUUCAGCUGCAGUGAACCUCUCUGAAAAUCCACCUCCUGGAAACAUGGGAUAGAGCCUUCAGGGGAGGAAAAGCAAACCACUUUCUCACUUUCUAUGUCCCAGGGAAUAAUGGACUUCAAGAAAAGUGCUCCUUACCUUUCCAGCCACAUUCCGCACUGGACUUUUCUAAUCACAGCUCUUUAUUAGUUUCCUUUCCAUAAUGUCUCCAAUGAGUCUUUCUGUUGCUUUACAUGACAAAAUACAGCAAAUCCUCAGCUUGUUCUUGUGAGAAAAUGGAAAAGUUCACAAGGAAAGAAAAUGACAUAAGAUGAGGGAGCCAUGAUAUUCAAAAGUAAGGAGAUUAGAUAAUGAUGCAAUUAGAGCCCAUUUCUAUGGUUUUCUAUAACUCUGAACAUUUGCUGACGACUGACUGGUUUGGUAUUUAUUCUUACAUCAUAUCAAUUUAAAAUCACCCUCUAUGCUACGUCCACAAGGAAUGAUAAAUUGUGAAGAAAAUAUGUUCAGAAGAAUUUUUUUAAUGGGUUAUCUGAUGUUGACCUGCGAUGUUACUAUGAGGCCAUCCAACCAUUCUGGUCUUUUUUUUAUUAUAUUAUUUGUGUUCCAAGCAUUCUAAAUAUUUAAGUGGCCUUUCUUCUUGUUCCUUAAUGAGAGUUUUUUGCAUCUGGCACAUAAUAACUGACUAGAAAUGGCUUUCUCCUUCUUGUGUUCUCGAUCCCGUGGAAAUGGGGAAACCACUGAGAAAAGAAAUGUUGUCAACCCAAAGAGAGACAUUUCAAGUUAGUGGAAGUGAUGAGAAAUAGUGGCAUUCGGGAUGUAUUUUCAAAUUCAAGCCAACAGGAUUUUCUGGAGGCUUGGCUAUGAAAUCUUACAGAAAGCAAUGAGCCAAACAUGUCAUUACAAUUCUGAGUGAGGGUUUUAUAAAGUCAGAGCUUUAGGUCAAAAGCACCAGCUUCCUAGAGUCAGGAUGUGAGCGGGCUUCAGAUGGGGCCUGCGUAGAAUUCUUCCUAGACCAAAGGUUCCCAUUACAGUGGCAACUCCAAGUUGGCUUCCGAUUAAAAGGAGACCAGAUCACCUCGGAGUAUAUGACUGCUUCCCAAAGUGUGAUAUAUGUACUACAUGUACUAACAGGAAGAUUUUAUGUUUUACAAAACCUAUUUAUUUUCAGCUUUAUUUUAGAUUCAGGGGUACAUGUGCAAGUUUGUUGGUUUGUUAUAUAGGUAAAUUGUGGGUCACCGGUAUCUGAUUAUUUUGCCACCCAGGUAAUAAGCAUGGUAUCCAAUAGGCAGUUUUUCCAUCCUCACCCUCCUCCCUUCACCCUCCAGUAGGCCCUGGUAUCUGUUGUUUUCUUCUUGGUGUCCAUAGGUACUCAAUGUUUAGCUCCCACUUAUAUAUGAGAAUACACGAUAUUUGUUUUUCUGUUCCUGUGUUAAUUCACUUAAGAUAAUGGCCUCUAACUCCAUCCAUGUUGCUGCAAAAGACAUGAUCUCAUUCUUUUGUAUGGCUGUGUAGUAUUUUGUGGUAUCUAUAUGCCACAUUUUUUUCAUCCAAUCUACCACUGAUGGGCAUUUAGGUUGAUCCCGUGUCUUUGCCAUUGUUAAUAGUGCUGUGAUGAGCAUAUAUGUGUAUGUGUCUUUAUGGUAGAAUAAUUUCUAUUCCUUUGGAUGUAUGCCCAAUAAUGGGAUUGCUGGGUUGAAUGGUAAUUCCAUUAUGAGCACCUUGAGAAAUCUUAAACUGCUUUCCACAGUGGCUAAACUAAUUUACAUUCCCACCAGCAGCAUAUAAGCAUUCUUUUUUCUCAGCAACCUCACCAGAAUCUGUUAUUUUUUUGCUUCUUAAUAAUAGCCAUUGGCACUGGUGUGAGAUGGUAUCUCAUUGUGGCUUUGAUUUGCAUUUCUCCAAUGGUGAGUGAUACUGUACAUUUUCUCAUGUUCUUGGCCACAUGUAUGUCUUCUUUUGAAAAGUGUCUGUUCAUCUCCCUUGCCCACUUUUUAAUGGGAUUGUUUCUUCACGCACCCUUGUCAGAUGCAUAGUUUGCAAGUUUAUUCACCUUUUCUGUAGGUUGUCUGUACACUCUGCUGAAAAGAAAAAAACACUUUUAAAUUUUUAAAUAGUCUUAUCCCAAGUCAUAAUCCAUGAGACUAUGGUUUUGAUGGGUGUAUUUUUUAAAUGUAUUUUGGGGUAUUUAUUUCAUUGAGAAUUACAUGACAUAUACACAGGUGUACACACACACGUGCACAGAAACACACGCCAGCCCAUCAAACCCAGGAGUGCAUAGAUUAUAGCCUAAGGGUAAGACUAAAUUAAAAAAAAAAACUGGUCAAUUUUUUAAACCAUUAGGAGACUAAUAAUAAAAUUGAUUCUAGAAUACAGCAAAAAUUGUGAAGGUGGCCUGAAAAUGAUUGCAAGUUGAAGAACACAGAAUUAUAUCAAGUCUUCUCUGCAUGCAUAUGAAAAUGACAGAAUAAAAUUCAAAUUCGGUUAGUGAAAAAUCCUUCUUAUACACAGUCUAUGUACUUCUACAAAUCAAGGCGACAAACUAGCAUAAAUGCAGAGAUGAAAUGACAGGAUGUGAGGGGCGAUAUGAGUGGUACUUAUUCCCCAAAUGAAAUAAUGACUUACUAAAGGAAAGUUGAGUGAGGAAAAACAUUGAUAAUUGUCCAAUAAAUCUUUCCAUAACCUCCCAUUAGUCAUCACAGCAUUUCAGCCUCUUUUUUACCUAGGAAGGGAAGUCACAUGCAACACGCAGGCGAGCCGUUGCUAAAGCCGUGCCGGGGGCCACAGCGCUGCUGGCUUUGUCACCUCAGGGUGCCUGUGAGUUUUCUCCUUUCCUGUAGCAUCAAGACCAUCAGAUGGCGUAGAAGCCCAUUUUAAAUUGCCAUUUGCCCUUCUUAGAACUACUGGGAAACAUUCUUGUAUGCACCAAAGUUACAUUUUCUGCUCUGGCUUUGGGACCUGGGUCAACUUAAGUUACCUUCUCAUUACCAAAGGGAUUUGAAAACAGUCGUUCCGAGUACUCACUCGUUUGACAGUUUGCCUUCGUUUCUGUUUUUACUAUUUCAGCACAGAACUGCGAAUCUCAUACUCUAACAGAGGAGAAGAUACUUAUCAGAUAAAUACGUAAACAUCUGGCAAUUCAGUUUGGUGUUACCAAGAAGUACAAAACGUUGUUAAGGUCUAUAUUAAUGAGGAGGCCUUGCCUUAGAAGUCCUGGGAGUCAGAGAAAACCACUCCAAGAACUUGAAGUGAGAGGCCAGGCAUGGUGGCUCACGAAUGUAAUGCCAGCACUUUGGGAGGCCAAGGUGGGCAGACCACCUGAGUUCAUGAUUUCUAGACCAGCCUGACUAACAUGGAGGAACCCCUGUCUCUACUAAAAAUACAAAAUUAGCCAGGCAUGGUGACUGAGGUAGGAGAAUUGCUUGAACCCAGGAGGCAGAGGUUAGGGUGAGCAGAGAUUGUGCCAUUGCACUCUAACCUGUUCAACAAGGGCAAACCUCUGUCUCCAAAAAAAAAAAAAAAAAGGAGAAAAAGAAAAGAAAUUGAAGUUUGGGGAGAAGAUAGCCAAGUGAGAAGAUGGGAAAUGAACAUUCCAGGCAAGGAUACCAGUUUGAACUAAAUCUCUAAAGCACAAAGGACUUCGUGUGUUUGAAGAACAGAAACAAAUUUGUCAUGUCAUGCUUAGGGUGGCCAACUGUCCUGGUUUGCUCUGGACUGAGGAGUUUCCCAGAACGUGGGGUUUUCUGUGCUAAAAUCGGGAAAGUGUUGGCAAACCAGAACAAUUGGACCAUCCUUGUAAUAAGCAAUAGGAAUAGUGAUGUUAGACCAGGCUGGAGAGCUGAGCAGGGGCCAUGCAUCUGAAUCACCACUGGUCACUGCUAGGAUUCCACCAUCCUGUCUGACUCCUUGGGACCUCAAGAAAACAAGGAUAUUCUCUUCUGCAUAUCUUCCCAAAAUUUAGAGGCUUAAAAAAAAUUAAGUAUUAUGAUCUCUCACAGCCUAGGAAUUGACCUGACUCAGCUAGGACGUCUCAUUUAGGGUCUCUCAUGCAGUUGCUAGGGCCGGAAUCACUUGAAGCCUUUACUUCCAGUUGGAUUUCUCCACUCAUAACUGGUAUCUCAGCUAGAACAGCUUGGCUCUUCCUAGAACAGCUGAAACAAUUGAGAGCUAGCUAAGCAUCUCCCCUUCACCUCUCUUUUGCUUGUACGUGCAUGUGUGUACACACUCAUGUGCAUAGCCACCCCAUACAACUAAUCUGGCUUCUUCACAACAUGGCGGUCUCAGCAUAGUCAGCCUUCUUACAUGGUGCCAACUUUCCCUAGAGCAAGCACUCUCAGAGGCCCAGAGAAGUUACAAAGUCUCUUAUGACCUAACUUUAGAAGUUACCUCUUUUGCAUUCUAUGGGUCAAAGUGAAUCACAGGCCUAGGCCAGAUUCAAAAAGACUGGAAAUAGGCUCUUCUCCAUGGGAAGAACAGCAAAAAUCUGUGGCCAUCUCUCUUCUAUAGAUGCUUUGGGUCAGUGUGCCUCACAGAAUCAUGGUAUACUUUACUGACAACAAGAUAUGCUUGUCCUCAUGAAAAGAAGCAAGGAGUCAUUGCAAGUCUAAUUCAGACAUGUAUAUUUUGCACGAGACGUGUGUAAGUCAAGGGCUCAUUCUAAUACUGCAUCAUUUUAUAGUCCCUUUCAAGAACCUCACACUUGCUCUCUACACUGCAUCAAGGAAUCCAGCAUGAUGGGCUAGAGAAGGAGCAAGCCUACCAAUGAGAUCUUCAACCUCAGUUCAAAAAUGUCUUCCUUAGGUACUUUCUUCUUGUGACAUGUUGGGGAGUUCUACGUCCCCUUGUGACUUUCUUACAGUUCCCAAGCAAAUCAGAGCUCUCUCACUCCAUAGCUUGGAAGCAAGACUACUCCUUGGCUCUUCCUUGUUUAUACAGAAUCUAUUGACUAUCCGAUAUCAGCAAACUUACUCUUUAAAGGGUGUGAUGGUAAAUAUCUUAGGCUUUCAGGGUUUUGCCUUCUCUGUUGCAAGUACACAACCUGAGGGUUAUAAACUUGAUUUCAAAAACAGGUUGCUGGGCUGGGUGUGGCAGCUCACAUCUGUAAUCCCAGUGGAGCCCAGCCAACAUGGUGAAACCUCAUCUCUAAUAAAAAUACAAAAAAAAGCCAGGCAUAGUGGUGCACUCCUGUAAUCCCAGCAACUCAGGAAGUUGAGGCAGGAGAAUCACUUGAACCCAGGAGGCGGAAGCUGCAGUGAGCAGAGAUUGUGCCACUACACUCCAACCUGGGAGACAGAGCAAAUCUCUGCCUCAAAAUAAUAAUAACAACAAUAGAACUUAAUACAGAGCACAAGCUAAAGGAUUAGCAGAGGAAAAUGUCAUUCAAAUUCUCCCUCACCUUAAACUUGAAGCCAGAAAAAAGAAAAAAAAAACACUCUUCAAAUUUGUACUGAAUUUGUACUUUUAAGCCCCAACAGGUUUUCUCCCUGUUUCAGUGUGUCUCUGAAUAUUCAUAACAAAUUUAAAACCCUAUGUAGUGUUUUUCACAUGACAGGAGUUCGAUGACUUCAUUUGAAAAUUAAAUCAGUGUUUGCCAAAAUGUGAAACACACACCUCUGGUAAUAAAUGAAAUUUGAGGUAAGAUAGCUAAUGAAUACUCUUUGUUUGAAUUGUCUAUUUAUUGAUCACAAAACUUAUUUUAAUAUGUCUUUAAAAAUAUAUAACUGUCUCAUGGAACCUAUUACCUUACAGAUGUUGCUUAGGACAAGCAAAAGAAGAUAUUUACACUUUUAAAAAGUCUGUUGAGGUAAAUAGCACAGUGCUUGCUACAUAAAAGGUCCACAAUAAGCCAGGCAUGGUGGCACACAUCUGUCAUUCUGGCACUUUGAGAGGCCGAGGUGGCUGGAUGGCUUGAGUCCAAGAGUUCGAGACCAGCAUGAGCAACAGGGCAAAAACUUAUCUUUACAAAAAAUGCAAAAAUUAGCCAGCCGUAUUGUCAGGUGCCUGCAGGCUGAGGUGGGAGGAUCAACUGAGCCCAGGAGGUGAAAGCUGAAAUGAGCCGUGAUUGUGCCACUGCAUUCCGGCAUGCGUGACAGAGUGAGACCCUAUCUCAAAAAAAAAAAGUAAACAAAUAAAGGCCCACAAUAAAUAUAGAAUGAGUGGAUAAAUUAAGUUGUCACUCAGAUUAUUAGGUUAAUUUGAGUCAUGGAAAAUAAUCUCACACUAACUCAAGGAUCUAGUAUUUCAGAUGUUCUUAAGAACAGUCUGAAGUUUGCAGAAUGGAAGAGAUGAGCUUGUUUAAAGUCGGUCAGUUAGAAGUGGACAGUCUCUUGGGAUGUCUUUGCCAAGAGAAGCCCAAUGGUGCCAUAAAUCAGGAUGCCUAAUUGAAGCUAUGCUUUAGGAACUAAACAGCAACUAAAUUAAAUGGGAAAGUUUCUAAGGGACACCUUUGAUAUCAUGGGGGGAAAAGUCAAAACAACCCCAAGGGUCUAUGGGAAAAAAAUAGCUUUCUUCCAAAAGGCUUGCUGGUUAAUAAUUAUCAAACACAUCUGUGAUUCAAACCCUCUUUCUUCCAAAGGCUUUAUGAUCUUACCAUAGACUUCCCUCCUUGAACAUCAUGAGCCAAAGCAGAAAGAUCACUGAGGUAUCACAAAUGCAGGAAACCAUGGAAAAAAGACUUGGAAAGGAAAUGUGUAGCAAAAACUUUCAUCCUGCCGAAAACUAGUUUUAUGAAACUGAUUCUCAGAAUAGAUGGCAUAACGAGUAUCUGUUUACCCAGUGAAAGUAAUUUAAAGCAUUUCAGCAUCAAUGUCCCCAACUUCAAGAGAAGCCUAACUUGAACUUGGAGAUUGAUGGUGGAAGAGUUGUAUGUGUGUGAGAGUGUGCGUGCAUGCACACGUGCACGUGUAUAUAAAAGGUUUAUUUAAAACUAUGGUAAAUUCUUUCAUAACAGUGUUUCCAAAAACAUAGAACUCCUACCUUCAAUAGAGGUGAUUUUAGGUAAAAUGUGAACAAAAAAACAAAGCCUUUCUUAUUUUAGCAGUUACGUAGUUUUUUGUUUGUUUGUUUUUUAUUGCAUUUUAUGUUUUUGGGGUACAUGUGCAGAACAUGCAAGAUAGCUGCAUAGGUACACACGUGGCAGUGUGAUUUGCUGCCUUCCUCCCCUUCACCCACAUCUGUCAUUUCUCCCCAUGCUAUCCCACCCCAGCUCCCCCUCCCCACUGUCCCUCCCUUAUUCCCCCCAAUAGACCCCAGUGUGUAGUGCUCCCCUCCCUGUGUCCAUGUGUUCUCAUUGUUCAUCACCCACCUAUGAGUGAGAACAUGCGGUACUUUAUUUUCUGUUCUUGUGUCAGAAUGAUGUUCUCCAGAUUCAUCCAUGUCCCUACAAAGGACAUGAACUCAUCUUUUUUGAUUGCUACAUAUUAUUCCAUGGUGUAUAUGUGCCACAUUUUCCCAGUCCAGUCUAUCAUUGCUGGGCAUUUGGGUUGGUUCCAGGUCUUUACUAUUGCAAACAGUGCUGCAAUGAAUGUUCGUGUGCAUGUGUCCUUAUAGUAGAACGAUUUAUAGUCCUUUGGAUAUAUACCCAGUAAUGGGAUUGCUGGGUCAAAUGGAAUUUCUAUUUCUAGGUCCUUGAGGAAUCUCCACACUGUCUUCCACAAUAGUUGAACUAAUUUAUACUCCCACCAGCAGUAUAAAAGUGUUCCUAUUUCCCCACAUCCUCUCCAGCAUCUGUUGUCUCCAGAUUUUUUAAUGAUCGCCAUUCUAACUGGCGUGAGAUGGUGUCUCAAUGUAGUUUUGAUUUGCAUUUCUCUAAUGACGAGUGAUGAUGACCAUUUUUUCAUAUGUUUGUUAGCCAUGAGUAUGUCUUCUUUUGUAAAGUGUCUGUUCAUAUCCUUUGCCCAUUUUUGAAUGGGCUUGUUUGUUUUUUUCCUGUAAAUCUGUUUUAGUUCUUUGUAAAUUCUGGAUAUCAGCCCUUUGUCAGUUGGGUAGACUGCAAAAAUUUUUUCCCAUGCUGUUGGUUGCCGAUUCACUCUAGUGACUGUUUCUUUUGCUGUGAAGAAGCUGUGGAGUUUGAUUAGGUCCCAUUUGUCUGUUUUAGCUUUUGUUGCCAAUGCUUUUGGUGUUUUGGUCAUGAAGUCCUUGCCUACUCCUAUGUCCUGAAUGGUUUUGCCUAGAUUUUCUUCUAGGGUUUUUAUGGUGCCGGGUCUUAUGUUUAAGUCUUUAAUCCAUCUGGAGUUAAUUUUAGUGUAAGGUGUCAAGAAGGGGUCCAGUUUCUGCUUUCUGCACAUGGCUAGCCAGUUUUCCCAACACCAUUUAUUAAACACGGAAUCCUUUCCCCAUUGCUUGUUUUUGUCAGGUUUAUCAAAGAUUGUAUGGUUGUAGAUAUGUUGUGUUGCCUCUGAUGCCUCUGUUCUGUUCCAUUGGUCUAUAUCUCUGUUUUGGUACCAGUACCAUGCUGUUUUGAUUACUGUAGCCUUGUAGUAUAGUUUGAAGUCCAGACUCAAUGCUAUCCCCAUCAAGCUACCAAUGACCUUCUUCACAGAACUGGAAAAAACUACCUUAAACUUCAUAUGGAACCAAAAGAGAGCCCGCAUAGCCAAGUCAAUUCUAAGCAAAAAGAACACAGCAGAAGUUACAUAGUUUUAUAUAAAGCAAAAUAAAAAUAUACUUAAUACAUCCAUGAUGGUAUGAAUUACUGCUUAGAAUGAGGCAAAGUUUUUUUAAAGUACGUUAAUUUCCCUAAAAAGAAUAUUAAGAAAAUAACUGAACAUAGGGGUCACUCUCAAACAUGGCAAAAUUUAUAAAAAUUGCUUCCCAAAUGGCUGAGGAUUGUGAAACACUGUUCUAUAGCACAGUUCGGACUCUUUCUAACAUACAAUGCAAAAAAAGGGAGUUUGCAUCCUUUGUUUAAUAAAAUCCAACAAAAACUGCAAAAAGAAUACUGGGGCAGAAGGUAGGGAUGCAGAAUUCACUUUUCAAGUUCAGAUUAUCCCAGCUGAUUAUCGAAGUCAUCACUUUGAUGAUGAGAUUCUGGAAAAAUGAAUCUUCAUUGCCCACAUUUCACCUUACAAGCAGGUAACCACUUUUCUGCAUAUUUAUGAAAGAUUUAUUCUGUGAUGGUUCAAGAGGAUGACAGUUGUGCACAUCUCACUUUAAAAAUAACUAUCAUUAUUAUAUUAUCACUAUCAUUAGUUUCAUUAGGAAAUCCUCUCUAUCCCAACAAACUAGAAACCACUUACAAGAAAAUAGAUACUAUAGUAAUGACUAUGCUGGUCUCGUCAAUUCAGACAGUAUUUUGAGUCUGUCCUAUGCAGAAUCCUGUGUUAGUGAUUCUAAUUCAGGAUCUAGCAUUUUGUAGCUCAGUGAUUUUGUGAGACUCGUUCAUCCACGAAAUCUUGGUUGUAACAUCUGUAAAAUAGAGAUAAUGAUUCCCACUUCAGGUUGAUAAUUAAAUAAGAGACUGUAUAAAAUACCUACAAAAUACCAAUCAUGAAGUAGGUCCUCAGCACGCGUUAAUUGGUCCCAGUUUUCUAGCCCUCUCCACUUUCUCUUCACCCCGUCACUCACUUUAGCAGUUCACCUGUACGUCAGGUCUCCCAUACAUCAUCCACAAAGCCCUCCCAUGCGAAAGGUAGAAUAUGAACCCAUUUGCUUACCAGUAAAUGUCUACCACUGCCUCUAAUAUCAUUUUCUGGAAUCCAGCUUGUAUUAGCAUUCUGAAUCAUUCAUGCCUUCAUUCAACAAAAAUAAAUGGACUGCCUCCUAAUGUCCUGCACCACGCUUGCUUCAUGGAAAAGAAACAAGCAAGUAAAUGCAUAUGUCAGGUACAAUUUUCACAAAGCACCAGCCCCAGCAUGUGAAAAAUAUAACUUGCUUCAUUUUUAUUUUAUAAAUUAAUUUAAUUUUUCUUGAAGCCCUCAUUAUAUCUAGAGGGAAAAAAAUGCCUCCGUUAACGAAGGGUCUUCUUGGCUAAUUCAGGGAUUUCCUACUUGCCUUUGCUUGCGUUGCUUCUAUGACUUAGGCAGAGGAAGUCAAGGGAGAAAUUGGGGAUUUGUCUGCUUCUCAGUGUUCAUUUCCUCCCCAUGACCUUUGGUGUCUGUGUAUGGUCCCUACUGGCAGGUAGUAGGGACUGCGCUUCCCACACUGCAUCCACAGAGAUAUCCCCAUUCCCAAAUACACAGGGUUACCCUCUGUCCCUUGUCCCUGUCCCGUUGUGGGCAUUUGCUUUAUCUGCCAGUUCUUUCUUCUCAGUUGAAUUCUGUACCUUUUUGGGGGACAAGGAAAAUGUUGGCUCUUGCAAAAAGCUAUUCUAAGGCUACAAAAAUCGAGAUAGGCUGACUCAAACCCUUCUUGCAGAUAGAGCUCUGGUGCUUCCCAGGGCUGCAAACUUACCUGGGGAAUAUUUCCAUGCCCUCCCUCAGUCUAACCCAACCUGGGGGUAGGCAGUCAAACUUCGGAGUUCUUUUCAGAGACCUAUCCCAGUGCUUUACUCUCUUGUGUUCCUGAAAGGCUCUUUUUCCUCCCCAAAUCCUGACAUUCCUUCCCCGCUGGUGCUGGUGUCGGGGCUAAGUAAGGAUAUAGGCUGGCUCAGGAAAUGUUCCCCCAAAUCUGUAGUGAUUUGGCCAUGCCCUUGGCCUUUGACUCUCUAAAACCCAAAGUUCUGUUCCUUUGCCCUCAGGCUCAGGUUCCUCCAUGACUAUCUCCCAUCCAAAUGCAGAACAGUCCCAGUGGUUAAAAGAACUGGAAAAGGGGGAAGAAAUCAAUGAACCUGUCCCAAGAUUAUCCCACCAUAUGAGCCAACACAACACAGAGUGAGAACAGGGGCCCAGAGGGAGCACAGAGCAGCUGCAAGGGGACGUCAGACAAGACAAGAAAUAGAAGCUUCGAGGUAAUGACAUUCAAAUUGCUCUUCACGAGCCCUGGUGGCCUUUCCCAGGCACUCCAUGGCUCCCUCUGGGCCACAGCUUCCUGUCUGGAUUAUAUCACUCAGCACUGCAGGAGAUGGGGAUCAUAUAGUUCUGAAGAUUAAUUAAUAGUAACCACUGCACAUGUGACUGCAAAACCCCAGACUCUCAUGACCAAAGAGACAACCUGGUGUGUGGGGAAAGACGGAGUCCUGUGGCUUGGGUUUGAGACAGGACUUCUCUAGCUCCCUCAGUUAUAUAACUUGUCCACAUCACUGCUCCUCUCAGCCUCAGUUUCCCUAUCUGCAAAAUGGGAUACCACUUCUGCUUUUACAGAAAACGGAGACUUUCUGAGACUGUCUUUAAAAAUGCUUUAUUGGCCGGGUGCAGUGGCUCAGGCCUAUAAUUCUAACACUUUGGGAGGCCAGGGCAGAUGGAUUGCCUGAGCUGAGGAAUUUGAGGCCAGCCUGGGCUACAUAGUGAAACCCCAACUCUACUGAAAUACAAAAAAUCAGCUUGGUGUGGUGGCGGUCACCUGUAAUCCCAGCUACUCAGGAGGCUGAGGCAUGAGAAUUGCUUGAACCUGGGAAGCAGAGGUUGCAGUGAGCCAAGAUUGUGCCACUGCACUCAAGCCUGGGCAACAAAGUGAAACUCUGUCUCAAAAAAAAUAAAAAGAAAAAGAAGAAGAAAGAAAAUGCUUUAUGUACCAGAAAAACUACACAAAUAUUAGGCAUCAUUUUUAGUGGUAGUCUGUCAUCAGCCUGAAUAUAGACCUAAUCUUGGGAUGUAUCUUAGAAGUUCUAUAGGGGUGAAUAAAUCCCUGAUUUUUAUUUUGUAACUACUUAAUUGCUAUUACAGGCAUGAGCCACCAUGCCUGUAAUCCCAGUACUUUGGGAGGCCAAGGUUUGUGGAUCAUUUAAGGCCAUGAGAUCAAGACCAGCCCACCUAUUUGGCGAAAUCCCAUCUCUACUAAAAAUACAAAAAUUAGCUGAGCAUGGUGGCUCACACCUGUAAUCCCGGCUACUCGGGAGGCUGAGGUAGGAGAAUCUCUUGAACCCUGGAGGUGGAAGUUGUAGUGAGGCAAGAUUGUGCCUUUGCACUCCAGCCUGGGCGACGGAGUGAGACUCUGUCUCUGAAAAAUAGUAACAAUAAAAAUAAUUAAUACAAAAAAAAGCCCUGUUUCCAUUUCCUCGUAAACACUCCAUUUAUUUAAGAUUGCUAAUUAUUUCAAUCCUGGAAAUUUAUCAGGAUAAAUGAUUAACUGUUCCUUUAAUAUAAUUUUAGGAGGUAACUAAAAAGCUAGGCUUCCCAAAGUCAGCCAGAUCCUACUUUGGCAGUUUGACAUGUUCCGGAACACUCCUCUGGUGACAUGUGAGUUCCACCUGGGGCUCUGCAUUUCACCCUUUUGCUAUUUUGGAAACCUGAAGACAUCGGAAUGGUGCCCAGGGCAGGCCCCCAGAGACAAAAAUGCAAGACCUUGGCCAAGGGGAGGUGUGAGAGCUGACCAGAUUUCCCAGGAGCUGGGAGAGGCAGAGAUUUCUUCCAGAAACAAGGAAAUUUAUGUGGGGAGCACACAGUUGGGAGCCGUGAGCCAGUUCUUGCUUACAAAUAGCAGGAAAGGACGAGACGGGGAAGAAAGGAAGACAUUCAUUACUGAAGGCGAGGGAUUUGACUGGCCCUGGAAACUCCAAAACUGCAGUCCCAAAUUGCUUCAUGAACGAAGCCAUUCACUAUUAGCCGCAUGCAGACCAUUUAUUUAAAUCAAAUUAAGAUCUGAAUACAGCAAUUUUAAUCAUUUAAUUUUUUGGUGGGGAGAGCAUCAUACAGUCUGUAUCUUCUUUCUGGAUAGCUUCGCUUUGGCGAGCAGUGUCUGUGAAUCACGCAUUGGGUUUGCCAUCUAUCGUCAUGACAUCUAAUCCCUCCCUGACCACUUCCUAGCUGUGUGACUUCAGCAAGGGGCUUGACCUCUCUGGGCCUGUGUUCAAUUUUAUAAAAUGACUGUGAUGCCUGCUUUACCCUUGAAGUUGUAAGUAAAAAUGCUCCCUGAUCAAAAAUGAGAUACAGUAAUAAGGAUCCAGGUGGUACCAGCGUUACUUAGCAUCCUCAGUGCUUUUUUCAGACAUAAACAGAGGAUAUGUCUAAGUCUACAAUUAAAUGACACUGUACUUUCUCGUUUUAAAGAAUAAAGGAGUCAACUCAGAACCAGAUACAUGGAGAAAGCAUGCCACAUAUAAUAGGAAUAAUAUAAAAAAACAGGAGGUGGAAAGAAGCUAAGCCUUUCUUACAAGGGAUUUUUUUCUUCACUUUGGAAUGUCAUAUUAUUGACCCGAUAUUUCAGCUUCUCAGAAUUGGAAAAUAAAGGAAAACUGAGAAAUGAGUACUGCAAAGACACUGGCUAAGUAUCUGUUUUCACCCCCACAGAAAGAAAAAGGCUAAUGGAGAUACUGGUGCGCCCCAAAGGAGCACUCACGCCUCCCUCGGUGUAGAAAAGGCAGAUCACAGCUGUCAAGCGGUGAAGGGACAAUGCUCCAUACUUAGCAGUCAUGGGAAGAAUGGGUAUACCGUUCUCAGUCAUGGGGCACGACAGCCAUCCUCACAAUUCUUCCUUAAUAAUUCUCUUAUCUGCUGUCACCCCAGAGAUGUUCUUAAGGACGCUGUUAGAGCUCCAGUUUUAACCCAGGGUUCCCAAGCCAAGCUCUACCUGGUCAAGCAGCACUUGGUCCACGGGGAGCAUCACUCAUUCAUUCCAUCAAUUUGAUUUAACUCCUUCUGAGCCACGGACCAGGGAUAACCAGGAGGAACAAAGCCCAGGCCCUGCCUAAGGAGCCUGGAACUUUCCCUUUCUUUCUUUUUUUUUUUUUUUUUUAAGACAAAGUCUCAUUCUGUCGCCAGGCUGGAGUGUGCAAUGGCACCAACUCGGCUCACUGCAACCUCUGACUCCCAAGUUCAAGCGAUUCUCAUGCCUCAGCCUUCUGAGUAGCUGGGACUACAGGCACGCUCCACCAUGCACAGCUAGUUUUUGUGUUUUUAGUAGAGACGGGGUUUCACCAUGUUGGCCAGGAUGGUCUUGAUCUCCUGACCUCAUGAUUCACCUGCCUCAGGCGGGCGGAUCACAAAGGUGUAAUCCCAAAGGUGCUGGGAUUACAGGCAUGAGCCACUGCGCCCAGUCAGAACUUUCAAGAAUCUGAAAAAAAAAGCUGGAGAGGCUGGAAUCUAGUGAGGAAAGCAAGGAGAAUGACCUAGACAAGCCCGGAGAGAAAAGGAAAGACAAGAUCACUCCAGACACCAAGGUGAUGUCCCACCUCUCACCCCGAACGAGGACGUUAGACCCAUGGUCUCAGGCCCACCUUCCUCUUUAAACCAGUGUUCCAAUUGCCUGUGCCCCCAGCCUCCGGAUGAGCCUGGCUUCCCCACUGGAGAAGGCUGGGCCCUGAGUCUCACACAGUAUUUCCGCAGAACCCACCCCUCACCUCUUAGCGUGGCUUGAGUACCUCAACUGCCUCGGCAAGGCUCUGCAUUUAUGUAACAAGCCCUGCUCAAGCAUUUGUAGGCCUCCUGUUUAGAAACACACAGCAGGGGCAAGAAAGAAUAAAUAUGGAAAUCAAAUGUAGAAACUUCUGGCUCCUGCAACCGGCUUCCUGGGGGAAUUUUCCUCUGUGUUCUUUCCACUUCUUCUACUCAGCGGAAUGACUGCUAGUCAUUAAGGAAAUCUGUGAGGAGCUCACGGUACAGGAAUUGUACACCAGUGCUCCCAUCCUCAUUUGCAUAUCCCAUUUUUUGAUUGGCAGCUGUACAUGAAAUGCCAUAUCAGUUGAAAGUAUGUUGUGAGCUGGCACUAAUGAUCCUUUGGCUCCAGGGAAACCUGCCAUAUUGUAAUUUGGCUAUCAGGCAUGAAAGAAAUAAUUCUAAGUGCCAGGAAUGCAAGACUGAAUAAAUGUUUCACUGCUGCAGGUUGUCAAGGGCGACACUUCUGAUUUAGUAUAAACGAAUGCCCCGUUGCCUUUGGGGUACCGGGAGUUUGCAUUGUAUCUGAGCUGUGUGUAUAAAACAUUAGUCUAAGAAAAUGGCUUCGGUGUAAGACGGGAAACAGAGGCCUGCUCCCAGAAGGCGGCGGAAUGUUUACAACUAAUCACUGGAUGAAAGGAUUUUGCUACCUUCAAUAAUGACAGGCAAACAGGAUUUGCCUUUCCUGAGAUGGAGAAUAAUGGUUAUGUUAACUCUGCCUCGCCUAGCCUUUUUUUUUUUUUUUUAAUGAAAUGCUCUUUUGUAAAGAAAAUCACAUCUGUUUCCUUUUAUGUAUGAAAGGGAUAUAAAUUCUUUUUCUUUCCCGCCCCCUGUGUGAAUAGCCCAUGGUGUACCUUGGGAUUAAAUAACCCUUUCUGAUGUCAUUGGGUUUCAGAGGUCUGGAAACAUGGCCACCACUUCCUUCUCCCUGGCUCCUGACUUCACACACCUGCCUAGACAAAGAAUGACUUUAGAAGUGGGAAGCGAUCACUUUCACUCGAAUUUUUAUUAAGGUCCCAAAGCCAAUUCCCUGCAUACUGAGCUCCACAGGAUCUCACUUUCACUAACAAACUUCCCGUGGGUUCUCUGUAUGCAAUGCAGAAAACAGUAGCAGUGCCUCCUUAGAAGAAAAGACACUGGAAGUUCCUUCCUCCCUGUGGCCUCCAUUGACCAUCUGGGUCCUGGCUUCGGGAUCAUGUUAAGAUCUGUUUUGUUUCCCUUGAUUCUGCGUGGGAUGUUCUUUGGAGACGGUUUCCACCAUGGACUUCCUUGCUUGGAUGUCACCGAAGUAAAGGCUCAGGUACCUGUUUAGACACAACAGUACAGCAGUCACAGGAAAAUGCCAUUUUUCCAUUUGUUCUCUAGGCAAAGGCCAGCUGGAGUAAAUCAAGACCGGGCUGGGGAGCACUGGACCGCUUUUACUCUCAAUUCUUGCUUUGGGAAGAAAGCAACCUGACACUUGGACUCUCCUCUUGAAGUGAAAACUUCAUUAUUGCCUCUCACCUACAGUUGCAGUGACUUUCGGGUGGGCUUGGCGAGAGUGGGAGUGAAAACGUAAUAACUUAGAAGAUAACUAAGAGUAUAGUCGGAUUUACUCAACCCUAACAGACUGACUCAGGAAAUUCCCAUCAUACCAAUCCCGUCGGCCAUUCCACUGUUGCAGAGUGUGUCGUAGGCUUGUGAUACAAUAAACAGAUCCCAUAAUAUAGAGCAUCUUACAAUGUUUCUCUUCCGUAGGUGAAGAAUUUUUAAAUUUUAGGUGGAGGAUACUGAGGUUGCUGUUCAUUCAAACUUACAUUUCUUGUUCCUUCACUUAAGUGACAUACAAAUUAUCGGGCAUUCACUCUGUGGUGGGCUUUGGAGGUAUUAAAAUAAAUGAGGCAGGUCCUCUGUCCUCAAGUAAGUCACAGUUAAUGGGAAAUGUGCAUCAAAACAUAAAAGCAACCACAUCUACUGUGACGAUACAGCGCUGAAGCCGGGGUGAAACCCACAGUUGAGAGCCUGACAGUCACAGUCACAGACACAGGAGAAAAUGCCAAUUGAAGAACCAACUGGCCACACUCGCCUCUUUAUUUUUUUUUUUUUUUUUUUGAGACGGAGUUUUGCUCUUGUUACCCAGGCUGGAGUGCAAUGGUGCAAUCUUGGCUCACCGCAACCUCCGCCUCCUGGGUUCAGGCAAUUCUCCCGCCUUAGCCUCCCGAGUAGCUGGGAUUACAGGCGUGUGCCACCACGCCCAGCUAAUUUUUUGUAUUUUUAGUAGAGACGGGGUUUCACCAUGUUGACCAGGAUGGUCUCGAUCUCUUGACCUCGUGAUCCACCCGCCUCGGCCUCCCAAAGUGCUGGGAUUACAGGCUUGAACCACCGCGCCCAGCCUAACCUUUUUUAUUUUUUAUUUUUUUUGAGAUGGACUCUCGCUCUGUCACCCAGGCUACUAGAAUGCAGCAAUGCGAUCUUGGCUUACUGCAAAAUGUCCUCCUCCCAGGUUCAAGCGAUUGUCGUGCCUCAGCCUCCUGAGUAGCUAGAUUUACAGGCACCUGCCAUCACGCCUGGCUAAUUUUGUAUUUUUAGUACAGACAGGGUUGGCCAGGCUGGCCUCAAACUCCUGACCUCAGAUGGUCCACCCACCUCGACCUCCCGAAGUGCUGGGAUUACAUGUCUGAGCCACUGCACCUGGUCACCUCUAUAACUUUCAAGGACCAGCUUAAAUUUAGUUUUAAAUUCAGAAAGCCGUAUUGUAUACCCACUACAUGCAGGUGUAAUAUUUAGGUACUUUCACUCAUAUUAUGUGGUUUAAUUCUCUUCCAGUGGCCAAUUAUUCAUUGAUAUUAAGAUUAUAGAGGUUCAAUAUUAAGAGAGAAUGAAGUCAAUCCUGUAGGAAGCAGAACAUACUAGAAUGUGUGACCUUUUCCUCAUCGGUUAUGGGAGAUUAUCCAAAAGUAUGAAUGUUCGAAAACCCAGACAUCUGCAGAUAGGGUCCCCUUCCUGGUAUUCCUUUCUUUCAGGUAAUUCAACACUUCUCAGAACAUCAGCACAUGUAAAAAUUACUAAACAGGGUUAACUCUGCAGUACCACUCAUAUAUUCAAGGUGGGAUUUGAGGGAUUUUCUAAGGCUAACUGGGUUAUAUGUAUUUUUCACUUAAGCCUGGACUUGGAGCUCAACCUCUACAUGAUUGCGUCUCUACUGCUUGUUGAAAGGGUGAUAUAUGUUCAGAGGAAAUUGUGUCUGAGUCCACAUUAGGCCUGAAAGAGGGGUGGUCAGGGAAGACUUCAUUGAGGUGGUGAUUUUCCAGAAUGCAUGAAUUAGGAAAGGAAAUUCCAGGCAGAGUGGCCAAGACUAGCCAAUGCUAGGAGGUGACAGAGUAUGGCUGGCUUUGGGUUGAAAGACUAGAAAAUAAGUAGUGGCAGAGGUGAACUUAGAUCAGUGGGCCGGUGCCCGUGCUCUGCUGGCUGAUGUUAUCAGGUUGCCUACCCACUUGUUUUGAGAUCUCCAGACCUGUGGUUUUUAACAGGGAGAUGACUUGGCCCCCAGCGGACAUUUAGCAAUGUCUAGAGACAUUUUGGUUGUCACAGUUAAGGAAAGGGUGAUACUGGCAUCUAAUGAGUAGAGACCAGGAAGGCUGCUAAAUAUCCUACAAUGCCCAGGACCAUCCCCCACAACAAAGAAUUGUCUGGCCUGAAAUGUUAAUAGCACUGAGAUUGAAAAAGCCUUUUCUAGACCAUGGCCACUUGUUUUCACACUAUUCUGGUGUCACGGAGGUAAAUGCAAAGCAAGUUUAAACUUUCUGUGUUGGAAUAAGGAUGUCUCAGGACAAAUAUUUAUUUGGAAUUCCUGUUCCUUCUGAGCCAGGGAAUGGGGUGGGGAGGCAGGGUGGAGAGCGACUUUAGAGAGAAAUAUUAACCUUGCAAAUGUGCACAUUUUCAAUUCACAUCCUAGUGACAGGCUACAACUUGUAAUCAGUAUAAAAUGAUUUUCCGGGAGAGUAAAUGCUUAUUUUCACUGUCUUGAUGUUGGCACUGGAUUACUUGGUAUUAAUCCCAGGGUGACACAGUCACAUUUGGAAGCCGCGAGAUUUAUUUGGAUGUCUCGUGGGGCCAGGGGCAGCCUUCAUUUUACACCCUUGAUCUUUGAGAAUUUAAAUUAGAGCUGCUUUUCUGUAUACACUAGUGGUGUGAAAAGGAAGGUAUCCACCCAGGACAUAUUCCAAGAGCCAUGGAAAGCCAGGGAAGGAAGGAGAGAGGAUAGAAAUGUCUCCAUAUUUAUUGACAACUUCAUACUUAGCAGUAGCAAUGACAAAUACUUAUUAAACACCAACUGUGUGCCUGCUUCCCUUGCACAAGAGGGCAAGAAACCUGAGAGUUUGUACCCACUUGCUCCAUCAUACAUGAUAACAGCCUCUUCUCUUGCAUAUGCCCCCACUAUGAGGCUAUAUUGGGUAUGAUUACUAGUGAGUCUAGACUGUGUAUGCUGCAAAAUAUCCUACAAUUCACCGAACAGCCCCACCAUGAUGAAGAACUGUCUGAUCUGAAACGUCAGCAGUACCUGGGUCGAAAAAGCCCUCUCUGGACAAAUUCUGUCACUAUCACCUCUUAUGCAUAACUUUCAUCUACAGCAGAAGCCAGCCAAAUUUUUUAAGGGGCCAGAGAGUAAAUAUUUUUGGCUUUGCUAACCAUAUGGCUUCUUUGGCAACUACUCAGCUCUGAUGCAACGUGAAACAGCCAUAGACAAUAUGUAAACAGGGGAGCAGGACUGUGUUCCAAUAAAGCUUUAUUUACAAAAAACAGGCAGCUGGGCCAGAUUUGUCCUCGAGGUUCUAAUUCAUCAGCUCCUGAUUGACAGUACCUGGUACACUUUUAAAAAAAAAAUAAAAAUCACAGCUCACUGCAGCCUCAAACUCUGGGGCUCAAACAAUCCUCCCACUUCAGCCUCCUAAAGUGCUGGGAUUACAGACAUGAGCCACCAUGCCCCGCCCAGUAUAAUAUUUUAAAGACAUUCUUUCUGAAUAUUUAAGUAAUGCUAUUAGGAAUGAUAAAACAGCCUGGUGUGGUGGCUCAUGCCUAUAAUCCCAACACUUUGGGAGGCUGAGGUGGGUGCAUCACCUGCGGUCAGGAGUUUGAGACCAGCCUGGCCAACAUAGCAAAACCCUGUCUCUACUAAAAAUAGAAAAAUUAGCCGGGCACAGUGGUGUAUGCCUGUAAUCCCAGCUACUCAGGAGGCUGAGACACGAGAAUUGCUUGAACCUGGGAGGCAGAGGUUGCAGUGAGCUGAGGUGGUGCUACUGCACUCCAGCCUGGGCAACAGAGAGACUCUGUCUCAAAAAAGACAAACAAAAAAGAAUUUGUAAUUUUACAUCUCUAAAUCUAGUUCUAAGAGUAUCUUUGGCUUUGCAGGUAUAAAUUUUUGUCCAAACAUGUUCACUGAGGUAAUAUUUACAUAAUAAAGACACGGAAGCGGUUUUAUUGGUCCAUGAUAGGACAUCAGAGAAAUCUUGUCUGCGAUGGAACAGUGGAAUAUUGGGCAGUCUUUGAAAGUGAUCAUUCUAGCCCAGGUACACUGGCUUAAUCCCAGCACUCUGAGAGGCUGAGGCAGGUGGAUCACCUAAGUCAGGAGUUCUAGACCAGCCUGACCCAACUUGGUAAAUUCCCAUCUCUACUAAAUACAAAAAAUUAACCAGACAUGAUGGUGCAUGCCUAUAAUCCCAGCUACUUGGAAGGCUGAGGCAGGAGAAUUGCGUGAACCUCGCAGGUGGAGGUUUCAGUGAGCUGAGAUUGCACCACUACACUCCAGUCUGGGCAACAGAGUGAGACUCCAUCUCAAAAAAAAAACAAAAGAAAAUGGAAGUGAUCAUUCUGAAAGGUUUUCAAGAUGUAUUUAAGAUGUAAUGUUAAGUCAAUAAAAGUGAAAUCGAAAUUGUGCCAACAGUUUUGUGGCAAUUGAGUGUAAAUCCACAUUGCAUGGAAAAAGAGCAGGAAGAAAUAUACCAAAUUGUUAAGUACAGUGAGGCUAUGGGGUGACUUUUCUUAAAUUUAAUUCCAACAUGGAUUUUUUUUUAGCAUUAUGUUCAUUCUUUUUUAUUUUUUAAUCAUCUAUAUUUCUUUGGGGCACCUAUGCAGGUUUGUUACAUGGGUAAGUUGUGUGUCUUGGGAUUUUGGUGUACAGAUAAUUUUGUCACCCAAGUAAUCACCAUAAUAUUGCAUAGAUAGUUUUUCUUUUUUUUUCUUGAGACAGAGCCUUGCUCUUUCGCCCAGGCUGGAGUGCAGCGGCAUAAUCUGGGCUCAUUGCAACCUCCACCUCCCAGUUUCAAGCAAUUCCCCUGCCUCAGCCUCCCAAGUAGCCGGGAUUUCUAGUGCACACAACUGCACCCAGAUAAUUUUUGUAUUUUUAGUAGAGAGGUUUUCCCAUGUUGCCCAGACUAGUCUCAAACUCCUGGCCUGAAGUGAUCUGCCCACCUCUGCCUCCCCAGAUGCUGGAAUUAUAGGCAAGCCACUAAGCCUGACCCAUAGGCAGUUUUUCAAUCUUCACCCUCCUCCUACCCUCCACACUCAAAUAUGCCCCAGUGUCUAUUGUCCCCUUCUCUGCGUCCAUGUGUACUCAAUGUUUAGCUCCCACUUAUAAGUGAGAAAUGCAGUAUUUGGUUUCUUUGUUCCUGCAUUACCUGCUUAGGAUAAUGACCUUCAGCUCUAUCCACCAACAAAGAAUUAUUAAAAGAGGGCAAGUGGUGGCAUCCAGCAGAUUUAGCUUUGUAGUUCACUGGCUAAGCAGGUGACCAAGGAGAGGUGACUUAAGCUCGCUGAGCUUCAGCUCAUUUCUUCUUGAAACACAUGUAACAUCUGACUCUCCAGAUUGAUGGGAAGAUUAAAUGAAGUAAUACACAUAAAACAUCCAGCAGAGGGUUUGUAACAUAGUAGGCACCAAACACAUUGUAGCUAUUAACAUCAUUAUUCCUUGUUUGUUCCAAGCAGUCUGUAUCUUGGUUGUGGUAGUGAUUACAUAAAUCUAUGCAAGGGAUAAAAUUGCAUAGAACUACACGCAAAACACACACACACACACAAGUAAAAAUUGUAAAAACUAAGGUCUGUAGCGUACUUAACAGUAUUGUACCAAUGUCAGUAUCCCAGCUUUGAUAUUGUACUCCAGCUAUUUAAGAUUGACAUCUCCACUGGGAGAAACUGGGAGGUUACAUGGGACUCUACUAUUUUUACAGCUUCCUGUGAAUCUAUGAUUAUUUCAAAUGAAAGAGUUUUUAAAGUACAGUAAAACUUUUUUAGAAAUUCUAACAUCUUCCGUAAUUUGCAUCUCAUCUAUUCAGGUGAGGUAGGAAAGGUGGGAAUGGUUUGUUAUUAUUUGUAAGAGGAAAAACUGACAGAGUGACUGAUUCCUCUCUAGGUCAAUCAGAAAAUAAGCAGAAAAGGAAAAACCAUGGCACUGAAUGUCCAGGACUUUUUAACAGUUGCUGACCCUGCCUCAAACGUUGUACUGUGUUUAAUGGCAUUUAUGUUCCCUCAAUAAAGGGUUUUUUCUUUA